GAGGUACCUACCACCAACCACCUACCCCAGGGUGUAUGUAAGUCCCCAAUACCAGCUCAGUAAGCCAGGUAACCAUGCAAUCCCACUGAUAUCAAUAAAAUAUAUAAAAAUGCCAUUACCCAUAGGCAAGUAAUGACCCUGCUGCUUUGGAAUACAGCUCCUAUCAUGCUCAGCCAGGCAGCAGUCAUAUUUAGUAUCAUUUUUUUUUUUUUUAAUGGCCUGUGGGGCUUCUUUAAGAACCCAAUUUUUUCUUUUUACACCAUGAAGGGUCUGGCAUAUCAGCACUAUCACAAUAAUAUCCAAUUACUAGCUGUACAGCGCUACAGAAUUUGCUGGCGCUAUAUAAUUAAUAAUAUUAAUAAUAAUACAUUAUAAUAAUUAGUUUCUCCCUGGUCCUUGGACAGCCAUUAGCAAUGCUUGUUAAAUUUGAGGUGUGCUAGUAGUGUAUUGUCUUAUUGCAGUCUGAGUACAAUAACUCCACUGACACACUGGUUACCAUUAAGGCAGUGCUCUCAUCUACUGCAUUGUUUUAUUAUUGGUUUUUUUUUCUGUUUGUGGGGGGAAAAAGUUCCCCAAAACAUCAUGCAUUCUGAUUGGGUUUCCCCAACCUGUAUCUUUAAUAUUUAGAAAUGUACUGGUUUAUUUAUUGAUACAGAAGAUUAAAAUUACAUUGUCAUUUAUCUGGAAAAGACACCAUUCAAUAAAACAUUGCAAAUGACCUUUAACCCCUUACAUUAUUGAGCAGGGCCCUCAACACCCUCUGUUCCUGUGCGUCCAACUCGUCUUGUUGCAAAUCCAUCUCUGUUAGUCCACCUAUUGUACAGCGCCAUGGAAUUGUUGGCGCACUAUAAAUAAUAUUAAAGGACCACUAUAGGCACCCAGACCACUUCAGCUUAAUGAAGUGGUUUGGGUGCCUGCUCCAGCUAGGGUUAACCCUUUUUUUUUUUUUUUAAUUAAGGUGAGGCAUGCCAGGGAGGGUGGCUGUGGGGAGAAAAAGGAUAGCCUUGCUGCCAUUGGCUGUUUGGCUUCAGGAUUCUGUGUGCGCUGGCUUAAAGGACCACUCUAGGCACCCAGACCACUACAGCUUAAUGAAGUGGUCUGGCUGCCAGGUCCCUCUAGGAUUAACCCUUUUUUAUUUAUUUUAUUUUUUAUAAACAUAGCAGUUUCAGAGAAACUGCUAUGUUUAUAAAUGGGUUAAUCCAUCCUCCAAAUCCUCUAGCGGCUGUCUCAUUGACAGCCGCUAGAGGUGCUUGCAUGAUUCUCACUGUGAAAAUCACAGUGAGAACACGCAAGCGUCCAUAGGAAAGCAUUAUGAAUGUUUAUAAAUGGGUUAAUCCAGCCUCCAGUGGCUGUCUCAUUGACAGCCGCUAGAGGCGCUUGCGUGCUUCUCACUGUGAAAAUCACAGUGAGAAGACGCCAGCGUCCAUAGGAAAGCAUUGUAAAUGCUUUCCUAUGGACUGGCUGAAUGCGUGCACGGCUCCUGCCGCGCAUGCGCAUUCAGCCGAAGAGAAGGAGGAGGAGAGCUCCCCGCCCGGCGCUGGAGAAAGAGGUAAUUUUAACCCCUUCCUCUCCCCAGAGCCUGGCAGGAGGGGGACCCUGAGGGUGGGGGCACCCUCAGGGCACUAUAGUGCCAGGAAAACAAGUAUGUUUUCCUGGCACUAUAGUGGUCCUUUAAUAAUACUGCAGCUUAAUAUGACCGACCAGCUAAAUGCUUCCAUUUGUGGAUUCCAUGGUUAGAUAAUAUGGCUAAGAACACUAACCAUGACUGCAUGUGCCUGGGGAUCUAACCGGGUCCUGAUGAGGUUUUUUUUCCUUCUCCACCUCCUAUCUUUCUUUUCCUCCAUUACAUUGCAAAUGAGGAAGAAAAAUAAAAACAUUGUUUAAUUUCUUCUCUGUAUGCUUUCUGUAGACUAACUGCCAGGUGCAAAAUACGGAGGGAAUGAUAUAAAGCUAAAAUGGAGGCACCCAGUUGCAGAACAGAGAAUAUUAAGUUCCAUAUUUUAUUUUUCACACAUCACAUAUACAUAUUUGUUGAAUAAUAAUAUCCUCUUAAUACUAAUCUUGGGAAAAAGCAAAAAACAAGUUAUAGACAGAAUAUACGAUUUGUAACUGCAACAAUUUAUCUAAAAUGCCUAAAGAAACCUUUGAAUUAUGUACCCAAUAAACCUUGGUACCAAGAUAUUCGAUAUUCCAAAAAAAAAAUAACAACAGCUAUGCUUAUAAUUAAAUAACCUUAAAAAAGGAAAAUGAUAUAAUUACAAAAUAUUUAUAUAAAGAAUACAGAAAGGAACCACAUUAAUUAAACUGAGAGAAUAACUUAAAUGCAUGGAAAAUACAGUUUUGAAUCUUUUUUUUUUUUUUAUCUGUACAAUUCUAUUGUGUAUGAAUUUACCAACUGCCUUUUUUUUUAGCCCAUUUCAAACACAUUAUCAGAAAUAGAACUCAAUUUAAAAGUUUAUUUAUAUUUGAUUGGUCCUAAUAUCUCUUAUAGAAUCCUUACCUGACAGAUACUUUACAUUUAGUGUCAUUGUUAUACUUUGUUAUGUUUUAUUAUUUUUUUUUCUCCUUUGAUUAUAUUACCCUUUAAUCACCAUCCUAGAGUACUCUUCUAAACCAACCUACGUAGGACUAUCAACAAUGUAUUUGAUACGGCACUCUUUUUCAAAUGUGACUUACUGUAUUUCAUACGAGUAAUACUGUGAUAAGAUAGGUUGUUAACCAAUAUUAGAUACAAUAUUUUGUUAUACUCUUUAAUGAAAACUGUAAAACCCAAUAAAAAUACAUGAAAUAAACAUAAAAAUUUAACAUCCUUUGGUUUCCAUGCAUCAAAUAGUGGGAGAAAUGAAAUUACAUGAGAGAUAUGCUGACUACAGACUAGCGUUGAUAUUACAUCACGCAUCACUGGUAAUUUGUGGUAAUAGGGGCGACAGAAAAGGAGGUGCAACUCUGGUGGGAUUCAGGCUGUUAAAGAGAAAAGCACUGAAAAGGUACUCUUAUGUGUGCAGAAGUAAACCUUCAUCGACCUUACACAAUCACUUUUAAUGAGAUGUCUGCAUUGGCUUUUUUGGGUGUCCCAUAUCUGCUGUCUUCAGAUAUGGGACACAUGAAAAAUAACCUGGAACUGCUAUGUAUACUAGUAACCAUUGGAUCUGUGCAGCGGUAUGAAAAAAAAUAACGUAUGUUAUUGUUUUAAUUUUGGUAUAUUAUUGAUGUGUUGCAGGAAUGAGCCAAUGGAUUCACAUGCGAAACACGUGGCACAAAUUCUGGACAAUGAGAAUUUCUUCAAGACAUCUUGGUAAGUGUUGCAUAUUUUCACUUGACUUAACUCUUCGCCAAUUACAAUACAUCAUCUCUUUCACGUAUUUCCUAGGUUAGAGCUUUAAAUAUGAAGUAAUUCAUUACUAGCUAGACUUUUGUACUUGCCAGGGCUAAAUUCCACUUGCUAAUGGCUAGUGGUGAGUGAAAAUGUUUAACCUUCUCCUAGUUAAUAUCAAAACUCGUAGAAUAUUGCAUAUUCUAUGUUUCUAUUGAUUAUGUAUGGAUGUCUGGAUUGACAUAAGUAACAGAUGGUAUCAAUAAGUCACAAGGCUUUCUUUGUCUGAGAACUCUGGAAUGUGGAUUGGGGGUCUUGUCCUUAUAUGGCUAGGGUUAUACUCUGACGUCAUUAUGGUCAUAUCUAUAUAGAAUGGCGGACAAAGGACCAUGAGGUCUUGCUGUUGCUUGCUGCUUGCUGCACAAGGUUCUUCUUCUCGUCUGGCUGUCUAACUAUGCAUACUCAAACUCUCCCUUCAGGAGUCCCGCAAUUACCAUCUGCUGUUGAACAUCCAUUAUCCUGUAACAUCCUUUGUUGUUUUAUUAUGUAUCAGUAACUGUAAGAAUAAGCCUGAAGAAACCGUAAGUUAGAUUGCGUAUUAGUAUUUUUGGUUAAUAUAGACCUAUAUCAACCUGGCGAGCCUUUUACUCAAGAAGAAAUAUACAUAAGAAUUAUUCCAAUCAACCGAAAAAACACACAGAAGAACAAAUUUAUUACAAAACUAAAUCUCUGCACUACUCCAUAAUUACAGCAUCAAAGCUAGGACUGCACUUGGAUCGCCAAUUGCAGUUGUCCUCUUCAACACCUUCUUCCAGAUGUCAAUGCACACAAGAGUUUAUAAGGUUACUAUAAACAGAUUUUCCCUUACAGUGACUUAAGGAAAGGUACCCCACAAUCCCAUUCUCUGUUUUGCCCUUAUUCAAAUGGUUUUGUUGGAAUCAUUUUCAAACAAACUAUGGAUAGAGAGUGGAUUGACCCUCUGGAUUUACUGGAAGGAGGGAGGUCCCCACCCUGCUAUUUACAAAUGUCAUAUACAUUCAUAUCCAAAAAAUAGGAGAUGGUGCCAUCAUUCCUGUUACUGUUAUUUGGUUAUUGAUCUUGGCUUGGAUUGACUUUCUGUUUUUCUGGUAUCCCUGGCCCUUUGGCUUUGUUUAUUCUGUAUUUGUUCCUUUCUGUAUUCCUGACCUCUGCUCGUUACUGGUUAUUCUUAUAUGUUAAAUCCAGCCAUUCUAAGGCCCUGUAAUACGUUGUUACUGUUUGUUAUUUUGUCCGUGUUUGACUUAGUUCUUUCGUGUUGGGCCACUGGUUCGUCCUGACAAGUACUAACAACUGCAUACCGGGAACACCCCACAAGACUUGCCGUUUUGGAGAUGCUCUGACCCAGUCAUCUAACAAUCACUAUUUGGCCCUUGUCAAAGUCACUCAGAUCUUUUCGCUUGCCCAUUUUUCCUGCUUCCAACACAUGAAAUUCAAGAACUGACUGUUCACUUGCUGACUAAUAUGUCCCACCCCUUGACAGGUGCCAGUGUAACAAUAUAAACAAUGUUAUUCACUUCACCUGUCAAUUAUUUGAAUGUUGUGGCUGAUCAGUACAUAUAUAUGUAUAUAUCAGUUAAUCAAAAAGGUAUAUAGAUAUGAUACAUUAAGUUAUUAUGGUGUUUUGAGAUCUUGGGCACCAUGUUGCCAAAGAGGAUUAAAUCAUUAACAAACUAUUUAACACCAAACUCUAGAAGUCAAACCCUAUCACUCUGCGCUCCUUUAUGGAUUUGAGGCUUCAAUAAGGAACAGAAACAAAGAAGCAAAAAUUCACAAACUGAAUAUAAUGAUGACUGGAGAUAAAGAUUUAGGCACCAAAGCAUCUAGUGGUAUGGAACAAUGUAACCAGAGGGAGACCACUAAAUAUCAGAAGUAGCAAAAAGUAUCAACACUGAAAUAAACUGACUAGUCCAACAAUAAAUACCAAACUAGCCUUAUAAGGCUACUUCAAUAAGGAAGCCUCCAGCCAUCACGUUUUCUCAAUGAGGAGUGAUAGAAUGAGAUUGUCAGCUGAUACUCUCAGCCUUUCAGCAGCACCUGGUCUGAGGCUUCGUGAUAGAAAUCUUGGAAGUAUAGGGGCAGAGCGAUUUGGCACCAUCUUCCACGUUUUGAGGUUAAACUGUUUGUUAACAAUUUAAUCUCAUAAGGUAAGAAGGCAGCUGGAACCUCCUUGCAUCAUAACUACAUUAUUGUGAACUUCUGAAAACAAACUCCUUUAAAAUAUUUUAUUUUUUGCCAUCUUUAAUCAACAGUAACGCAUAUGAUCUUAACGUUUACUUUAUACCAUCAUGAUUGCAAGGGUGGUCUUACCUUCUCAAACCCAUUCCGAAAAAAUAUCUGAGAGGAUCUACCCAUUCCCAUACCCUUGUUACACUGAUCUUUAAUAAUCAUAACAGAAUUAUGUCAGGCAAUGUACACAUGUGAGUUGUUUGUUACUGUGUUUUUUUUUCUUUUUUAAAGCCCUGAAGUGGAAAGAGAAUUAAAACCAAUUACCAUCAGUGCGUGGCCUUCCUGGAAAGACGUUAGGAUAAACAACAUGGGACGUGAUAACGGAUUAAUGGUGACACACGUCAAUCACACACAGGAUUUACUGGUAACACGGCUUCUCAUUAAUUCGCAGGAGUUUUGUUUGUUUUGUCUUCAGCUAUAUAUGCAAUUAUUUCAGAACUUAUAGUCAACUUGUGGUGGUGGUGGUGGUGUGAUUUGUGAUUUACCAAUACAGGAUUGCAGGUAACUCUACAUUUGGGGAUUUUACUUGGGUUUUACAGCUUGAUCUUGAGUCUAUGUUUUAGAUGCUUAUCUGGAUCUCCCAAGACAUUAACACUCCGGUGUCAGCAGUCCACUAAUUUAAUUGUAGAAUUCAAGGCAAACUUCCCAGCCAAAGCGCUCCCAGUCAGAAAAAUGUGUCUCCUGUCCCUUCCACUCUGCAAAAUGUAACAUAGGUAUAUAAAUCUUUAAAGGCAAGCUAUAGGUGGAAAUCAGGUAGAUCACGCAGAAGUUAGUAGAAGCCUGAAUAGGGACUAGCUAGGAUGACAAAGUGUUUAACUAGGGGGUAAAGUGUUCAACUAAGUGGCAGCAACUUUGGGCCUGUGGAUGUAAGUAAUAAGAUGGUCUUAUUUUUGUGUCCCAAACUCACAUAUCUCAUGUGGAGCAUGUAAUAUAUAGAUUUUACAGAUGGAGGUGGAGAUGUAUGGUGUGCAGGGCUGGAUUUACAUGUCAGGUGCCUAGAGGCACAAAAUUCUAAGCCUUCUGCUCGCCCAUAUAUGUAUGUAUUUGCAUAUUUGUACUUUUAUUGUGUUUGAAUCUGUGAGUAUAGUGAGUGUAUGCAACUGUGUAAAUGCAUGUAGGGUUAAAAAUGGUAAAGGGGGUUAAGGUUAGAGAGAGGUUAAUGUCCCAGUUAGAUCACACAGGGUAUUUAGAGGGCUACAAGCUUGCAAUGGGUUACAGUUGCAUUAUAAGGGGUAUUUAGAAUUAUUGGGUUCACGGUGUCACGUAUCCCUCAUUUCCAUAUAUAAAAAAUGUGAAAAAUAAUAUUUACAUCCCCGAUAUCGAUAGUUACUAUACGGCAGCCGCUUGGUACAGUUCAUGAACAUCGUGGCAUAUCAAUGGAUGCCGGCCUCUGCGGACUAACUCAGUUAAAUAGCCCCACCUCCGUACUCGGCAAGAUUGACACCGACGUGCGUGUGACAUCACGCAGAUGACGCACACGCACGUUCUGUGGUCAAAGGCGAGGUACAGCCAAUCGGAGCUACAGGAGGGCUAUUUAAGUCCAAGUUACUUGAUAGUCAUUGCCCUGUCGUGGUUUCCAAUAGCUGAUUUUCUGAGAGUGUAUUCCUUAUCGUGUUUUUCUGGUAUUUAACUUUGGCUUUAUUUUCGACUUCCCUGAUUUCUGGUAUCCUUGACUUUUGGCUCUCCUCAUCGUUGUGUCUUGUUCUGUGUCCCUGACCUCGGCAAGUAUUCUGACUAUUCUCUGUUACGUUACGUCCGGCUAUUCUAAGGUCUGGUAAGACGUUAUCCUUAGUUCAAGGGUGUGAUACAAUUCUGCGUGCUGGAUCAACUAUAAUCCUGACACACGGUUAGAGGAGGUGUUCAAUUUAGCAUUAGGGUACAUGGUGUGUUUAAUUUUUAGGAGGAAUUAAACCUGGUUUAUGAUAAAGGGUUUUCUUUCAGGUUUAGGUGUUUAAUUAAGGCUUUGGGGAAAGGGUGUAUAGGGUGCAGGCACGUGGAGUUUGAAGGGUUAUUUGGAAAGUGGUCACCCUCCUGUGAUUGGUAGUAGAAUUGCAGGAGCUGUUAAACAGUGUGAAUUACGCAGUGCUGUCCCUGCUCCUCCUGCUAGGCAUUUCCUGUUAGUAGGCAGAUGGGAAGUUACCCAUUGUACUUCCUGUUUAUCUUCUCACACAGACACUGGAGGAGCUGAGACAGCACUGAGUUUUACACACUCUGUAACUAUUCCUGCAGCUCUGUUAUCAUGCAUAGGAAGCUGGCUUGAUUGCAGAGCUGCAGGAAUAGGACAGGGCUUCUGGUACUUAUCUCUCAUCACCUUCCCACCUGAGCUCCAAAACGGACAUUAUAAGUGCUGUAAAUAGGUGUCUCCAACAGGACAAGCGCCUGAAGAUGUAGCGUUCUUUAUCCCUGCAAGCUCCAGCAACAUGAUAUGCUUAGCAUGAUGCAGCAUUUACAGAGAGCUGUGUAUGCCCAAGAGACACAGACUCUGUUUUCUGCAACAAUGAUAACCGCAGUGUUUCAUGAAUGUUAUGAGCACUGUCUCCAUUUACCCUGCAGUUCCAUUUACACAUCUCCCGGGACAUCAUACAUACGCAUCAUAGUCUGACAGCUCCAGAUACUGCAGUCCACUGAAUACUUACUGCAAAUCUACACAGUACUCGGCUAGGAAAGACCCUGCACACAUCUUGCCUGUUGCCGUACUCCUACAAUACAGUGCCAACAUACAUUCCUACACACCUCCCUGCUACUUUUAGAAGAAUGGUGUGAGACUGCAGACCAUAAUCCCAGUAUGCUUUGCAAUAGCCCCAUAGCCAGACUUCCCAGACUUGUUCAUUUAUGGCUAAGUCACACUCAUUUAGUAUAUAAAUAGCCCACAAAAUAGUGCUGGUUUAGGUAAUUUUCUAUUCUGUCCUGAGAUACAAUGCUGCUGUUCUCUAACAUCGAAAUUGUGAUUAUAUACAUAAGAAUACAUAACUGAUUGGCAUGGUGUAUGCUGGCUAUCAUGAUACGUCUGUUGUAUGUAUAUUCCUAAUAAUAGAAACACUACCUCAAAAACAAGUUUAAUGUAGAACUGUCACUGACCAGGAGUCUAACUAUUACAUCUACUUAUCACUAUUAGACAUGUACACAGAGGAAAAAUGUAGUUUUUCUGAAAAAAACAUAGUAGUUUGGGUAUCCUGAUGUCCAUGAGGGGGUUUGGCUCAUCCAAAUAUCGUCCAUGCAAAAAUAUUCGGACGAACGAUUCAAAUCGGUGUACAGAAUUUUUUGCCACCAUUUAAUUCACAGAUAAAAUUAGAAAAUGUAACAAAUAGAAGGAAAAAGAAGAUGAGUAGUAAAAAACCCUAUAUUUAUAUUAAGACAACCACUAGAGGUGGAUUUAAAGGAUUACUCCAGCCCUUUUAUUCAAAAUGCCCUAAUGGGCAUUACUAAUUUCAAUCAUUAAGAAAAUAACACAAGUUCUAGGUAAGUUCUAAUGGUUUAUCCAAAGGUGGACAUUUUAGAGAAAUGGCUGUUCCCCUUUAAAAUAUCCUAAUGCAUUUGCCACAUUUAUAAAUAAAGAAUGUUUAAGGCCAGUACAAAAACUGUUAUUUGCAAAUUUUAACGAGAAGAACAAGCCCAAAUGUUAUUUCAGAUACAUUUUAACUUGGCCUUUGGCUAAAUUGAGUCAAGAGUAAAUUGUGGAGUAAUUACAGUGUAUUCAAUAGCUUAUUGUAAUACUAAAUAGAUGUGAAUGGAACCAUUAUUACAUUGGCAGCAGAAACGUUUUGCAUCAUUACAUUUCAAAUUAAAGCUUGAUAAAAAAUAGUUAGAUCUUGUUUUCAGCCAUUUUAUGGUUUUUAAAAGAACACGAUUCAACUUGUCUUGUAACUCUCUAAGAUAGUGAACCAAAUGACAGCUAUGGAUGUAGCGGAGCUCCAAUACCUACCAUAGGUAUCUCCGCUUUGCAGUCCUCGUAGCCUAAAUAAGCAGCAAAAUAUCCCAAGACACUUUCCCCCCAGUAACUGGACGACACACAGUUCUGGGAGUCAACUGAGUUUAUUUUGGCCACACACACAGCUUUUAUGCACUGACGCCUACAUGGGGUCUCUCACACAAAAAUACAGGGCUUUUCCUCCCAAGAUCCUCUGUGCCUGAGAGAUAAUUGCAUGAGAAAAAUCUAUAACUCAAUUAUCUCUCAGGUACAGAAAAAUCUACAAUAAAUUAAAACACCCCAAAAAUGCAUUUUAAUAUUUCAGAACCCCACGAAAUUUGACGAAAUGUCACUCAGAUCCCUUCGGUGGUUCGGGAAUGCAAUUCGAAUUAAGUUUUGACCGGUCGGUCAUGAUGUGAUGCCAAAAAACUGUUCCAGAGAAAACAAGAUGAUCAGUCAUCUUUUGGGCUGUCUCACACAACAAGAAUCAAGCACAUCAAAUCAAUUUAUAACUCUUUUGACAUGUGUUUUUCUGGAUUUCUUUUUUAUUAUUCUGUCUAAAAUUAUAGACUGAUCAUUUCUUUGUCAGUGGACAAUCAUUCAAAACCAGCAGGGGAUCAAAUACUUUUUUCCCUCACUGUAUAUAAUGCAAAAUUAAUGUGAUAAAUGCAAUUAAUAAAAAUUCAAUGCCAAAACUAAAUAUUAAAGUAAUAGUGCUUUUAUGUACACUAAACAAAAUUAUAAACGCAACAUUUUUGUUUUUGCUCCCAUUUUUCAUGCUAUCUAAUCAGCAUCUUGAUAUGCCAUACUUGUGAGGUGGAUGGAUUAUCUCGGCAAAGGAGAAGUGCUCACUAACACAGAUUUAGACAGAUUUGUGAACAAUAUUUGAGAGAAAUGGGCCUUUUGUGUACAUAGAAAAAGUCUUAGAUCUUUGAGUUCAGCUCAUAAAAAAUUGGGGAAAAAACAAGUGUUGCGUUUAUAAUUUUGUUCAUAUACUUACAAUGCAAAUUAUAUAUCUACUCAAUGAAACUUUUAAUUGAAGUGUCGUUACUAUCCAAAACCUCCUCAUAUAUAUAUACCUGUGGUCACCUCCAAAGGGGCCUCUGAGGCUCGAGGUUGUUUAACCCCAACGGGAACCUGAUCUGGAUUCCAAACUACAUAGUAAAAACUAAAGGGAAUUGGGGGCACACCCAGAACAUGCAUCUUGCAGGAAUGGUGCUGCCCUAGUGACCAAAAUGUAUACAUAAUACAGAUUAAGAAACAGUGCACUCGUAAAACACAUUUCUAAAUUACAUAGGGGCAUUUAACCCCUUAAGGACACAUGACAUGUGUGACAUGUCAUGAUUCCCUUUUAUUCCAGAAGUUUGGUCCUUAAGGGGUUAAAAAAAGCCUAUCUUAGCAAACAAAUGGGGUUUAAGUUCCACCAUAUGGCCAUAUUGUGUUAAGCCCACCACUACUUCACAGUAUCCCAAUAUCGGUGGGUUCUACACCUCCAACGUGGGAGACAAAUCAAAUAGUGCUAGUGCUAAAUAAGCUGAAGUGAGUAAAGAGAGGGAUCCCUCUUGUUAUGUGUUCUCCCUUUGAACAGAGGGUUUUAAAGGUUGUGGGUUUCCUACUCAAGAAGCAGGGCCUAGGGAGGGACUUCAUAACAUGAGUAAGUUGUGUAUAGUAGAAUACUCCAGGGACCAGAAACACACAAUGCAACCCUUACACACAAAGACAAUGCACCCAUUGCACCAAUACACAGAAACACACACUGCAUCCCUUACACACACACUGCAUCCCUUACACACACAGAAACACACACUAAAACACAAUGCAUCUCUUAAACACAACAGGCCCUGUUUGAGAGUGAUGAAAGAUCACAAUGAACAUGGAUUCUAUGCCAAAUGUGCAGCUUAGCCCCUAUAAACAAGUGCAAUACCUAGAUGGCAGGUAUGACCCACACUUCAAGCCAAGCCAAAAAUAGAAGACCGUGGAAGGGUCCUAACGUUUCCAAAGGGCACCAGGGUUUUUCUUCCCCCUGAGCCAUGCCACUCAACAAAUCGCAGGAGGGAAGGUAGAGUUGGGACAGCUUGAUUCUAUACAAAUCGUACAAUGCGGAUUGUAGAGUGGAGAAGAAUUAACUGGGAAUCUGGAUGGGAAUCGUCUGGAACAGGUAUAAAGCUCUUGGGGACAGUUUCAAUUUAAUGACAUUAAUCCUGCUGCACCUGUCCUUAAAGAUGAGCCUCCAUUGCCAACAAAAGCUAAUUCCUUCCUGCGGUUUAUAUAGUGAAAAAAGAAAACACACAUUUCUAGUGCAUCAAUUGCCUUGUACGAAUUAAAUGUUGCAUAUUAUUAUUAUUAUUAUUAUUAUUAUUAUUAUUAUCACCAUUUCUAUAACAGAUUCUGUAGCGCUUUACAAUAUUAUGAGAGGGGGGAUUUAACUAUAAAUAGGACAAUUACAAGAAAACUUACAGGGACGAUAUGUUGAAGAGGACCCUGCCCAAACGAGCUUACAGUCUAUAGCAGGCUUCCCCAAACUCCGGCCCUCCAGAUGUUGCUGAACUACAACUUCCAUGAUUCUAUGAAUGAAAUAGGCUGAGAAUCAUGGGAGUUGUAGUUCAGCAACAUAUGGAGGGCUGGAAUUUGGGGAAGCCUGGUCUAUAGGCUAGUGCUAUAUAUUUCCAUAGUGCCUUAUUCUAUUCUAUAUUGUAAACAGUAUUAAAUUAGACAUGUAAACCAUUAAGACGAUGCAGUAAAAAUGCAUAUUUCUUUGAGCUCUUAGGAAAAAGAAACAGAUGUGUUCAUCGUUAACUGAUUUAUUUUGCUUUGUAUGUUCUACACAGAGAUUAAAAGGCCCGGAAGUGGAAAUACAUGAUACGCAGUCAUCUAAGGAAUGGAUUCAAACUACUGGCAUACAUGCCUUGCAUCUAACAAUACAAGAUCUACUAAAAUUGGGGCAUAUUGUUAUGUAAGUUAUUCUUAAAUCUUAUUUAAAUAAAAAAAUUUUGGGUAGUCCCAAUUUUUAAAACUCAAUUUUUAUUGUCGACAAUUAAAUGGGAAUUAGCUCCAUAAAAAGUGAGAAACAACGGAAAGUAAAGUAAAUGUUAACAUUUGUGUUUUGUGUAAAGAAGAAAACCUUAAUUAUACAAGAGCCAUGUUUUAUUCAUACAACAAAGUUCAUUAUUUACUAUGAUUAGUAAAGUAGCCAAAUGUGUUCUUUAUUAGUCUUUUACUGACAUCUAGUGGAUUAUUCUCAGUAUAACAACACAGUAUACUAACAAAAUACAAUCUGAGUUGUAGUGUGAAGUAUUCUUGCCUACAGUAGUCUCUGAACAUUGAUGGUCCCUACACAAUAUUACAAAUACAAUAGGCAAAGCAAUUUAGGCAAAAUGUGCUAAAUUAGAUGUGGUAGUCUAAAGAUAUCUGUGACAAUCCCGAACUGAACUCUCAUCACAAUUGUAGAUUAUGCUAACGCAGUGUACCUAUAAUCUAAAUUUUAUUAAGGAAAGGAGGCGAAUAUUUUGCAUUAAACUCUCUUUACUAAACUCCAGCAGCACAGAUUUAAGAAUCAAGUUUAUUGACAAAAACAUAUUGCAGCAGGGUAUAAAAGGCCCCUCUCCCUUUAUCUCUUUCUUUGAUGCAAUCUAACAAGAAAUGCACUCUUAACCCCUUAAGGAUGGCAGACGUACUAUGUCGUCCUUGGGGACCCAGUCCUACACGCCGGCAGGCGGCAUAGUACGUCCCCGCCGUCCUAUGCACUUACCUGCUCACUGGCGAUCGUGAUGGGGGUACUUGCCUGGCAUCCCAUUUAUGUGCGUGUGUAUGUAUAACGUGUACCAUCUUCUGCACUGUCUGCUUGGGUUUUUUUUCUCCCUCUCCCCCCCCCUCACUCUGAUCUUCAGAAAGAUAUUUAUGACCCUCUGCAAGAAUGCUCUCUAUUUUCUAUCAAACCUGUGUCUUAUCUGCCCUCAUGUCGCUUUAACCCCUGUAUCACAACUCAACUUUGAAUUCUAUGUGUUGUCUUGCUCAGAAAUGCUUUAGAUUUGAGAAAGGAAGGUUGUCCCAAAAGCUUGUCAUUAAAAAAUUCUGUUAGUCCAAUAAAAAAGGUAUUACAAGAUACAAAUUUUAUCUGCUUUUUACAUCUACAUCACUGGACUAAUACGGCUACAAUCUCUACUUGUAUAAUAUAAAAUGAAUUUUAAAAAAUAAAAAGUAAAUAAAAAUUAUAUAUACAUGUGUAAUUUCGUUCUAACUGUAUUUUGAUAUAUAUAUAUCUCAAAAUACACGUAGAACAAAAUUAUUUAUAUAUAUAUUUAUAUAUAUAUAUUUAUAUAUAUAUUUAUAUAUAUUUAUAAAUAUUUAUAAAUAAUAUACAGUUGCACGAAAAAGUAUGUGAACACGUUGGAAUGAUAUGGAUUUCUGCACAAAUUGGUCAUAAAAUGUGAUCUGAUCAUCUAAGUCACAACAAUAAACAAUCACAGUCUGCUUAAACUAAUAACACACAAAGAAUAAAAUGUUGCCAUGUUUUUACUGAACACACCAUGUAAACAUUCACAGUGCAGGUGGAAAAAGUAUGUGAACCCUUGGAUUUAAUAACUGGUUGAACCUCCUUUGGCAGCAAUAACUUCAACCAUCCGUUUCCUGUAGUUGCAGAUCAGAUGUGCACAACGGUCAGGAGUAAUUCUUGACCAUUCCUCUUUACAGAACUGUUUCAGUUCAGCAAUAUUCUUGGGAUGUCUGGUGUGAAUCGCUUUCUUGAGGUCAUGCCACAGCAUAUCAGUCGGAUUGAGGUCAGGACUCUGACUGGGCCACUUCAGAAGGCGUAUUUUCUUCUGUCUAAGCCAUUCUGUUGUUGAUUUACUUCUAUUUGGGUCAUUGUUCUGCUGCAACACCCAUCUUCUGUUGAGCUUCAGAUGGCCUUAAGUUCUCCUGCAAAAUGUCUUGAUAAACUUGGGAAUUCAUUUUUCCUUCGAUGAUAGCAAUCCGUCCAGGCCCUGACACAGCAAAGCAGCCCCAAACCAUUAUGCCCCCACCACCAUACUUCACAGUUGGGAUGAGGUUUUGAUGUUGGUGUGCUGUGCCUGUUUUUUGCCAUACAUAGUGUUGUGUGUUUCUUCCAAAACACACAACACUAUGGGGGAGGUCGGUUUAUUAUUUAGAAAAUGUGUUUUAGUAGAUGUGUUUGUGAAUGACGUUUCACAUCAGAGCUACACUUGUGGUUGGCACUGUUGCCGCCAUUUGUCCCAUUUUUGCCAUGCUGUUUGCCAAGUUUUGUGUGCGGAUCUCAGUCGCCUUGCCUCCAUUUCAUAUAUUUUGGUGGUGUCUAUUGUAUCUAGGCACUGCUGGGUGCUUGGUGUGUUUCUGCUCAGCCAUGCCCUACUUAUAGUCGUUAGCGCUGCGAUGAUAAUAUGAUUCAUUAGGUAUAGAUCAACCUUUUGUAGGUCAUGUGGGAAUAUCAAUAGUAGAUAUGUUUCAGGUAAGUGCGGUAGUGUAGUACCGGUAGAUGUUGUUGUUAUUAUGUCUGAGAUGCCUUUCCAGAAGGUUUUAAUCUCCGUAAGUCCACCAGAUGUGGAGCAUUGACCCCGGCUCUUCCAAGCAUCUCCAGCAGGACCCUGACUUGUUGCGAUCGAGUUUGUGUAGCCUAGUUGGUACCAUGUACCAGCGGUAAAGCACUUUCCUACUGGUUUCGAUAUGAGAAGUGUUCAGUGUGAGGGUUUUGUGUGCCUCAAGCGUUUUUAACCAUAUUUUGUCAGGUAUGGUCUGGUUUAGGUCCUUUUCCCAUGCCUUCAUGAAGCUUAGUUUCCCUACGCAGUCGUAUGUCUUAGUCAUUUUGUACAAGAGUGACAGCAUUUUUUGGGGUGGCUUUUGAGCCAUACACAUUUUUUCUACCUCCGUUGGUGUAUAGUUCUGUGUUUGUGCUGUACUUAUAUCGAAGUGUUUCAUUGCCCAUGACUGUAGUUGCAGGUACGAGAAAUAAGCUCUAGAGGGGAGGUUAAAUUGUUUGGUUAGGGAGUUGAAGUCUAUCAGGCGAUCAUUUGUCGUUAUUUGGGAUAGGUGUGUGACCCCGUUUUUAUACCAUAGGCCUUGGUCAAAGCCCGGAAUAAGGAGUUGGAACGCCUGGAUUUGUAAGGCCGGGGAUACAUGUGUGUUGGGAUAGUGUUGUUUAGUGUAUUUGUCCCAAAUGUGGAGUGUCGCUGCUGUGGUGGGGCAGAUAUUUUUAAAUUUCGGCCUUUUGUGCUUUGGCACCCAAGCCAACGUGGACAUCCUGAAUCCGUGUGUGUUGCUUCUAUUAGACUCCAUGUUGGCGCAGUUGUUGGUGAAAGGUGGAUAUGAGUGUGGUCAUCAUGGCCGCUGUGUAGUAUCUCGUGACGUCUGGCGCCCCCAUCCCACCCUCCUUGAAGGGCCUUUACAUGGUUUCCGCUGCUAUUCUAGGUCGUUUCCCUCCCCAGAUGAAUUGGUUUAUGAGGCAUUGGGCUUCUUGGAAGAACUGUCUUGGCAGCCCUAUCUGGAGUGUUCUAAAGAGGUACUGUAGUCUCGGUAGUACCAUCAUUUUCAUCGCCGCUAUUCGGCCGGUCCACGAAAUAUAUUUCCCCUUCCAAGUUUGUAGCUGUUGUUUAAUUGCAGUGAGUAGUUUUAUAUAGUUAGCUUCAUAUAGCUUUUGUGUUGCGGGCGUGAGAUCAAUUCCAAGGAAGGUUAAAUGGUCGCGUCUCCAGUCAUAUGUAUGUUGGCUUUGUAAGUGGGAGAGUCGUGAUUUAGUAAUGUUGAGGCCCAUAGCUUGUGUCUUAUUAAUAUUAAGCUUAUAGUACGAGCAAUUGCUAAAUUUAGUUAAUAUAGUUUGGAGUUGUGGUAGGGAGGUGUCAGGUUUAGACAGUGUAAGCAUGACAUCAUCAGCGAACAGGGUGAUCUUGUAUGUUUUCUCCCCUAUGUGUAUCCCAUGGACUUCGUGUGAGUCUCUUAUAUGUUGGGCUAGAGGUUCUAGUGCCAGUAUAUAAAGUAAAGGUGAGAGUGGACAGCCCUGCCUAGACCCAUUGGAGAUGUGGAAUGGUUUGGAGGUAAAGCCUCCGUUAGCUAUUUUUGCUGUCGGGUUAACGUAUAGCGCACAGACCAGUGUAAUAAAGCAUGCGGGGAAUGCAAAUCUCCGCAACACUGCCUCCAGGUAUCCCCAGUGUAGCCUGUCAAAAGCUUUCUCUGCGUCCAGUGACAGUGCCACACUGGGUUCCCCCGAUUUCUGGAUCUCUUGUAAGAUGUUGAUUAGUUUCCUGGUACCGUCUGAACCCUGCCUACCUUGGACAAACCCCACCUGGUCUUCCCGUAUCAGUGUUGGUAGAAUGUCUCCCAACCUAUUUGCAUAGAUUUUCGCUAAGAUUUUUAGAUCUGUGUUUAUCUGCGCAAAUUUUGGCAUUUAUGUGGUGGCUUUGCUGGUUUUGGUAGAGUUGUUAUGUGGGCUAGCAGCAUGUCUCUAGGUAUGGUGCCUGCAGUUAGAAUACUGUUGUAUAGUAUUUCCAGUUUGGGGAUUAGGAUAUGUGAGAAGGUCUUGUAGUACAAAUUCGUAAAGCCAUCUGGCCCUGUCGAUUUCCCUUUGGGGAGGGUUUUGAUUGUGUGCUCGAUUUCUCUUUGAGUUAUGGGUUCUUCUAAGAUUGUUCGGUUUGCCUGCGAAAGUUGUUGUAUUUGAGCUUCUUUUAGGAAUGUAUCAAUUUCCGUUGCUAGUGGUUGGUGUGUGUGUUCAUCAUUUUGAAGGUUGUACAAUGUAUCGUAAUAGUCCGCCAGCGUGUCGUUUAUGUCGUGAGGGUUGUACAUUUUGUUUCCUAACGAGUUUAUGAGGAAUGGUAUUUUCGCAUUCUGUCUUUUCUGCCUCAGCAGUGCCGCUAAAGCCUUCCCUACUCUGUUACCUUGAGUGUAUGUUGUUAGUUUCAGCCUAUGUGUCAUGGUGGCUGUAUUUCGCAGAUGGAUGUCAUUUAAUUUCCCCUUUAGUUGAUCUAUACCAUGGUGUCUUCCCUCGGGAUUGGAAUUUUUAUGUUCAAGUUAGUUGUACUGGGGUAUUAUGUUUCCUAUUUCACUGUAUGUAACAUUCGUUAACAGAUCCCCCGAGACAAAUAUGAAGUCUAUUCUGGUGUAUGUUUUAUGUACAGAUGAGUAAAAUGUAAAUUCUCGACCAUUUGGGUGUUGUGUCCUCCAAAUAUCAUAGAGAUUGUGCUCUGAGAGGAGUUUCAUAAUGGCCGUGGCCUGUUUGCAUAAUGUUUUGCGUCUAGGGGACGUGUCUGACAGUGUUGUGUCUAGUCGUGGUUGCAGUAUGUGGUUUAGAUCCCCACAUAUAAUUGUGGGUGACUGGUGGGUGGUAGGGAGUUUGUUUAGCACUUUCUGUAUGAAAUUCCUUUGGUUAUUGUUUGGUCCAUAUAUUCCCACUAUGGUAUAUAAGGUGUCAUUGAGAUUGAGUUUACAGUGUAGUAUAAGAUAUCUGCCCUGUGCGUCUUUUUUGAGGUGUAGAAGUUCGAAUGAUACUGAAGAGUGUAUGAGGAAUGAAACGCCUCAUGAUUUAGAGGAGUAUGUCGAGUGAUAUUGCGUAGGGUAAUCUCUGCCAGCAAAGCUGGGUACCCUGUUGUGUACAAAAUGUGUCUCUUGUACGCAUAGUAUGUCUGACUUAGUGCGCUUAGCGUCAUCUACCAAGAGUCUCCUUUUGUGUAGUGUAUUCAGUCAACGUGCAUUAAUGGUCUGUAUUUUCAUCAUUUGUGUAGGUUGUGUAAUUUAGCUGCUCAGGUCCUGGAAGUAUACGAUUCCGUGGAUUCCUGGAUUCCGUGUCUCUGCUGUGCGAAGUGGGUCAGGUUUUUGGUGUUGUAGAGUUGCAUCAAGUGGGCAAGUGGGUGUCGAUAUAGGUCUUAUGUUUUGUAGCUCCUUUGGUGGUUCAUGGCCGACCAUGGGUGAUUUCGGAUUAGGGGAAAAACAACUUGGGGAUGUAUGUGAACUAUGUACAGGGUGUCUCUGUCUGAGACGUUAUGUGGGCUUGCCACAUCUACAAUUUUUUUUUUUAAUGUCUCACUGUUUAUCGAUUGAAUUCACAUUUUAUAUAAUAAAUGUUAAAUGUAAAAUAUGGAGACUACACAAAAUACUUCAUUAAAAUAAGUUAUUAAGAUACGUUUGAAAAAGUCAUACUUUUUAGGAUCUCCCUAGUCUAUUUUAAUGUCAAUAAAACCUAUAGACUGGCCCUAAUCUAUUAAAGGAACACUAUAGGUCUGCACACAAACCUGUAUUCUUGACCCUAUAGUGUUAAAAACACCAUCUAGCCCCACUGCCCUUCCGUUCUUACGUUUAUUCCAGUCUGUUGGUGCUGGCUCUGCUUUCUUGGCUGGCAUAAUCAGAAGUGAUGAUCUUCCCAUAGGAAAGCAUUGGAUUGGCUGAGCUUGUCAAGGAGGCAGUUCAGAGGCAGAGCCAGCACUAGCCAAACAUAGUCCUGUUAAACAAUGAUUCUAUUUCUACUCAUUUGCAAUGUCUUCCUUGACUGUGUUUGAACUGAACUGAACUGAACUGGACUGGAAUGCACAACAACAACAACAAAAGACAGACAUGAUUAUUCACUAAAGGGAGAAUUUAAAGUGAAUUUUAAAGUUAAGGUCAAAAUAGCUGAACUGGAAAAAGUCAGUUCGGCCAAUCUGGCUUUGAAGUUGAAAUUCACUAUGAAUUCACGUUGCGUUCUAACUUUAGUAAAUAAACCUGCUAGUUAUAAUUGCUAUUUAAAUGCAUGGUGAUAACAUCUAUCAAGUGGCCCCUUUUCUACUAGAAACAAAAGACCAUCUGUCCCUCUUUACUUUAAUCUUCCAUUGUGAGUGUUCAUUUACUGUCGAUAAAUGUAGCACUAAGCUCCGCAGCAAUUGCAUUCACAGAAAUGUGCAGUAUAAAUCUGUAACGGAGCUCCACAGCAAUAAAACUGAGCAAUGGUAAAAUUACAUCUUUACAUUGCUUUUCACAGUUUUAAGGUUCUCAGAAGAUCAUUUUUUUCUAUAAUUGUUUCCCCUGCAAUUAAAUAAAUGUCCAAACUAUUCCCCAAUUCCCAAUAUGUUUUCUUUUUUCUUUAAUUGUAGGAGACGAACUACUGAUGCCUCCAAGCAUAUUGAAUUCUCUGCCCACACAAUCAAUGAGUUUGAAUCCAAGAUACACGAGUAAGUAUUGAACAGUAUGUAUACACAUUGUAACAUGCUUAAAGAGAUACUAUCACUUAUAUGGAAAUGACCGUCCCUUGUUCCUUUAUCCCAGUAAAUAGUAUUGAAUCAAAUAUUGGGGUGCAUUGUGCUGCAGAGAUGUUAAAAUACUUGCCUCCUUAGCACUCCUAUUCAACUUCACAGCAUUGCCCUAUAGCAGGCUUUCCUAAACUCUGGCCCUCCAGAUGUUGCUAAACUACAACUCCCAUGAUUCCCAGUCUGUCUAUUUCAUUCAUAGAAUCGUGGGAGUUGUAGUUCAGCAACAUCUGGAGGGCAAGAGUUUGAGGAAGCCUGCCCUUUAGUGUUCUGGGUAUAUAGCUAGGCAUUACUUGUAGAUUAAAAAAAUAUGAAACCUCCCUACACCACCAUUUCAUCGUCGAUUUGCAAGGUGUGGAGUCUAAUACUGGCUAUUCUAUAAGACAACUUUUAACCACCCCACCUUUUGUGCACUCUCUCCUUUUUCUUUCUUGUCUUUUGGCUUUUCUUCUCCUGUUCUCCUUUUGUUCCUCCUUUUGACCGCUGUUUAUUAUAACGUAUGAUCCAGGAUGCUGAUGUGGUUUUUGGACUACAAUGUUCUAGCUUUAUAUUACAUUAGCCACAGCCUUUCUGUGACUGAAUUGUUUUGCUCUCUGUUUGAUAUUCUGUAUCAAUCUAUCAGCAUCUGUAUUGUGCUGUUUCACAGUAUUAACACUGACUUAUUAUUUUGCCUUGCCAUAUUUGUGUUUAAAUAAAGAAUUUAAAAAAAAUAUAAAAACAGUGAAUUUUAGAAAAAUGUAUGCACAACAUGUGAGUGGUUCAAAAACGUAAGUACAGUUCUACUUUAAUCUCAUGAAAAGUGUAUUCUUCUAUUUAUUACUAGUUAUUUUACAAUAUUUUCACUAUUAUUAACUCAAAUGAUUUACCUCUGCUAUUUUGACCUGACAUUUGCUUUGUCUCAAUUAUUUAAUGUUAAGUUUUGUGAGUAAAUCUCCACAUGUAAUAAUUAAAUAAUCAAAUUCUUCAAAAAUUGUAACUCUAGUAAUUUUACAUAUUUAUUUUUACCUUCAUUGUGCCUGUUUGCUUAUAAUGUGCCCUGUGUUAUGCUUUUUUUCCCUCUCUGCUGAAACCUACAAUUUUCACUUUUACAGUAAUAAAUAAUUUAAUGAUGUUCUGUUAACUCUGAUCACUUUAAGUAUUUGAGAAAGAUAAAAACUUUAUGAAAUUUUCAUGUUGGCUGUGAUGGAAUUUCAUUGAUUGCAUUGGAAUUCCAUUAAAAGUCCAAUGCAAUCAAGAAAUAUAAGACAAAAUAUAAACUUAUCUUAUGGGCAAAGUUCAGGUUGGCUACAGUCAAUUUUGUCAACGGUUUUAGGUACAGCAAUGGGAAAAGAUGUUUUCUCAUGCAUUGUGCGAGUUAGUCUUUUGAGGAUCCCACAGUCUUGCAGAAUCGUCCAUAGGCCUCUGUGUUGUACCUUUUUGGAACAUCGUGAGCUGAAGAAAGAAGUUGGAAGCGCCAGUGAAGGAGAGCUUUGCUAAGUAUUUACCUUUAGAUUCACCCUCAGGCAGUGUUAGGUGGCAAAAAAAAGCCCUGGUUAUACAGGGUGGCCCAUAAGUCCCUACCCAUCCAGCACAGAUACACUGGAUACACAAGAUAUAUGGAUGGGUAGGGACUUGUGGGCCACCCUGUUAAUAAUUCAUUGUCUGAGAUUCUCAGCAAAUGUCUCUGAGCUAAUGAAUAAUGUACAAAAUUAGAAAGAGUUGAUGUGAUAAUCCUGAAGAUUAGAAUAGCUGUGAAGACUGGAAGGGACAGGUAAGUGUCAAAGUGUUUACAAAUGUUAUAACAACUUACUGUCAGACAGUGCUAAGCGACUCCUAGCACUAUACAGUUACCACUGUAAUGCACUGUAGUUGCUAUGGUGCUUAGAGUGUCCCUGUAAAGUCUAAUGGUGUCUUUCUAAUGGUGAAAAAUACAUUUAAAUGCUGUGUUUUGCAUUGUCAUUCUAUAAAUUAACUAUGAGGCAUAAUUUUCUAUGUUUUGUGUGUGUUUCAGAGCUGUUGCACUGUACCAACAAAGAAUCCGUUUCUUGAUGAAAGGAAGUAAGAAGGUGAUUUAGAAAAUGGAAUUACGGUUCUGUAUUGAAAUAGUAAUACAUAUAAAAUACAUUGUUUGCUAGUAUUAACAAGGAGCUGUGCAAUUUAAACAGUCUCCCAUUAAUGAUAUGCUGGGAGAGUUGCUUGGAAGAGAGAAGCAUAAUGUCUCUGUCUCUCCAGCUCCUUUCCUGGCAUAUAAAUUUAAAGAGAGGGACUGAAAUAUUCAUGGGAGAGGCAAAUAGCAGCUUCUGCUCAAGGGUAUAAUUCUCAUUUAUUUUGGACAGACGUGGACAUAUUUGUCUUGGUGAUUCUCUGAGAUUAAGGGCCAUAAUGUUUGGAUUUAAAUAAUGAUGUGCUCGUUGAGUUACUGAAGGAACACUAUGGCAUUAUCGCCCUGCCUCCUGGCUGAGAUCAUCAAUCUGGAUGAUAGCCAAUCCAAUGCUUCCCCAUAGUGAAGCAUUGGGAGGCUAGUGUACAUGUGCAGCAAAUCUCCACACUGCUCCAAACGGCAUCUCCUCAUAGAGAUGCAAUGAGUCAAUUUGGGAGCAUUGAGAAGCUACAUUAAGAGAAUGGAGACUCUGCUUUCCUAUGGACUGUUUGAAUGCACGCGCGGCACUUGCCGUGCAUGCGCAUUCCGCUCCACUCGGGAGCUGACGUCGGCAGGGGAGGAGAGGUCACCAGCGCCGAGGGAGCCAGGCGCUGGAUAAAGGUAAGCUGCCGAAGGGGUUUUAACCGCUUCAGCGCCACGGGAGGGGGACCCUGAAGGUACUAUAGUAUCAGGAAAACCGCUUUGUUUUCCAUACAAUUUAGUGAUCCUUUAAUUCACUAAACCCCGAAUUAAAAUGUUCCAAUUCAGUUUUAAGUUCACCACUUGUUGUUUUGUGAAGAAACCACUUUUUAAGAUAUUCAUUUUAAUUCACAGCUGUACACACUUUAGUAAAUAAUCUCAUGUGAAUUUUCAGGAAUUUAAAGUGAAUUCUAACAAAAUUUAAAAGUUUAGGCCAAAAUAAGUGCUUAGAGUACCCAUCUAAUGAAUAAUCUCAACCAAAAUGCAUAAUUUCCUGCAAACAAAAUAUGUCCCACCCUGCCAGUCUGGCUACUUUUUUCUAAUUCUGGUACUUUGGCUACAUUUGAAACAUGAUUUGGAGCUCCCUGUUCAACGACUAAGCCUCCUUAUCUGUAUUUAGCUAAAUCUGUGUUCACAUUGAUUUAAUUUCAACCUAUUUUGCACAUUGCAGAUGUUUGGCCUUAUAAAAGGGAACAACGUUGGAUUGCUGGUUGAUUCUUCAGAUCUAAAUUGUGGAGCAAGGAGAAUGGAUUUCUUAAGAAACCUAUUGGUAAUAGAGUGCACAUGUUUGAAACCAGCAGAGUAACUGAAUUGUCCAAUCAUGUAAACAUGGCAAAGUUUUCAGACACCAUCUGAUUAUUUGAUAUGCUUCGGGUCAGAAAUAUCAAAAGAUAAUAAAGUCUUAAAGUGAUCUGUUGCUAAGAUGGCCUUUAUAAUAAUAAUAAAUAAUAAUAAUAAAAUCAAUGUUUUUUUUUUGUCUCUAAACAUAUUUUCUAAACUUCAUAAAUCAGAAGCUGAUUAAUAGAUGUUAUCUUUACCCAAUGUGUUAUUACUCAUGUUAGCGACCUCCGUAAGGUAACAGACUGAAGAGAUCUAGAUUAAAACGUGAAACCGAGUUUUAAACCUAUUUUAAUAAAAUGGAAGGUAAAACAUUAACUGUAGAAUCUUGGGGAUAAUAUAUGCACUGUAUGUUGUGUAUGUUUUGUGUGAAAUAAAAUCGGCAAUAAAUUACAGACAUUUAACAGAUGGUAGAUGAUAUAUACAGCAUUGUAAGCCAUUCUUAUUUUAUCACCUUUACAUUAUUUGGCAAUAGCAGAUACAGCCAUUUAUCAUGACCCUCAAACAUAGGAGCAAGACUAACAAUCAAAACCAUUCAACAAAAUAAAACUCCUAGAAACUAACUUCUAAUUGUCUUCUCUCUGGUUCAUUAAGCAGUCAUUCCAAACUGUUAUUUAUGUGUAGAAAAAUCUUGGUUCGGCGAGUGUAUGGGAUAGGUAAAAUUACAUGUAGAUGAAUUGUCACCUCUCUGGCUGUUUACUAGACAGUGAACACCAGGGAUUGUUUAAAUGGACACUAUAGGCACCAAAGCAACGUAAUGAAGCAAUUUUGGUUUGUGGACCAUCCCCCUGCAUUCUUCCUGCUCAAUUAAUUCUCUGCCAUUUUGGAGUUAAUUCACUUUGUUUACGAAACCCUAGUAAAGAGAGAUCUAAUGUUUAAACUGCCUAUAUUACAUAGUCUGAUUAAUUUAGUACCUUUUUUCUCUCCUGCUCUGUUAAUAGCCUGCAGGAGCUUCCUUUGUGUAAUUAAAGUUCAUUUUACAGAGAAGGAGAUACAAACUUCUAAAGUAAGUUGAGAUCUGACUGAGAAUUAAACCAUGUUUUGCAUGCAGACUGUGUGAUAUAGUCAGGGGAGGUGUGGAUAGGGCAGCAUGGACAGAUACAAAAGUGAUUUAACUCCUAGAUGGCAGAGAAUUUAGAAGUGCAGGGGCAUGAUCUAUUCACAGAAACCGCUUCCUUGGGCUAAAGAUGUCUAUAAUAUACAUUUUAUGAUUUUCUUUUGGUUAAUCGUAUCUAGCAGUCCACUCAUUUUAUUAUAACUGCUGCAUUCUUUGAUUAGUUAAAUGCCUUUUCUCUUUCAGUGUCUUGUCGAUGAACAGCUUUGUUACAAGAAGGAGCUGUACUUUCUUUCUUUUGGAUCCCAAGUUUCAUAUCUCUGGGCCACGCCACAAGAUGUUAACGUACAGAGGUAAGUGUGUUCCAAUACAUUAAACAUACUCCCUUUUUGUUUUGUUUUUUUAUUAAAGUUUAAAUUAUUUCACAUCAUAUAUACAACAGUAAAUAAAUGGCACAAAUAAUUCACAAUGGUGCAUAUGGUCAAUGGUUGUGAUGUAGAACCUUAUGAGAUGGUUUUCACUAAAUAUAAGCCAACCACAGAUCUAUGGGGUAAAUAGAAGUCUGAUUUGAAUAUGGCAUUGUUUGGAUGUACUCACUGUGAUAACAAAAUAAAACAUACUCAUAGACAAGGAUAACAGACACCUUCCUACACAAACACAUAGGGAUCACAGACAUCCUUCCACAGACACAAAGGGAUCACAGACACCCUCACCCACCUGCACAGACUUGGAUCAUACCCUCACACAUACACAUAUAGGCAUCACAGACAAUCUCCCACACAGACUUGGAUGACAGACACCCUCACUCUUCCCCACACACACACACACACAAAUAGGGAUCGCAGGCUUCCUCGCACACAGAGACACACUAAGACAGGGAUCACAGACAUCCUCUCACACAGACACACAUUAAGAUAGGGAUGACAGACAUCCUUUCACACAGACACACACUAAGAUAGGGAUCACAAGCACUCCUCUACAAACACAGAGUGUUAUCAGGGAUGUCCUCACACACAUUUAGGGAUCACACCCCCCCCCCCCACAAAUAUAUAUCACAGACUCCUCACACAUUCACAGAUAGUGACCACAGACACCCCACACACACACACAAUUCAUAGAAAACCCUCCCACACAAACUCACAUAUAGGGAGCAUGAAACCCAUCUUAGUUCAUGGUGCAAACUACACCAGCGUGCGUGGCUCCAAAUGCAAUGUCUUCUCCAUGCAGAAGUUCCACCCCAUUCACUCCCAACUGAAAGGCACGAGAGGGACAGGAAGGCCAACAUAAUUUAUGAUCAUAACUAGCAUUUCAGUUUGCAUUAGCAAUUUAAAUACUUUUACUGUCCAUAGUGUCCCUUAAAGGAUUCUGUGAAAUAACAAUGAAACAUAAUUUUCCCAUUUGUUGAGGUAGCUUAAAGUAACUUAACAAAAACUGUGUCUCCUAAGCAGUGAUCAACAUACAGUCCAAAUAUUUACGUCUUAGGACGAACCAGUCCAACUGUCAUCAGUUUAUUUCAUUAAAGAAUAUUCUUUUGAAUAAUAAUACAAAAUAUGGGGUUCAAGCAGAACAGAUCACAGAAUCAGAUGUGUGUUAGUAUUUCAUUUGCUUAAAACAUUUUCUAUAUCUUAGCCUUCAUGAAGCCAGACAGUGGAUUCAAGAGCUGCAGCCUCGAGGUGGAUGUAAUUUACUCCUGGCGCUAAGGAAGGCUGUCUGCAUAGAAAAACUGGAUUCUCUUGUCAUCAUUGUAGGCAGCUGGUAUGAUUCAUAUUCCUAUUCUAAGUAUUAUUAAUCCAUAAUGAUUUGAUCAAGGUUGAGAGAUAGAUAUAAGAGAUUAGGGGGGAAAUUUAGGACAGGAAAUGUAUAAAUGAAAAAUGUGAUUAAAGGAAGACUCUAAUUAAUGAAACACUCUAAUGUUAAAAAUAAAUAUAUUCCAAGUUUAGAGUGUUUCUUUUAAAGUUUAGAUGUUUUAAAUUUAGAUUUAUUUUAAAACGUGCAUUAAAACUCCUCUAUAAUCCAGAGUUGGAACAGUCUCCUUGCUGCAGUCUGAUACCCUCACAAUGAGAUUAUCAAUCCUGAUGAUCGUUGGUCCAGGAAGAUGCUUCUCAUUAAGGACCUACAGCGCAUGCGUGCUAAACACUACAAUCCACCAAUCCAAUGCCUCUCAUAAAAAGCACUGAAUCCAAUGCUUCUAGUUUGCGUUGAUUGACAAUAUAAAAUAUGAAAACCUUAGAAAAUCUGUCUGAUAGUCACUAGAGGCGUAUUUUCAGUCAAAUGUAAAAAUUUUAAUUUUCCUUUUUUUUUUUUUUACAAUAUAAAAAUUAAAACAUUUUUAUAUUGUCCAAAAAAUGGGAAGGAGUCUUUGCAUCAAAACUUCUACAUUUAGAUGUACUGCUUUGGAGUGUCCCUUUCAUUAAUGCAAUUGCAGCUUCCAACAAUAGCAAUAUGCACAAAUCAAUUAAUGCAAUCACAACCCAUCUUAAUACAGUAUUGAGAGUGAUAUACAGUGAUUACCAUUUAUGUUAAGGAGAAUUCCAUUGUCGAAACAAAAAUAAAUAAAUAAAAAUGAAAUAAAUGAAUCACUAUUUUGUAGAUAUAUCCCCAAUAAAAACAUGCAUGCAUUUAUUUCUGCAUUUGUUCUUUGAGGUUCCAUCUAAAACCGCUCACAAAAGCUGCAGAUCUCUUGUCUUUAGUAGUUGCAAGCUGUCCUCUUUUUCCCCAGCACAGGCAAUCAAUCUGUAUUGGGGAAUAAUCCAGUUAAAGGCUGCAUAUUAAGAAUCUUCUGUGCUUGAAUGUACUAACUUCCUUUUCAUAUAAUGAGUUUAACUUCUACAUGUUUUCCAUCAUCAGCCCUGACCAAUCUUCAGAGGUUUUAUCGGACUUUAUUCAGCAAUGCACUCUGGGAAGAACACUCCAAAUUCACAUUGUGGCAUAUGACAGCACCGGCCAGGUAAUUGAUGAUCUAUUUAUGUGUAUGGCAUUGUUCAUUAAUGCAUUGGCUGCAUGGUCACUAGUAACUGACUACACUGCAAAAUCUCUCUAUUCUGAUUGGUUACUUUAUGUCAGAGACAGAAUGUGGAUUUCCUCAGACGGUUAUUCACUGAAAUCCGGUUGGACCCAUUCUGCGUAGAGCAAAACCAUUUGCUGCUGUAGGAGGCCAUUGGGACCGCAAACUCUGAACAUUGUUCACAGUAUUUAACAAUGUCCAGAUUUUGCAGAGCAAGUUCCAAACUUUCCUGAAUGUGGCCCAGAAAUCAGCCAGACCGAAAGCUGCCGCUUAGAAUCUCGGCUCGGAUUUUACAAAUCCAAACUAUUUGCCUGCUUUGCGGCCAGCAGGCAAAAAUGAAACCCUUGGCAAUGCAAGAAUUAACCAUGUUACGGCUAGCCAGCUCUUGCUUGCCAGCUGCCACAUUAAUAAAGUGAAAAAAAGGCCUGUGGGGUCACUAUGACUUCAGUUAGUGUUAGUGUAGGGAGAUUAUAAAACCUCCCUUAUGCCCCCAAGUACCCGAUCUAAUAAACAGUGAGCAGCCAUUGGCUGCUAUCUGUAACUAUAAACUUGUGACUGGGCAGCCAUUGGAAUUUGAGAAGAAAAGAAGGCAUGUGUUGUUGUCCGUGGGAUUUGGCAUACCAGUGAUUGAACAAUCAUUAGUUUAUAGUUAAAGUGAGCUGCUGCUGGCUGAUCACUGUUUAGUAGAUAUGCCUGCACCCAUGGCAUGGCAGGUGGAGACAUAGGGGCGGUUAAAAUCUUUCCUUGUGGUAAUACGGGGGUCAUAUUGGCCCCAAUGGGCUUUUUGAUUUUUUAUUUCUAUUUUAUAAUGUGGCUACUAGCUAACAAGAGCUGGCCACCUGCCACAUAACUAAACUUAGUGCCAACAAUUUUCUAUUAAUUGUUUACCCGCUGGCUGCUAUGGCUGGUUGCAUUCAGUCCUUAUUCAGUUUAAAAUGGGUGCUUUGUACAUAUUAUGAAUCCUAUACUUUGUACAAGGUUCGGAUGCAAAAACCACUGACCUUCAGGUCUCAAAUUAGAUUUUAGCUAAGUUAUUCCACCUCCAAGGAAACCUCUAACAUUUGUGUACCAUAUUGAUUCUACUCACAAGGCACAGUAAGACCGCCAAUGGUCAUGGUGCUUACAGGUUACAGACCCCUUCCCCUAGUUCUGAGUCAAACCAUUUUCAGUCAGUUCGAUACAAAUCAUUCAUCCUUGUUCUCUGUAUUACCAACGUGGAAGAUUCAGUGUAACUUUAACAAUGUGAAUUUUCUUUAGAUUUUGACAAUGUUAAUUGGCUGAGCGCAUCAGCAGUCAUGCUCAGUCAGUCAAUGCUGUAUAAAUAUUAAAGAAAUUGUUAUUGCUAAUGUGGGACUGUAAUUUCCACGUUUGUAAAAUGCUGAGAGAACAGCCAACUGUAGGAUACUGGGGAGGAGGGGGGCUUGUUUUUUGUCAAACAGAUCAAUAACGUUAUUUGUGUUUUUUAAUUAAGGUGACAAAUUCAGAAACAGUUUCUAACAAAAAUGGACAAGCAAGAUUGUACAAAUAACAGUUAGACACCAGUAGCACAUUGAAGAUGGGUAUAUAAAUGUAAAACAAUUACAAUUCAAUUCCUGGCGUAGGUAAUGGGUAGGAUAUGACACUUAGAACAAUUACAAUGAUUUAGAUACGAGCAGCAUGAUGAAAGUUGACACACAGAAUUGUUAGUCAUUGUAGGGGAAUAGAAUGAACACGAUAAGUAGUGUAAUGCAAGUGUGCAAAUAGCGUUAUAGCAAGUAAGAACUGGUAGCAUUUUAAUUAGAAAAAAAAUCUAAUUACCAAAUAAGCAAUUAUUUCUCGUUUGAUACAACUAAUAUAGUGUUGACUGAGAGAGGGAAAGAAAUAUUGUUUUAGCAUAAUCAAGUGCCAACUCUUGCUGUAGGUCUAACUUUGGUCAUACUCAUCAAGUAUGUAAAGUGAAGGCAAAUAUGGGAGUAUAAAUAUUUUAGUUUCAAUUCUAGAGGCUGGGGUGAAUGAACCUGUGGGAGGUCUAUUCUGCUCUCCUUGUCACUCAAUUCUAUGCCAGUAAAUUGAUUGACAUAUGGAAGAAAGCUAUUUUGAAAUAGUUUUUUUUUCUCAUGAUCUAUUCAUUUACCAGCAAAACUGCUAAUGCAUUAUAUAUAUAGAAUGUAAUACAAUUUAAUCGUAUGACACGUACCCUAAAUAGAGUCAGUCUAGGCACUAUAACCACAGCACACAAGGGGCCAUCAUCCUGUUAAGAAUCAAACUGUUGUCCACUCAUUUUUGGUUGACAUUCAUUGACUGAAAGCAUCAUCAGGGUUUUCCUGAUAUUAAAAUGUAUUAUCAAGCGGGGUUAGUUUUCCAUAUAGCUCUUUUAAACAAAGAACAAAUACAAAUGGAAACAUGGUUUAAAAUAGAAACAGAGAUUUGUAGUAAUGAAGAUCUCUCUAUUCUGAUAUGGUCUUCCAAGGAAGGGAACUAUUCUUCAUCUUUUGUUCUAAAUCAGCUUAUCCCAAUGUGGAUUAAAAUAAAGAAGAAAUUCAAAAUUAACAAUAAACUAUUUGAUUUUCACAAAAAAUAGAUAUGGUAGAAAAGUAAAUUUAAAUAUAUCCUUAAAGAAUUGGAGGGAAAAUAAUGUUAUGUAAAUAAAAAAUUUAACGAACAAUGAUAAAAUCAAACAUUUUUAUUCCCUUUUUGAGGAAUUUCGGUUGCUGAGUAGAGAGAUCUUCAAUUUUUUACGCGUGAAGAAUUUUCUAUCUAAAAAAAAUCAUACUCUCUAAUGGAGAAUUGUAUAAGCAGAUGAGAUCAGUCUUUUAUACAUAUACUUUGAAGCAUCAGUUUUCUAAAUGUUUUAAAAUUAUUGACUCAGGGAAGGCCAAAUCUAUCCCUUUGGUAAUACAAAGAUGGGAAAAAUAUCCAUAUUGAAGAAGAGGAGUGGUGUUUGGCACUCCAUUAAGUGAAUAAAUUAAUUUACGGUCUGUCUUUAGUCGAAACUGGUAUGUGGUCCCAUCUAGAUUAGCAAAAAUCCAUCAAAAGUAUAAACAAUCUUGUUGGAGAUGUGGGGCUGAACUAGGCAACUACCUACAUAUAUGGUGGUCUUGCAAAAAGGUUUUUCCCCUAUGGACUUCAGCUCAGAAUAUUAUUAUAUAUUUAAGUAACUUAAAGGUACCCCCAAAACCAGAUAUUAUGCUGCUACAUCUUAAUUGGCCAAGUAUGACAAAGAUUCAACAGCUACUACUAACCCAUUGUUUACUUGCAGUUAAGAUACUGAUAGCAAGACGUUGGCAAAAAGACAGAGACUUUGCUUCAGCCCAAAUUAAAUCACAGUUAAAGUUCCAAAUUCAAAUGGAAAGAGGAAUGAGUCAUAUUAAAGGGUUAUAUAAAGACGUAGAUCAGUGGGACAAACUGUUAUACCUUUUUGAGACACUGGUUAAUAAUAAGGAUGUAUAAGUAAAUAAUUAUAUGAUUAAAAGGUGUAGUGAAAGGAAAAGAGGAUGAAGAUAGAAAUGAUAUUCCUCAUAGACCGACUCUAUGUAAUAUAAUUAGUAUAUCUUCAAUAUGAUCGAACAAAUUUUUUAUAAAAUAUACUAUGGUAUUUUCAGACACAAAUCUUAACAAAGCAUGUAUGAAUGUUUCUAUUUAUGUAAAAAACAAAAACAAAAACAAAAAAAUUGUCCUAAAAAAAAAAAAAAGAAAUCGAACUGCUACCUUCAGCAUAAUCAAGUCCCAGUUUGCGGGGCCACAUGACCCAUAGGUACAAAGUGGGCAGCCUUAGGGGGGAUCCAGAUAUGCAUGCUUGACUGCAUUUCUGGAGUAUUUGCCGGGACUGGAAAGCCCAAUGCCCUUAGGAGGGUAGGCAAUUCUGUGUUGAUAUCUUAUGUAGAGUUAUGUAAAAAACAUUUUGGCCUGUCAGGGUGGUCAGAGAGAAGCCACAGGGCAUCUUAUGUAGUGAGGCUGGUCUUCUGGUGUGACUGUAUCUGGAACUCCUCUGAUUUUCAGAUGGUUGCACCAGAGUACGUGGAAGACAUGAGGGAGCAUAUUGAUGAGCUUGCAAAGUUAGCAGAGAGUCGUUUAGAGAUGACUAGACCUGCUUGAGGUUGGCUAUGUCAUCCUCGGAUGUUUAUACUUUAUCCACGACCACCUGUAUGUCAGCCUUAAAGGACCACUAUAGUGCCAGGAAAACAUACUCGUUUUCCUGGCACUAUAGUGCCCUGAGGGUGCCCCCACCCUCAGGGACCCCCUCCCGCCCGGCAAUGGAAAGGGGUUUACACUUACCUUUUUCCAGCGCUGGGCGGGGAGCUCUCUGCCUCCUCUCCUCCCCGCCGGCUGAAUGCGCACGCGCGGCAAGAGCUGCGCGCGCAUUCAGCCGGUCGCAUAGGAAAGCAUUUACAAUGCUUUCCUAUGGGCGUGCUCUCACUGUGAAAAUCACAGUGAGAAGCGCACCUAGCGGCUGUCAAUGAGACAGCCACUAGAGGAUUAGGGGGAAGGCUAAACCCAUUGAUAAACAUAGCAGUUUCUCUGAAACUGCUAUGUUUAUUAAAAAAUGGGUUAACCCUAGAAGGACCAGGCACCCAGACCACUUCAUUAAGCUGAAGUGGUCUGGGUGCCUAGAGUGGUCCUUUAAGAAUAAGCAGUGUUGUGGAGAUGUUGGGUUUCCAGCACGGCAUGCCCAUGACCUGAUGGGCCAGGCUGCGGGGAUUAGUCUGCUUAUGUGGGAUCUGGUGGUGUAUCCGUGGCAUCGCGGCUCUCUCCGGUUCCACCAUUUUGAGCUGUGGUGGCCGCUUAGGAAGGGAUCCUAUGUCUCUUGACUCUGAAGGUAAAUCAUGGUGUGGUCUCUGGGAUCACUGUCCCAUAGUCUGUGCCUGGUCGGGCAGUAUAGUGUUCAUGCUAUCUACUACCUCUGAGUUUGCGAGAGGCCCAAGCCCACCGAGCUACCCAGUCAACUUGAAGCCAGAGGGCAGUUGGUAGGCCCCAGACCUGUGCGUCUGCCUUUUUGCCUUGGCGGGCUAAAAAAGCAACAUAGAUUACUUUGAUGGUGCUCAAGUCGGUGAUUAUUGGUCACCCUCCCCAAUAAAUCCAGCUUUUUUUUUGUGUGAUAUUGUUUACCCUCCCCAAAAACUCCAGCUUUUUUUUUGUGUGAUAUCGGAGCGCUGUGAAAAAGCGUCUGCCCCGGUUCAAGAUCAAGCUCCGCCCCCUUGACAUGAUUACUAUUGACUCUAUCGAUAUGUAAAUUAGAAUUGGUUUUGAUUCAGGAAAAUGUGCUUAUGCAAUUUCUGUAACUAUCCUCACCACUGCUUAUCUGACAAAUAUCACUGUGAAAACCACUGAUUUAACCAGGUGUCUUUCAUGUUAGGAUACAUUACAGAGCCUGGCUGAAGCAGUUGGAGGGUGCUUUUACUGCUACUCUUCCUGGAAAGAGGUAAAUGGAUUUAAGGUUGCAUGUUUGUUUAUUUUUAAUCACUGAAAUGGCAAUUGGUGAAUCAUUCGAAAUCUAUAGUGAAUUUAACAUUUUAGGUCGAAAUAGUCAAAUUGUUAUAAUUCUACAGGUUAGGCCUAAAAUUUUAAUUCACUUUUAAUUUACAAUACAUUCCAGACAAUACACAAUUUAUUGAAAAACCUUAACAACAUCUUGGGAUGCCGAAUAUUUGAUUUAUGAUAUGUAGAGUAAUAUAAUUGAGAAUUAAAAAUAGUUAAAGCAUGAUUCAUUCAUGCUAGCGCCCAAAAAAAACCACCCACAAUUAGUUGAGUGCUUAGCUAAGUUAAAGAAUUUAGAUCUAUGGAAUUAAUGGUUGUAUCACAUCAUAACAAAACAAACGGUUGCCAGACUUUGGUCUUUAUGGGACACUUUCCAUGAGUCCUUGGGUUUACAUCCACAUAAUACAACACCACGUUGGUUAGCUAUUAUAUGAUUUUCUGUCUUUGGUAGAGUGGAUAACCUGCAACAAUUUGCUUUCCAUCUGUUGUAAGCUCUAUGGUAAUGUCUAUCUUAUUAGAGCAUGUGACUUUAGGUAGAUUUUCUUUCUCUCUGUCUUUUAUCCAAGGAAUAUAAAAUAUUGUUUUGAUUUCUGUAUAUUAUUAAUAUUUCUUUUUUUAUGACUGUAUAUUGUCCAAUUCUGUUUUUGAUGUAUGUGACACAGUAUGUCAUAUUACAUUUUGCUUAUUUUUUUGUCUUCUAUUCUUGACGCUUGAAUAAAAAUUGCCAAAAAGAAGAUUAACACCCCCUAAACCCUCAUGCUGAUGUAUGUAUGUAACAUCUGAAAAUAUAUUUUUUAUAAAAUUAAAUUUUAUAAAAGUAAUAUUUGCAAAAGGCAUAAGAAGAACAUUUUUAAUGUAAACUGUCUCUACAUGGAUUUAAUUUGCUGAAUAUUAUGAAGUAAUGCCCCAAAUCAAACUGAACUAACAACAACUGCAAUCCAGGAACGAUUCCUGCAGCCGACAGUCUUCAAAUCCUAAAGGGACCCUAUAAGCACCAAAAUAACUUUAGCCUAAUGACGUAGUUUUGGUGUACAAAUCAUAUCCCUACAAUCGCACUGUAUAAUUCUCUGCUAUUUAGGAGUGAAAUAAUUUUGUUUAUGCAGCCUUAUUCACGAUGUGACCUACACAGUUUCUCUGUAAAGAGAUAUCUAACGUUUAAACUUCCGGUAUUGGACAGUGUGGUUUAUCUUAUCUCCUGCUCUGUUAAAGCGGCACUGUUAACGCCCCUGAAAAAUUUGUGUUUUAUAAAGACACAAUCUUUAUGAAAAAUUAUUUUUGACUGUGUUGAAAUUCAAACCCAGUCGAGAGAUAUACUGAGACAAAGAGGGGACCACUUUGUCUCUGUAUAUUUCCUACCCCUGACACUUCUAAACACUGGGUGGAGCUACCGCAGUCUAGAAGUGUCAAUCCCCCCAGCUGUCACCAGUGACGGCUGCAAGGAAUUGGCUCUGUCUAUGGAGGAUCCCGUGGAUCUACAGGUUUAGUUAAGUAAAUCUCACCUCCAACUGCCUCCUCCGGCCACCAGACCAUCAGUGGCGAUGUCACCAUUGGGGAUCUUUGCAAAUUCUGCAUGGUCACGUUGGUGUCGUUUUAAUAGCCUGCUAGAACUUGCAUGAGGAUUAAAGUUCAAUGAACAGAGCAGGAGAUAAAACAUUUGAUUUAAAAUGAAACCAUGUUUUCAUGAAUGCUGUGUGAGUAUCAGUCAGGGGAAGUGUGGCUAGGGCAGAAUAAACCAAAACAAAAAUUUUAUUUAACCCCUUAAGGGCCAAACUUCUGGAAUAAAAGGGAAUCAUGACAUGUCAUACAUGUCAUGUGUCCUUAAGGGGUUAAAGGGACACUAUACCCACACCACUUAAUCUCAUGCCAUGCCUUCUCCUCCUGUUUUAACCCUGCAGCUGAAAACAUUGCUGUUCAUUGCAGGGUUUAAAUGUUUUCACCAGCUGUCAUUCUGAGAAUUGUUAGAGGCACGUCCGAUGAAAUAGCAAAGUAAAACUCGGCUAUUUGUGUCAAAAGGUCCCUUUGCCAUGCAUGCACACUGGUUCCCAAUUCUUUCCUAUGGGAUAACAUUGAAUUGGCUAAGAGCAUGGAUCUUGAUGAUCUCAACCAAGGAGGUGGCGCUGCGAGGCAAUAAAGGCUAGUAAAAUACCCUUUAUACUCUGUGCAAGGGGGGGCAGGUGACCUAAACAGCCAACAGGACACUAUAACAUUAGGAAUAAAUUGUAUUUCUAACGCUUUAGUGUUCCCUUACUUCCUAAAUGGCAGAGAAUUGAGCAGUAAAACUGUAGGGGUAUGAUCUAUGCACCAAAACUGCUUAAUUAAGAUAAAGUUGUUUUGGUACUUAGUAUAUCAGUUAAAGAUUAGCAACCAAUAACUAAAUAUAAUCAUUUUGUUUAAGAUUAUAUAAUAAUAAUUUAUCAAAUUGCAUUUGAUCUCCUAAAUGGAGUAAUUAUUUAUGACAUUUGCAUGGUUUCUAUAAUUAGAAAACCUCAAGUAUAAGUUGACAGUCAGCAUUUUAUAUUUUUUCAUUGUCUCAAAUUGAAUGUGUUUGAGUACAGAGCGCAGCUGUCAAACAACAAAACCUGUCCCUGUCUAAACACUAACAUAUUGCGCUGCACUUACUUGAUAACACUUGAGAAAGGCUUAUUAUUCAAAAUGGGGUCCAGUUAGAUUCACGUGCCCAUUAACGCAGCUUAGUAAACAUCUUACUUCCUCUUUAAUGCAGGACGAGAUCUACAGUAGCACCGAUAUUCACCUAUUGGUCAAUGAGAUCCAAAAAGCUAUUGAUGUUCUCAACAAAAUCAAGGAGUUGCGGGAAGGAAGGUUGGGAGAUAUACUUGUCAGUAUAAUACAGGAGGUAAGUCUUUUUAUGAACAUAUUGGAUAUUUGGGAUUAUAUACAAUGUAUUGAUAUAAGCGAAAACAGGGUUACAGCAUUAAAUCUAAAAAAAGACACUAGGAUAAUGUAUGAACUAUGUAGAUGCUAUUUCAAUACUAGUGAUGUACUCAUAGGAUACAGUUAAAUGACCAUCAAGUAAACAGACUAUACUUUUAUCCUUUCAUUGUAGGUGUAGUGAGGUCAGAUUAGUUAUAGUCAUUUUAUUUUCUAGCAUUAUAUUAUGUUUCUACUUUCUAUUGUUAUUUGCGUGUUUUGUCUUUCAUCUUUAAUGUAUUAAUGUGACAUAUUACAUGAUGCAUUUUACUUAAGAGUACAUUAUUUUGUAGUUAUCAACAGAGGUUGAUAAGAUACCGCCUUCUGUGUUCCUCCCUAAACCACCUAAUCACGAUGGGCCGUUAAACAUAGAGAUUCCCAAUUUUACACCUAAAGCCUCUGCUGAUUGGCUAAAGAAAAAUGGAUUGAAAGGUACUUUGUUGCGUUAUUUUAUGGGCUUUGUAUAGCUUGGGGUAACAACAGAUUUUGAUGAAAAAAAAAAGAAAUAUUGCAAUUUAUAUACUGAAAUCUAUAUAGAACUGAAUGUUAAUCACAGUGGUUUUAAAUAUAACAUCCUCACUUUAUCAAAUUAUAUGCAAUCAUCUAUAGAGUACUCUUCUCAUAAUCUCUAAGUGAGAGAUACAGGAGGCAAUACCUUUAUUGGAUAAUUUGUAUUAUUGGAUCAUUUAGGACCACUGUUCCUUGCUCAAUUUGUGUCCUAUGUCUUUGUGCCAUGCUGCUUCGAAUCCUAAUUGCUGUAGGUUGUUUGUUUAUUUUUUUGGCAAUGAGUGUUUUUUUUCCUGGUUUUGGUAGCGUAACCACAUGGGCUGACAAAUUUUCAGGAAGGAAGCUCCCUUUUUCUAAAGCUAAACUAAACAAGUCAACAAGGUGUGGGUCCAAAAUUUGUGCAUAUUUUUAUGUUUUCAAACCCUGGCGGGGGCUUUAUUAGGUGGUAAUUUCUGAAUGAGAGUAUUGACUUCCUCUAUUGUUAUAGCAGCACUUUUUGAGCAGUAGUGACGUUUGGUAGGGAAACGGUAUCUAAGUAUUUUUUCAUCCCCUCUUAAGUGGGUUGUGGAAUAUCCCUAUCUACUUUAAAUUGUAUAAUUUUGAAUAAUAUUGUGCAAAUUCAUUACACAUAUCCUGCGGUAUCAUAUGUUUUUGGCCUGCGUAGGAAGUAAGAAGGGAAUUCUCAGUUGAACCUGCUUAUCUUUAAGUCUACAAGCUAGCAGCUUGCCCACUUUAUUCCCUUUCCCAUAGCUAUUAGCUUUCAGUCUUUUCAAAUGAUUUCCUGCUUUCUUUAAAUCAAAAUUCAAAAAGGAAAAAUGGUGUGGCACUCCAGGUGAAUGUGAGUAGAAAAUAAUGCCCUGUCUGGUACUCCAUGGUAGAAACCCACAAUCUCCAAGUAGUAGUAUCAAAUAGAGAAUCCACUGCUUCUGCUGAAUGGUUUUGUAUGGAUAUAGUAUUUCUGGAUCUAGUAUGUGGUUAAAAUUCCCACACAGAAUCACUUUAAAAAACUGGUGAGUAUACAUUCACUAGCGUGUAUAAAACAUUAUUAAUGUUGCAAACUAAGAUUAAAAAUCUGCCCUGGGGAUCCUCCAAUUUAGUAAUUAAGGAAAAGACACAUGUCUGCUGACAAGAAUGAACACCACCUUUUUUUUAUGCAUCAUUGUGGAGUGGAAUUGAAAGGAGCUGAGGUCAGCAUCUUUAUUAAAACGAGUUUCCAUAAACAUAUUUUGUAGGUCUUUAAUGAGUGAAUAACUCUUAAACUGAGAAUUUUGAGUAACAUUACAGUUCAUUCUUUCAGGUAUUACCCUUAGUCGCAAGUUUUUUUCUUCUAGACCUGUCCUCCAGGUCCUUGAGCUUGUUCUUGUAGGAAUCCGAUCUGCCAGGCUAUUAUGGGCCUCCGCAAAUUCGUCCAUUUUGGACUUCAUGUGAGCUGUCCGUGUUCCCAAAUCUUGGAUAGCUUUCCUGAUAUUCCCCAUCAAUUUAUGCAAUUUGGAUAGUAAUUUUUCAGACGUAGCAUCUUCCAUAGUUUACAAAAAAAUGUUGAGUAAUAGGGAUGGCCUCCUGAAGGGGAAGAGCUGCUCGCUGCCUCUUCAGGCCUGUUGGCAUUGCCCUCAUCUUCGACAUACUCAUACGGUUCCGCCACCUUUUCCUGAGUCUGUCGCGCUGUAAAAAAAGCUAGCCUUCUCUUUUUGAUCAGCCUGCUAUUGUGCUGGGCCAUUGGGUUCCAGUAUUUGGCUCUUCAAAUGUGUGUUUAGCUUGCUGUAAAUCUUUACUUUUUGGACUAUCCACACCAGGCUAAUUCACUGCACCUCCAAUAGCACAAGGUCAAGCCACACCCCCCUAGUUUAGUUUCCUUUAAGAUGUCCUUAUUCAAUGUGUUGUUGGAUUAAUUAAGGUAAUGUUUAAUAUCAUGGCUGUAAACUUCCCUUCCUGGUAUUAGUAUCAUAGCAGGGGUCUCCCUUGCUGUGUAACUUAAUUGUUGGCUCUAAAUAUCCCAUAUUCAAGUUAUGGUCAGUGAUGCCUGACAAAAAAAAGGAGGGCUUAUCAAUAUAGGCUAAUAGUGUUUACUAACUGGGCCUUAAGAUAAAAUGUACAUAAAAGUAAAAUACAACCAACUUCAUGUUAGUAACAUUAAACCAAGACACAGACUGAUAAAACAAACAAGAAAACAAAACUCUAACACAAUAUAACAAAAUAUUUUGAUUUAAAAUUACAGAACAACUUUAUUUUUUAAUCUAAUUACCUUUUAUGAUAACUGAAGACAGAUAAGAUAAUUUGAUAUGAAAGGUAGGUUGUGGGUAAGAUAGCCCUUGCUUUGAAACUCGUGUGGAGAUCUUCACCCUUUAUCCAUGAUGCCCACAGUUUAUGGGCUUGGGUUCAUGUGGAAUAGGACUUAAUGCUGAUUAUUGAAUUUAAGACAGGAACAAUAAAAGAGGACAAAGCACUCUCAAAGAUGAUUACUACAUAUUGCAGCAAAAGUGGUGUUGGUUCAUUUAGGUCUUACUCAGGGGUGCUGAAUUUACUGCAGUAAAACCUUAACAUGCAAUACAAUUACAAGAAGGCCGUUCUUACUACAAGGAUGAUGUUCAAGUUAGGAUGAAUAUGACAUGACAAUUGCAUUUUUUGAGUGACUUUAAAUUUAGCAGUGUGGGUUUAGCAUUCACAGCUACAAGUCCCUCUAUUACGGUAUCUAGGGAGAACUCAAAUUGCGGAGCAUUCUAUGCCUAACAGCCAUACAAUAGCAAGCUCUAGAUCACAGUGAUAGUGUCACUUUAAAAUGGCAUUGCUUCAUUUGUGCACAGUGUUACAUUGAUAAUGUAGGUUUAGGACUAUAAUUAAAUAAGGUUUGGAUAAGGUGAGCUUUAUGAAUAAGGCUCUUAGCUGUUGGUCACUUGGUAUUGCAAGCAAUAUUAUGAAUGCCUGUUAUGACUUAUGGCUAAGUAGUGGUGCCAUUAGAAUAAAUAAUAUGAUCACAGGAUAUCCUAAGCAAUUGUAUAGAGCAGGAAAUAUCCAGGUACAUUGAGUAAUAGCGUAAUAACAUGACUGCUGCAUAUAAUUUACCAAAUUAAAGCAUGCCAUUAUAAAUUCGAAAAGUGGAGCAAUGAAUAAUAAACAGAUAAUGUACAGAUAGGUGUUUUGUUAUUAUCAUUUGAAAAGAUUAUUAUAACUUAUCUAUCAAGUUUGUAUUACCAAAUGUUGUAGAUAUUUUUAAAAAGGCCUGGAUGAUUUUGAUUUGGAAAAACAAAAUAUUGAAGUGUAUAAUUAACAUACUAUGGGGUGCUGAUCCAAGGAGAUAUCUUAUUGCCAUUAUGGAGUUAAGAAGAAUAUUGUUUUCCCAUUUUCUGGUGGCCAUCACUUCAAGAUGUUUAUUUUUUUUUGUUUGCCUUCUUUUGGAUCAACAGCAUAAAAACGUGUUUUAAAGGUUGAACUUGAUGGGCUUUUUAACUCGUAUUUCACAAAUCUAUUUCUCACUCUUACUUAAGGGCUACGUUCCACUUUCACCUUAUUAUUCUGUUACUUACCACCCUAUGGUUUGGUUGCUACCCAUCACGUUGCCACCCUGUUGUGUUUUACACCCAACCUCUCCUAUAUUUUUUUUUUUACUAGAGUCUUCAUUAUUAUUGGUAUUAUUGGUAUUCAUAUAGCGCAAAAUAUCAUUCUGCAGAGCUUUACAAUAUUCAGGAUGAGACGAGAUUUAACAAUAAAUGAGACAUUUACAAAAUGAUAAACGAACAAUAGGCAGAUGUUGACCCUGCUCAAACGAGCUUCCACCUAUUGUUCCUGUAACAUUUUGUACUGUUAAAUUCCCCUCUUUAUAACAUCGUAAAGCACUGCGGAAUAUGUUGGCGCUGUAUAAAUGCCAAUAAUAAUAAUAAUAGAUUACUAUGUAACUAUAUUAUCAAGUGCAGGUAACUUGAAAUCAUGUGAUACAGGAGUUCAGUAGAUUGUAUGGGACAGAGGGUGCUCUUCCAUGAACUGCAUUGUACACAAAACAACUUGCCAUCUUCUAAACUUAAUCCACCUGAUUGGUUAAUGUUUUAUUGCUUACAAUAUAGCAUCACUAAUCUCUAUGAAGCUCUCUUCAGUUGGACGCUAUGUAAGAAAUGUAAUAUAAAUGAAAUAAACUAUUUUACACUUCGAUUGUUUGCCGUAUUAUGAUGAAUAGUAACUAUAUUUAUAUGUUUCAGCAAAAAAACUGAGCCUGUAUCAAAUAUUAGCUCCAAACGCUUAUUCCAUGGUCGAGGACUUUGUACCCAUCCUUCAAAAAACUGUCUCAUCUACUCUUCAUGAGGUAAAUCAUAAUUUUUCUAUUAUAUUUACAAAUCGAUUAGAAGUUUCUGCGUUUUUCAGAUAUUUCACACUGUGAAGAAGUAUGCAUCCAUGUAGAGCUUUACCAGAUUAGAGUCCUUGAGUUUUACCUCUGCUGAUGACAUCAUCGUGUGGAUUAUACCUUUACUGUAGCACACAAUGUUUUCAUUUUCUUAGAAUACUGGACUUCCCAAGUACUAUAGCUACACAUCCAGCAUACGUUGAAAAUAAUUAUGUAACUUAUAGUAUGUGCCAUCUAGCAAAAAUCGCUGAAGUUCUACUCUCCCUAGGGACAUCACAGUUGGUAUCUCUGCUCUCCCUGGCAUUUAUUAAGUGUGACCCACAGUGUAUGUGCUUACCCGGUCCUACUUCCCUUUUCGGGGAAGAAGCCUAUACUACAGCCAUGUGAAUUGCUAGUUUCAUUGUUCUAGAAGAAGGCAUAGUAGCUUCUUUCAUGAAUGAAACUAGCAGCGAAUAGUAAACUACAUAUCUAACAAAUUAAUCCGCUACUGUUAUGGUUUUAUGGGAUAUGCAUGGUUCUUCGCUUGGGUUCUAGCCUUUGUGAAGGCUAAGAGUCAUUUCAGAUUCUGAAUAAACAAGAGCUUUUCAGUGAGUGAGAUUGAGACAUGCAUCUUUAUUAUUACUGUAAUAUUUCCCAUCUUCUCUAGGCAUUAUUUAAAUAAUGUUUUAAAAAUGUGGUCAAGUCAAGCCUGUCCACACAAGUUUUGUUCCCCUGCAUCCCUCCUAAAUUCCCAUACUUAAUUACUUAAUUCUCUCUGCACAUAGCAAGGGCAUGUGAAGAGUAGUAAAUAUAUAUCAUGGAUUUAAUUAAUGGCUUUAUUUCAUGGGCAUGAGCCUGGAUCUUUAGCUUAAUUAGCCCCUAUGUUAGUCUGGCCCUGUUUGUUAUUGUGAAAUAUUGUGAUUUAUUGUGUCAGUCUCCUAAGUCAUAACAAUUAGCUUUGUCUCUAUAGAGGGUAAUGCUGCAGUUUGAGUGGCAUGAUGGGUCUAUCAAGAAUGUGCAUGUUGAUCCCCCAGCACUCUAUGAUUACCAGGUAACGCAUCCACUUGGCUAAAUGGUAGAUAUAUUUAUAUGUAAUGAGACUGUGACAGGUGGUUUUACUAGAAAUAUGUUAUUAGUAUUUUGCCAUCACAGUCCAGUAGCAAAAUUAUAUAUAGCAGGCAGUUUAAAAGAAUUGUCACAUUUCCAUAUUUGUUUUGUAUUUUUUAAUAAAACGUUUUCAAAAAAAUUCAAAGGGACACUAUAGUCACCAGAACAACUACAGCUUAUAGUAUUUGUUCUGGUGAGUAUAAUCAGUCCCUUCAGGCUUUUUGCAGCAAACACUGUGUUUUCAGAUAAGGGCAGUAUUUACAUUACAGCCUAGUGAUACCUCCACUGGCCACUCCUCAGAUGGCUGUGGCAGUGCUGCACAAGAGGAGAUGCUGAUUGGCCAGGGCUGUGCUUGGCUUGUGCUGGCUCUGCCCUGAUCUGCCUCCUUGACACGUUCAGCCAAUCCAAUGGUUUCCUAUUAGAAAGCAUUGUGAUUGGCUAAGAUCAUAACUUUUGAUGAUCUCAGCCAAGUAGGCAGAUCAGGGGCAGAGCUGAAAAAAGGUAAGAUUUUACUAUAUUUAGGCCAACAAGGGGAUUUUAAAACUACAGGGUCAGGAAUAAAUGUUUGUGUUCCUGACUCUAUAGAGCUCCUUUAAGUUGCUCUUAUUUCUUUUUGUGAAAGGGAAAACCAACCAGUGUAACAGACUGAGUGACUGGUUAAUUUAGCUUUCUUUAUAUUUGCUUGCUUUGCAAAAUUAUCCAGUAAGCCCAAUACAUGAACAAUUUAUGUUAGAAGAAAAAUCUUCGCAUUGGAAAUUUGACCUUGAAUAUCCUUUAUUUUGCAUCAAUUGGCUUUGUGUAUUUUACAGAUACAACUUGCAAAAGUUGUAAAAACCUAUGAGAAAAGAAUAGACUGGCUUACAAACGGCAGCAAAAAAUUCUGGGGCACAAUCUGUGAAAAAAGGUAUAUAUUGGUGUAAAGCACAGGUAUUUGUAUGGUACAUUGUUAAAUAACUAAACCAGGAUAAUAUGUAUGGGCCAGCAAGCUCUGGCGGUACAUAUCCUGUGGUCCUUGGUAUGACUUUUGCUGGUGCAGUCAGUGCCACCCACAGAGGAGGUCCUGAGUCACAUGACACUUACCAAUUUGCCACACUCAAGGCUGUGUUGAUUACCCCUAAACUUGCAUUUGAAAUUCACAGUUUAGACAAUCUGUAAUAUUCUGUGUGAGGGGGGUGCAGGCAACAAAUUGUGUCGAAAUGGUUGGUCCAUGCAACAUUUCUCAUAUUAGUCCAAGGAGUUUAGAGAAAGACCUUCCUUUGGGAUUGAAACAACUCCACAGCUUUCCCAAAGUACAUAACAAAUCUCAUUAAAAUGAGUUGGUGACAUAAGUUUGGUACUUGCUCAUUUAAUGUGCAAUAUAUUGCCUGUCACAUCUUUUUUUCUUAACUUUAUAACUCAGAGAGAGAGUGCUGAUAAUAUUCACUUCGCCCUAUUAGUAACACUCUAUGACUCUCCGGCCCAGAAGAUACACAUUGCACAAACUAGGCUUUAUUGGUUAAUGACAGCAAUAUGUGGCAUAUUUUUUAUGAGUAGUUGAGUAUUUUAAUGAUGGCAUGAUAAAUGACUGCAGUGAUUCUGAUGUUUUUUUGGAAGGGUUCUUCCAUCUGUCUUUAUUGUCUAUUUUAUGGCAAACAGGUGAACAUACCAGUCUCACUUGUUUCACCUUUACUAUGACUUAAUUAUAGGCUAAUUUCUGUGAGUUUUCACUAAUCCAUUUUUAGAAAGUUUUUGUCUAAUGCUGGUACACCAGCUGUUGUAGGCUCUGUUUCCCUUUAUUUUGAGUAGGAGCGCCAAAUGUUAGCUAUUACCAUUUUAUAACAUGCAGAUCCCAAUGCAUUUCUCAACAUUGAGUUUUUUUUUUUUCUCUCUCCAUAGGGUGGUAUUGUUGGUGGACAUAUCGGUUGCAAACGCCAUGCACAUUAUCCAGAUUCAGCACGCUCUGCGCCUUCUUCUAGAAGAACAAAUGGCAAACAAGGAUUUAUUCAACAUCAUAGUGUGAGUUACCCAAUGUUCUAAAAAAAAUAAGCAUUUUGACAUUUACCUUUCAGUGGGUAGUGUUUACAGGGAGAAGUAGCUCCCUGUUUACAUAUGUAGCAUCCAGGGCUAAAUCCGCUCUGGCAAAACACACAAAACAUGGCUAACUCUCUUUAAAAACUAUACUUUUUGAGGUGAAUAUUAUGAAUUGUAUGUGAGGUACACAUGUAGCAUACUCAACCAGAGAAUGUGGAGAAUGUUCUUAUAGUGUGAUCUAAAGAAUGAUCUAUACUGUAUAACAGUGUUUUAAUUAUAAUAAAUAUCAAGAAUGAUAUGAUAUUUACUGUAUAACAGUGCAUUAAUUACAAUAAAUUUCAAGUAUUUGAACUCAUUCAUUCACAGUGACAAUAUGAUGAUGUAGAAAUUACUGAAGUCAUUAGUUCCAGUCUAAUACAAUUCCGGAUAGAAUCCUUUGGUUCCUUGCUGUCAGGGUGGCGGUCCGGUGCCCGGAACCCAGACACUGUCUGGGCGGCAGUGCGAGGACCGGGACCCAGUAUGCCUGAUGUUCAGAGUACAAGUCAUAGUGUGGAAGUGGUUUAGCAGGGUCUGGGGCAGGGCAACCGCACGCCCCCUGGUGUUGAGCACCAGCGUUUGUGCAGCCACAUACCAGAACCCUGAUUCAGCUUAUGCAGAUCCCAGGAACUAGGAGCAUGGAAUUAAGCAGACCUCCCAGGAGCUGAAUAGGGAGGCUCUGCAGCAGGAGUGUAUCCAGUACUGAAGCAAGCCAAGACUAGAGAUAGGCGCCAUACAUGAAAACAAGACAAAACUAGGAGAACAGGGCAAGACUAGAGAUAGGCACCAUACAUGAAAACAAGACAAAACUAGGAGAACAAGGCAAGACUAGAGAUAGGCACCAUACAUGAAAACAAGACAAAACUAGAAGAACAAGGCAAGACUAGAGAUAGGCACCAUACAUGAAAACAAGACAAAACUAGGAGAACAAGGCAAGACUAGAGAUAGGCACCAUACAUGAAAACAAGACAAAACUAGGAGAACAAGGCAAGACUAGAGAUAGGCACCAUACAUGAAAACAAGACAAAACUAGAAGAACAAGGCAAGACUAGAGAUAGACACCAUACAUGAAAACAAGACAAAACUAGGAGAACCCAGAACCAGAGCAGGACAGAAAGCAGAACCCAGAACAUGUACACAAGACAUGAGGAAAACAAGAACCUAACAUGGGCAUGACUGGACUGGGAUUACAAAAUAACCUAAAACAAGACAAGAUAUAAUAGGCAAAACAAGAGGCGACAUAACUAAGCACUAUAUAUGAAAAGUAUGGGGAUUUAGUUACAUUAUAUGAUCAUACAUUGCAUAAGCCUGCCACAGCGCCAAUGUACCCCAUAUUCGGCAGGUCCUACACUGCCUAAUGUUCGCUAAAAGAACCAUACUAAACCACAAUAGCACUUACCUGCAAGAAAGGGCAGAGACUUGAAACACUGCUGCUGGUCCAGACUGAAACAAACGGAAAAUGGAAAACAAACGGGUGUGGCAACAUAAAACAAACAUUUAAAGGAAACCUGGACACUGGGAAUUCCAGGGACGGAUUACAGAAAUGAACCCAGAAAAACCCAGCAUAAAGAAAACCAGACAUGGAAUAGAAAACCAGAAAACCAAGAAAAACGAAACAAGAAUUGUAAAAAGAGUACUGGAUACCAGAAGCCAUUGCCAGAAUUAUCCGCAGCUAGGAACAGAAUGUGACACUUGCAUCCACACCCACAAGUUAAAGUUGGCUUCCUGUUCCCUUCAGAAUCCAAUUCAAACUGCUAACCCUAACGUACAAACCCCUUAAUAAUUCCACCCAUGACUACAUUUCCUCUUCACUCAAAAAAUACACACCUACCCGUUCCUUUCAUUCUGAGAGCGACCUUCUCCUGACAUCUGCAACUUUAAUCUUCAGGAUAUUUCAAGCGCUGCCCCGUUUGUAUGGAAUUUCCUUUAGGUAACAUCACAGCCUUCCCGGGUGACACUCUCAUUACAAUUGCCCUUCUCCACUCCCAUGCCUCCAUAACCCAGCUCGCUCUCUCUCCUUCCAAUUUUUGGUUCUUCCAAACACCACUUUUCCUAGUUAUUUUUACACAGACAUCUUAUCUAUCAAUCCCUCCUCCCAUCUGACGUAGAUUGUAAGCUUGUUUAAACACAGACUUUUUGACCUUUUUUCUCUGUUAAUAUUUCUAAUAUCUAAUGUUGGCGCUAUAUAAAUAAUAAUAAUAUUGCAAGCAAAAAACCUUUUCUGAUGGUGCAAUCUAACACUGUUCCAGUCCAGUUUUUACUUUUGGCAGGGCUAAAUUUGUAGCAAACGAAUGUAUGCCGGUAAAUUGUAUAAACAUUACUCAAAUCUCUCUGCACAAUGCAUUACUCACAGAACUAAAUGUAAUUUGUGUGAUCUCUGUAGUGCUGUAAAAAGAGAGAAAUAAACUAAAUAUUUGAUGUACACUGUACUGUGAUGAACAUAUUCUGUGUUUAUAAAUGCAUCAUAAAUAUAAUUGUUAUUUCUUUACAGUUACGGGAAUGAUGUUAAAGCUUGGAAAACGGAAAUGGUCCCAUCAACUGCUAAAAAUCUACAGAGUGCUUGGACGUAUGUAAUAAUAUAAGAUAUUAUCACAAACAUAAACAGAUGUAAAUGUAGCACAUAUCAGUCUGAACUAAUUUUUUUAUUUUUUAGUCUUAGAAUUGUGGUUGUAUCUGCUACAAAUCAGCAAUUUAUUUAACUGCUAGUUUAAAGUGAACUCAUCAUCCACUAAAGUCAUCCACUAAAGCGAACUCAUCAUCCACUUCUGCUUUAAUUACAUUUUUAUAUGUUAUCUGUACAUUAUGCUAAUAAAACUAACAACUGUCAGGGUUAUUUACUACAUUCAGAAUUGAAAGUGAAAUUAAAGUUAAUUUUACAUUUAAGGCCAGAGUGUCUAAAAUAAUGGCAUCUUAACCUCCUGUCUUUUUUUUUUAUUUUUGUAUGCCAUUUACUUGUUGUCAGAUAGCCACUUACUAUAGCUGUACAGCAAUACGGAAUACGUUGGAACUAUUUAAAUGCUAGUAAUAAUAAUAGCUGACUUGGCUGUUUUGACCUUAAAUUUGAUAGUCGCUUUGAAUUGCAUGCAGUGUUAUAAACUCUGCUUUGAUGUAUGUUUUGUCAAUCAUCUGGCACAGACAAGAUUAUUGGGUAUUUGCAGAUUGCGAAUACACUCAGUCCUCUUGCUCCCUGAAAACUAGAUUAUUCUGCUUGUGAAGGGUGAAAAUAUUAAACCACUGCCCUCCAAAGAAACUGGUGCUGGUACCUGGCUGAGCUUAGGUUAGACUUUUCCCUGGUGUUCCCCCUGAAUCCUCCAAUUUGUAGAACUGUAGAACUGAGGUAUAUCACACGUGCAAAAUAAGAAAACGUCUUUGUAAACACAAUAGUUAAGUGUAGAACAAAAUACUUGCAUUUUGAAUAUUAGAUGAUGGCAGGAAAUGUGAGCGAUCAAUUAAGCCUCUCCCCCACUUAGUAGGGUCUGUUUGGACCCCCAUAUGUGUGUAUUUUAUCGAGAAUGCUUCUGGGUUAUCGAGGAGCUCUGUGGAUCCAAAUCACAUCUCUGUAAAAUAAGUAGCAUUUAUUUAUUGUCCCUUUUGGUCAAUCUUUAUGUAUAAACAAAAACAAAAAGGCAUCAGGAGAAAAUAUCCCAAGCAGGGGAGGCAAAGAAAACAGAAAUAUGGAAACAGGAAUGCAAUAGAGACUUAGCGGGAACAACAAGCAUGUGGUCAUUUAUUUAUUUUCUGAUGGACUGGAUGAGUUUUGGCUAUCAGUAGCCAUUAGUCUUUUAAAUUUCCUUUCCUUCGUUGUUUGCAGAGCACGGCAGGGCCAUUGCUCUAAGAAUGUAAUAACCCCCUUCAAUCCAAUCACUUACAUUGCUUUCCUCGUAGGAUUUUUAUUUUAUUGUUUUUCCUUUCUAUUUCCUUCCUUUCCAUUCCCUGUUUCUCUUGUUUUUACACAUUACCUAAUACGUUGUCACAUUAAUUCAUCCUUACGUUAUAUAUUGCACCAUGUUUAUUGCAAUAUAUUGUAUUGCAUAAUUCUGUCUGGGAAAUGAAAACAUUCUGUCUGAGCUAAGCCCGGUGUUGCAGGGUUUAGCUUAUUGGCUCAGAAUGAUCACUUGGAGCUCUUAGCCAAUAAACUAGGCCAGCAGUGCUAGGCUUAGCUCAUGGAAGCUAAAGGAAGCUCCAAAGCAGGAGCUACUGGCUCUCUGUUGGAAAUUAGUGGUGGAGGGAAACAGUCAGGCGGAUCCAAGAUAAAAAGUCAAACUUCUAAAACAGUUUGCAGACUUACAAUGGGGGACGGAGGCACUCCUGGCACCAUAGCCACUACAGUGUACAGAAGUAGUUAUGGUGCGUGGAGUUGUCCUUUAGCAUAUGAAUAAAUAUUCCCAUGGUGCCUGAGGCAAGUAUAUUAAUACGAUCAAGAUUUAAAGAAAAAAUGCUUCUGUAUGCCGGCCCAAAAGAAGCUGAUGGUGCCUAUAAGAAACCACAUUACACCUAUGGAUGAGUUGUAGUGCAGAAGGUCUGUGAAAGUGAAGGAGUAUAUGGAUUAUUAUUUAGAUCAGCAAGUUUAUGCAGUUCACACAGUAAAUAUCCAUCAACAUUUAAGUAAUUUCAUAUGGAUGGACCAUGAACUGUAAAAAAGAGAGAAAUCAAAAAGAUUGAUUUAAAGAAAUGGUCAUAUUUUGUGCUUUUAUGGCAAGGGUGUGGAAGAUCUCUUGAUAUUAUAAUAGUCCUGACGUGUAAUUGGCUCUGAAUCAGUAACUGUUAUAGAAGAUCACUAUAUAUAGGGUGAGGUAGAGGCAAAAAAAGGCCUACAAAAUUCAAAAUAUAAACAAACAAAAAUUAGACCUGUGCUGCAGAUACUCCACACUGAAGUCCCAACAGUGAAUAUACAACCAAAAAAACAUACAAGAGUCCUGCGCAUCCAGUAUAGGUGUGCACACCCAGGUGCUACCACAAUUUAUUUGAGGACAAAGUUAAAGCAGCAAACGUUUCGAGCAGCAGCCCUUUAUCAAUGCUAAUGUCCUGUUAGAGAAGAGAUGGCGAGUAAUGCAGAAGAAAUUAUGAGUUUUGUUUAAGAUUAAUUUCAUAAAGUCAUGAUUAGAAUGAAAUAUAAGGGGGGGGGCUGUUAAUGUUGGUCCAAAAAUAAAGAGAAAGAUCAGGUGGAAAAGUAAAAUCAAGUGGUUUAAUCUUAGUUUAACUGAUUGUAACGUUGAAAACUAAUGGAUCUAAUUGAUACCGUACUGAUUGAGUUUGAUGUUUAAAAUUCUAGAAGAUUUUGGCAAUUAGCUUUGAGAAGCUUUUAGAUGCUAGCUGCAAUUUUCUUGUGGAGAAAAUAAGAGGCUAAAAAUAGAACAGAAAAAGUAAAGAAAGGAUAAAUCCACAAAGGAAAGAAGCGGGGGGAGGAGAAAUGGGGAAAGGAGAAAAAAAGGGGAAAGGGAGAGGAAAAAAAGAGGGGGGAGAGAUAGUUUGACUAUUAAAGACCAUUUAUUUAUUUUUUAUUUUAUUUUUACAGUUUGUUGGUUGCCCCUGUCUGUUUGCCUAGUAUUAAUACCAGGGUACCAUUAUUAAUAUGCCUCCCAAAAACCCUCUCCAGCAGAUAAGACAGAAAAGAAUAAACCUAUUAAUACAUUUUACUCACCAAAAGCAGACCCUAAUAAAUCCCAAAGGAGAUCUUUAUCUCCUCCUCCUCUGGCGGAACUAGGUUUAAAAGUAACAACCUUGGAGGACUCAAAUGUACCUAUUGCAAUUAUAUCAAACCAAAGUCUUAUUAAAAUGAUGGAUGAUUUAUAUGAGAAAAUUAAAAUCGACAUUAAUCAAAAUAUCUCGGAGGUAAUUAAAGAGAUCUCUACUCUCAAUGUUAAACUUGUUGAACAAAAUCAAAAAUUUAAAAAAAUGAGUUCAGAGAUUGCAUUAUUGCAAUCAUAAAACAUAAUUCUCUAAAAUCAAAUCAAAGAUAUGGAUAAAAAAAUUAACAGAAUUUGAGGAUCGAUCACAUAGAAACAAUAUAAGAAUUAAAGGUAUACCGGAAGAAAUCAAACAAGAGAAUUUAAUUGAUUAUACUAAAGAAUUUAUUGCUCAGUUUGUCAACCCUCCACUUUUAACGCCUUCUCCAAUAGAGAGAUGCCAUUGGAUCUUCAGGUCCAGAGAAACAAAGAACCCCACACUUAGAUUCCAUCCAAAUUUAAACAACGAAAAGUUUGGAAAUGUAUUGGUUUUCCCUGAUCUUUCUAUGGCAACAAGAUUAAACAGAAGACAAUUUAAAGACCUAACCUUGCAAUUGAGAUCCAAAAAUAUAAGUUACAGAUGGGGUUUCCCCACAAAACUGAUCAUUUCCCACAAUAGCAAAAGCUUCUCUAUUAAAGACCUGACUGAAGAACUCUCUAAACUAAAAAAUCUAGGAAUAAUAGAUUGACUUAACUAACUUUAUCUAAAUCGAGUAAGCAAUAAAAUCUAAGGAGGGGACCAAAGUAGUAAUGAUGGCGAAUCUAGAGAAUAUAGAGAAACAUGUCAUUAGGAAUCUAUACAAUGGAAUUUAAAAAUAAUAUUUACGUAAUGCUUAAAGAACUAUCUGACCAUUACUACAUACCAAGCUAUGGUAGUUCUUUUAUAUAAACCUAUGUUAUUGUUAUGUACGUAUAUAUUUUCUUAAACUAUAUUAAUACUUGAAUAAUUUUAUGACACUAAAGUUAAAGGACCCUCUAGGCACCCAGACCACUUCAGCUUAAUGAAGUGGUCUGGGUGCCAGGUCCCUCUAGGAUUAACCAAUUUUUUUUAUAAACAUAGCAGUUUCAGAGAAACUGCUCUGUUUAUAAAUGGGUUAAUCCAUCCUCCAAAUCCUCUAGCGGCUGUCUCGUUGACAGCCGCUAGAGGCGCUUGCGUGAUUCUCACUGUGAAAAUCACAGUGAGAACACGCAAGCGUCCGUAGGAAAGCAUUAUGAAUGCUUUCCUAUGAGACCGGCUGAAUGCGCGCGCGCAGCUCUUGCCGCGCGUGCACAUUCAGCCGAAGAGGAGGAGAAGAGGGAGGAGAGGAGGAGGAGAGCUCCCCGCCCGGCGCUGGAAAAAAGAUAAGUUUAACCCCUUUCCUCUCCCCAGAGCCGGGCGGGAGGGGAUCCCUGAGGGUGGAGGCACUCUCAGGGCACUAUAGUGCCAGGAAAACUAGUAUGUUUUCCUGGCACUAUAGUGGUCCUUUAAAGAUAUAAAACAUUUUUUAUAUGUAAUAAAUUAAGCACAAAGAAAUAUGAAGAAGAGUUGAAGAGAAGUGAGAUAUAACCUUUUGGGAAAUAAGGGAAUUUUUUUUAUAUAAUUUCACUUUAUUAAGUUGAUAAGUAAUGAUGGUUCACUUCAACGAUAAAUAUGAUAGCACAAGUUUAUAUUUACACAAAAAAAAUUCUUUUUUUCAUUUUUUCUAAUAAUAGAAGUGUAAUUUAAAGCAAAAAUCAAAAGGAGGUUAUAUACUCCCACACAGCUCUGGAGUAUAUAAAAUUCUAUAUAAUAUAAUAUGAUUGAAUACACAUUAAGUUUUACUUAGUAUAUAUACACUUAUUUUUGAUAAUUACAUGGGUAUAUUUUAGAGAACAUAUGGUUAUGUUUGAUUCUUACUAUGUAGUGGUUUUCUGAUUUCUCGAACAGUGUUCUCCUCCUCUUACAUUGCCUCCUAUAUUGCUUUAGGGAAAUGCCGACCAAAUACAAGAGAGGAAUCUAGAAUAUCUAUAGUCUUCAUUUAAAUACCGAGCAUGCUUUAUAACUAACUACCUUGCCACAAAAUACCAACAGCGAUUGAUUUUCCCUGAGAUUUCUUUUAUUUUUAAUUUUCUUUGGGGCAGUUUGUAUGUUUUUCUCUCAGGGUAACCACCUAUACGAUAUGUUUUAUCUAGUUGUGGUGGUAUAUUGUAUGUUAUAUUAUAUUGUAAUAUAAUUGUUUGUGUAGUAUGCGAAGGAUCAGCUAUCGAGAAUGGGGAUGGACGAGUCUUAUUGAAAAUUUUUGGAAGGAAAUCAGUAAUUAUGAGUAACAAUGUCAAUUAAAAUUGCAUCUAUAAAUGCACAGGGUUUGAGUUCUCCGGUAAAAAGAGGCCUUCUUUAUAGAAUGUUGUUAGAGGAUAAGAUCAAUUUGUGUUUUGUCCAAGAAACACACUGGAAAGAAAGGGAAAAAAAUUUGUGGAACUAUUCUAAAUUUUCAUACAUUAUGAAUGCUAACAUGUUAGAUAAAAAGAAAAGAGGAGUGGCCAUUAUUUGUUAAUCUAAGCUUAAAUUUGAAUAGAUUUAUAUAGAAAAAGAUCCACUAGGAAGAUCUUUAAUACUUAUAUGUAAAUUGAAUGAUAUUAUUUAUACUCUGGUCAAUUUAUGCGCUCCCAAUGUAUUUUCUCAAACAUUCUAUAGGAAACUCUUUGGAAAGAUUGGAAAAGUUAAAAAAGGGGUAUUAUUAAUUGGAGGUGAUUGGAACACUAUCCCGGACCCAAAAUUGGAUAGAAGAUCUAGAGAUCUUAAACCAGGGGUUCUCAACCCAGUCCUCAGGGCCCCCUACCAUUCCAGGAUUUGGGGAUUACCUGGGUGUGUCUAAGGUGUUUAGAAAAAUUGAAAAAAAAACACCUUAGACUCUAAGGUGUUUUUUUUUCUUUUUCUAAACACCUUAGACACACCCAGGUAAUCCCUAAACCCUGGACUGGUAGGGGCUCCUUGAGGACAAGGUUGAGAACCCCUGUCUAUCAUAAAAAGCGAUAUAUUUGAUUCCAGGACUUCCCUGCUGAAUUUGGGUUAUUUGGUAUUUGGAGGGUACAACAUCCAAAUGAAAGAGAAUUUACGUUUCUAUCUAAAGUCCAUCUAAGCAAUUCUAGAAUAGAUUUUUUUGUAACCGAUAUGGAUAAUUUGAGAAAAUUUUUAAGUUCAGAAAUUGGACCUAUUGUUUGGUCCGAUCAUGCUCCUAUUAGCGUAGUAUUGGAAAACAAUUCAGCAUAUUUAAAUUCCCUUGGUUUCACUGUAAUCCAUAUGCAUAAUUUCUGCUGUAUGUAUUUAACCUAGUGGCUGCAAAUGUUUUCUUUAAUACGAUCAAAAAUACAAAAAAUUAAGUGGUGGAAAUUCUUUAGAUUCUUAAUCAUUUAAUUAGAUAACAAGGAGUAGAGGUGUGAAGGGAGGCAUCUUGAUAAACAAGUAUUGAGAAACUUAUUAGCCAGACUAAGUUGCUGAAGUUUUUUUAAGCACCAUAGAAUUUUUUUUUUUUCAAAAUACAAUAGAAGCAAUUGAAUGUUAACCAAAAUCACUGAUAAAUUGUCAAGAAAAAAAAGCUUAGUCUUAAUUACAGACGUCCAGAGAGACCAUGUGUUUUUAAUAUUUUCCUGACUUGUUAUUUUGAAAAAAUAAUUAGUUUUCUGGGUAAAACAACUUAUUUUCUCAAAAUAACAGCUUGUUUUCCCAAAAACAAGUCCAAAAAACAUUCAAAUUACAUGGCCUAUCUGUAUUUCUGUACUUAAUAGUCUCUUUAAAGGGACACUAUAGUCACCUGAACAACUUUAGCUUAAUGAAGCAGUUUUGGUGUUUAGAACAUGCCCCUGCAGCCUCUCUGCUCAAUCCUCUGCCAUUUAGGAGUUAAGUCCCUUUGUUUAUGAACCCUAGUCACACCUCCCUGCAUGUGACUUGCACAGCCUUCCAUAAACACUUCCUGUAAAGAGAGCCCUAUUUAGGCUUUCUUUAUUGCAAGUUCUGUUUAAUUAAGAUUUUCUUAUCCCCUGCUAUGUUAAUAGCUUGCUAGACCCUGCAAGAGCCUCCUGUAUGUGAUUAAAGUUCAAUUUAGAGAUUGAGAUACAAUUAUUUAAGGUAAAUUACAUCUGUUUGAAAGUGAAACCAGUUUUAUUUUUCAUGCAGGCUCUGUCAAUCAUAGCCAGGGGAGGUGUGGCUAGGGCUGCAUAAACAGAAACAAAGUGAUUUAACUCCUAAAUGACAGUGAACUGAGCAGUGAAAUUGCAGGGGAAUGAUCUAUACACUAAAACUGCUUUAUUUAGCUAAAGUAAUUUAGGUGACUAUAGUGUUCAUUUAAAGAAUAUUAUAUUUUACAAUUUACAAGUUGGUCUGUUACAGUAAUAAGCCAUAGCAAAAAAGGUAAUAAAUGAUGGCCAUUUGGUAAUAUUUUAUCUUCUACUACAGCUGGAUAUUGAGUCAGCAAUGUGAAGGAGGCAGAAAUGUUAUCGGUGUAAUUAAAACCGCGGUGGAAGCAAACUUCAUUGAUAAGGAAAACCAUGAAUCACAAGGAAUAUAUCUGUUUACCAGUGGAAUCCCUGAUCAGGAAGUGGUAGGUCAAACGCUUCCUUCAAAUUUCAAUGAAAAUCGAGAAGUGUACUCUGUACAAUACAUUUAAACAAGUGUGACAUGUCUGUUCAAUAAACAUAAACAAAUGUGAAAAACAAGUGUACAAUAAACAUAUACACUUGUUUAUAUAUUUCCCUUACAGCAUACCAUUUCUGCUUAUCUAUCUGAAGCUGCCAGUGGCUCAGAUUUGCAGCUACACGUUUGCUUGUACAACGCCAGUGAAGAAGGGAUUCAACAGAAUGAUGUGAUCCACACAUUGAAACAACUGGCCCUUACGACUAAUGGAAGAUUUCACUGGUGUGACGACAAAGGUAAAGCUGAAAUAUACAUGGUUAAAGAUUCAGACUUUUUACUCAUAGGUGCUGUUGAAUCCUGAGGGGCACAUAUAAAAUUAUUAGAUAGGUGCUGUGAAGGGAAACAGAAAAAACAGAUCCGUUUCUUUAAUUUCAUACACUAAAUACUCCAUUUGAAGUAUAAAUGCAUAACGGGACACAGAACCGGCUACAACCAUUCCCAGAGAAAGAAUGUACAAUGUACAGCGCUACGGAAUGUGAUGGUGCUAUAUAAUAAUAAAAUAAUAAUAAAAAAUAAUAAAAGAAGCACUUCAGUAAAAAUAUAUUUAUAUAAUACAGAAAAGACCGAACCGUGCAAAGCUGUUUGUAUUCUGUGGCUGCAAACAUCUUUUGGCUGUUGGUACAUGUGAUUCUUUAAGGACAAUAUAGUCACCAAAACAUCUUUAGCUUAAUGAAACAGUUUUGGUGUAUAGAUCAUGCCCCUGCAGUCUCCCUGCUCAAUUUACUGCCAUUUAGGAGUUAAAUAACUUUGUUUAUGCAGUUCUAGUCAUACCUCCCUGCGUGUGACUUAUACAGGCUUCCGAAACACUUCCUGUAAAGAGUUGUCUAAUGUUUACACUUCCUUGAUUGCAAAUUCUGUUUCAUUUUGAAUGUCUUAUCUCCUGCUCUGUUAAUAAUUUUCUAGACCGUGUAGGAGCCUCCUGUAUAUAAUCAAAGUUCAGUUUACAGAGCAGGAGAUAAACACUUUUAAAGUAAGUUACAUCUGAUUAAAAUAGAAACCAUUCUUUUUCUUCAUGCAGGCUGUGUCAGUCACAGCCAGGGAGGUGUGACUAGGGCUGCAUAAACAGAAACAAAAGUAAUUGAACUCCUAAAUGGAAGACAAUUAAGCAGUGAGACUGCAGGGGCACGAUCUAUACACAAAAACUGCUUCAAGCUAAAGUUGUUUCCUUGACUAAAGUGUCCCUUUAACUUCUGCUUUUUACCAACAAGCAUGGAAAAAAGCCCUCUUUUGGGACUCAUAAGCAUCCCAUAGACAUAAAAUACAAGAAAAUAAUAAAAUAAUCUAACAUUUAAUAAUAUACAUAUUUCUUUCAUUAGGUGUGUGUGUUUUUGUAGAUCUUAGAUUAUCUUACUCUUGUUCUGUAGUAGAUUCUGAAGAUAAAAUGCACUUAUUUUUAAUAUAUGUUUUUAGUUCACUGAUUUUUGUUUUAGGUGUGAUCGAAAGUGAUGAUAUCAGUAGUAUUGUCUCAGAAAUGGAAAAGGCUGUCAACUACUCCAGAAAGGUAUGUAUUAUCCUGUAUUAGUACAGCACUGCAAAUUUAGCUUGCUGCCACUAAUAUCAUUUCCAAAUUUUCAUUUCACUAAUGGGAAUCCAGAUACAAGUGGGCAUUUGGCCAAAUGUAAUUAUUAAUUAUUAAUCUUCUUUAAAAAUAAAACAAACCAUUAUUAUAAAAUCUGAUGCACCUGUUGGCCACUCUGACAACAUUUUAGUAAGACAAAUAUACAUGAUCAAAUCUACAAAUAAUGUAAUUAUUUUUGUUACACGAGCUUGUACAAGUUAAUACUGCGGCUACAACAAUGCCUCAUAAUUAAAAAUGCAACAAUGAGCGUCCUAUUAAGUCAGCUACAGCAUACAGUGAUUCUAGCCCUCUGGAACUUUGUAAAAUUCCCCAAUAUACUGGACAAGACUAGUCGUAUUGGGUAAAACAACAAUCUGAUCUUUAUUAGGCCACACUCUGCUUUUUAUGCAGUGCCCCUAGCAUGGGGUUUCUAAUACAAAAUCACAGGGGUUUCCUUCCCACAAGCCAUUGUGUUUGAGAGAUAAUUGAGCUCCAAUUAAGCUAAUCCAACUAUCUCUCAAAUAGGAAAACUUACAUACAAUUUUUAUGACAACAGCAUCGGAACCCCACAAAGAUUAUAUUCCCGAAUAGCCCCGAUCAAAGCGCACAACAUAUCCAAAAAAGUGCUUAGAUCAGUUCGGUAAAGCGAAAGUUAUGUUCGUGCGUAUAUGAACUGGCUGCCUGGUAGAGGUGGUAUUGUCAAUUUCAAAAGUAGUUAAUUUGAUUGUAUGGGAGGCCAGAGCUUACAACCUAAAUUCCUCUUUGAAGCUGGGACCCCAGCAGAGCUACUCUGUAAGGUCUGAGAAGUCACACAUAAGUGACCUGGAAGUCUGGUUUAAAUAUAAACUAACUCUCUAAUUUGACAUAUGUCUAGAUUCACGCUUAGAUAGUGGAUCCUGUGAUAUGUUAAUGGCUAUUAGCCUUGUGUUUUAGUAUCAAAUCCAACAGGAACACUAAUACCCAACCAAAGAUUAAAGGACCACUAUAGUGCCAGGAAAACACUCAUUUUCCUGGCACUAUAGUGCCCUGAGGGUGCCCCCACCUUCAGGGUCCCCCUCCCGCCGGGCUCUGGGGGGGUGGAGGGGGGGAAAGGGGUUAAACUUACCUCUUUCUCCAGCGCCGGGCGGGGAGCUCUCCUCCUCCUCUCCGCCUCCUCUCCUCCUCUUCAGCUGAAUGCGCAUGCGCGGCAGGAGCUGCAAGCGCAUUCAGCCAGUCCAUAGGAAAGCAUUCUCAAUGCUUUCCUAUGGAUGCUGGCGUCUUCUCACUGUGAAAAUCACAGUGAGAAGCGCGGAAGCCGUCUAGCGGCUGUCAAUGAGACAGCCACUAGAGGCUGAUUAACCCAUUUAUAAACAUAGCAGUUUUUCUGAAACUGCUAUGUUUAUAUAAAAAAGGGUUAAACCUAGCUGGACCAGGCACCCAGACCACCUCAUUAAGCUGAAGUGGUCUGGGUGCCUAUAGUGGUCCUUUAAUAAUCAAGCCUCAUUCCUAUCAUAUUUAGAAUGGGACAAGCACAAUCUUCUAAUCAAACCUAAACAUGAUUUGCGAACAAAGGGGACUCCACAAACAAUACAUUGUUAAAUAGCCCUGAUCUGAGCACCCAAGUUCUCCAAAUAGCGCUCAGAUCCAUGCAGUAUAGGGGAAACGCCACCGUGUUACAGUUCUGACCAGCCGCACAUGUGGUCCUAUGCCCAAAAUAGUUCCCGGGCAUUUGGUGCUUUUGCUGGUCAACUUUCAGGACCUCCCGCGGCCGCAAUACAGGGUGUUCUGCCUGGCUCUUAGAUAGCAUUUGUUCCUCUUAGUCUCAGGACCAGGGAAAGCUACUAAUGGCGGCUGGGCAGGGUAACUCCCAAACGGUGUCCCAGACAUGGGCCAUAGUACAUGGGCAGGAGGCCGGCUUCUACACUCCUCCAGGAGUUCGUGGCAAACGUACGUGGGAAGGAGCAUUUGUCACAAUGUUCAAAGUCAUUUCACAGAGUAAAACUCUGUUAGGCACCAGGAAGUGCCUCUAGUGGCUGUCAAUAUGACAGCCACUAGAGGUGGAAUUAGCCCUGAAAUGUAGAUAUUGCAGUUUCUCUAAAAAUGCACCCAGACCACUUCUAUGAGAAAUACAUUUAACUUCAUAGAACUGCACCUUCUUUGUGCCACCCAUUCAGUUAUUAAACUCUGAAUGCCUGGCACCCCAUAUACUAAUAUAUUGUGUUUUGUUACAAUCACUAUACCUUUUUUAUAGUGUAAUUUAUACCACAUGGUCUAAAGUUCUAUAUGUAAAUACAAUAUACAAAAACUGAGCUAAAAAUGCUGGCAUAAGGGGUAAGAGAAUAUUUGUUUCCCACAGUUAUUAGAUUAUUUUACACAUAUAUUUGCAGGUGGUACAAAAUACAUCUUGAGUAUCUUAAAGAUUGUAUUUUUCAAUUUAUUUUCACAAUAUUAGCUUUAAAUAUUGGCGUGACUCGCAGUAUUCUGUCUAAUACAGUGUGCUUAUUUGGUGGAAUCUUUGAAACAACGGUCAGGAAACCAGACUGGGAGCUCUUCCAUAUCAGAUAGAGGAGAAGUGGUCCCUUACGAAAAAGAGAAAUACAAGGCACGCAAAUUACCUCUCCCAAAACCUACGGCACUCUCACUUGCCAGAUUGGUGAGUUUGUACAUUCUACGUGUCUAUAUUGUGUCGGCUUUUCAUGUCUACCUGUAUAUAAUCCCUCAGUACUCCAGACAUUUCUGAAACAGGCUUUCAGAUGACAUUUAUAAAAAAAUAUUUUAAGAUUGAACAACAAGGUGUGAUAAUAAAUUCUACAUUUAUUUUAGCACUGACAAGACGUUAGUAGGAAUAUAUAUUGAUUUUUGCAGUAUACCUUUACCCAAAUAAAUAAUGUAUGUGUUAUUAUUUUUAAAAUCUUUGGCAGGAUUGAUGUUGCGAACGCUCAAUUGUUACCUACUUAAGCUUCAACAUCUGUUUAAACCUCAGGGCAGCAGGUGUAAUUCACAUCAUCCUUUCAAAUGAACAAGAUUUGGGUUAUCCAGAGGAUCUGCACAAAAGUGUUUUAGGCCCCUUGGAGAGAAAACCGCUAUGAAAACAAUAAAUAAAGUAUUGUUAUAUAUAAUCGCAUAUAUAGAAGUGUUUGUUUAUUGCUGUACAUUUUUUAUAUUUAACCAUCUCAAACAUAUUCUCCAGCUCUGUGCAACAGAAGUAGCUUUCAAGCAAUAAUGUUAUUUCUGCUCAAAUUGAUAUAAAAUUAACUAUACAACAGCUUACAAGAAAUUGUAUAAACUGUGUUCAAUGCCUUCACAUCUCUCUAACCAUUUCAGAAGAAUAGCAAAACAAGCUUAGCCCUCUUCACCUGGAAUGUGCGUACAGUUUUACAAAAAUGAUUAAUAUUCAACUAGCUAAAUAAACUCUGAUUUGCAGGGCUUAAAGGAAGAUCCAGGAGGUAAUAAGGACCCUUCUCUAAAAGCACUAGUGUGGCGCCCGUGUAGUGGCAAGCCUGAUAUUCCUCCAGGUAUGUACCAUUUUAUCAUUCUAAUACUCUCCCAAUCUCUGCCAUCUGCAACAUGUAAGACAAACGUUCAAUUUAUAUUACCAUUUUAUUUUAUUUAUACCUUUUUUUUUUUAUUGUGAGUUUUUGCACAUACAGUAUAAACACCUAAUGUAAUUUUAUUUUACCAUUAAAGCAGUUCUACAGAGACAGGCAGUUGCCAAAUUGCAGAAUAGGUCCAGACAUGUCAAGUACACUGUUUUUAAAGGACCAUCAGCAUAUAGGGCUACCUACCUACUGAUAGAGUAGGUUGACACCUACUGUGACAUGUUUACGAGGUGUGUCUGUCUUGACUACAAAUAUGUAUGUAUAUAUAUAUAUAUAUAUAUACAUAUAUAUAUAUAUAUAUAUAUAUAUAUAUAUAUAUAUAUGUAUGUAAUGCAUGAGAAAAAAUGCAUAAGAUACCGUGCAGACUCCCAGGCUUCUGGUAGAUGACCCGAGAAUGAGAACUAAAUAUAUGCCAUCCAGGCGGGAUGAGAAAAUCAAUUUUAAGUAUAUAUCUUGUUAAAGUCCCAGGAGGCCAAAACGUUGUUUCAUUUUUUGAUUCUGUGAGUAUACAUUAUUUUGCUGUAAACCCUGAGAAUUCUCCUAUAUAUAAAUAUAUAGUCUGGGGUUUGUUUUUUCAUUCUAUAAUAAGUAUCACGUCCUGUUCCUGCUGCGGAUCAUUUCUGUCUUGGCUUCUGAUAUCCAGUACUCUGUUUACAAUUCUUAGUUUUUCUUGGUUUUUCUGGUUUUGUAUUCUAUGUCUGGUUUUCUUUGUGCUGGGUUUUCUGGGUUCAUUCCUGUAUUCCGUUCCUGGAAUUCCUAGUCCCUUGGAUUCCUUUAAAUGUUUGUUUUUUGUUGCCACACCCGUUCCUUUCCCAUUAAUCCUUUUUGUUUCAGUCUGGAACUGCAGGCAGUGGUUUCAUUUCCUCUGCUCAUUUCUUUGCAGGUAAGUGCUGUGUGUGUUUUAUUGUUUAUUUAGUCAUGCAUAUCUAGGCGUUAGGACCCACCGUAAUUGGAGUACUUUGGCGCAGUGGUGGGCUGCAUACAUCUUGGCCAUUUAUGUAUGUCUAAAUCUCCAAUAUUUAUUACACAUAUUAGUACUUAGUUUUGUCUCCUUGUUUUGCCCUGUGUAUCUUUUCUUGUUUUAUUUUGUCUUCCCAGUUCAUGUACAGUCCUGUCCCGUCCAUGCCUUGUUCUGGUUUCCCUCAUGUCUUGUGUACAUGUUCUGCUUUCUGUCCUGCUCCUGUUUUGGGUUCCUCUAGUCUAGUCUUGUCUUAUCUUGUUUGGUGCCUGUUCUAGUCUUGCCUUGUUUCUAGUACUGGAUACAUAUCUGCUGCAGAGCCUCCCUAUCCAGAUCCUGGAAGGUCUGCAUAUUUUCUCCUAGGAUCCGCAGAAGCUGCAUCAGGGCUCUGGUUUGUUGCUGCACAAACCCUGGUGCUCAACACCAGGGAGCGUGUGGUUAUCCUGCACCAGGCCCCUGAUUAUUCAGUUCCACGAGGUUUACUCCGAUCAUCAUCAGGCACACAGGAGUCCUGGUCUCUGUACCGCCACCCGUGACAACAAGGGAGUGAGAGGAUUACUUCCUAAAUCCUUUCUGCAUCCUCCAAAUCACAGAGCUGGCAAUGUCUAGUAAUGGUUAUUUUUUUUGUGUAGUUUGCAUAAAUAAUAACUAGAUAAGAUUGUUCAUGGUAACUUCAUAAAAUGUAUAUGAAUGUACUUUCAGCACAACCCUUUAAAGAUUGGACGCUGUCUGUUUCCAACAAGAAGACAAAACAAAAGAAACAACCGAAGCUGUCAUUUAAUGUGUUUUAUACCGAAAAUGGAAAGGAUGUUGGUGAGUGGAAAAGUUUUGAAUUUAGUAAUCAGAACCUUCAGAUUCGUUUUGUUUGUUUGCAACACACAAAUACGUCAACAAUAUGUGAAAUAGACAUCACCGCGGUACUUGGAAAGCAUGACGUCAUUAUUGAAACAUAUAAAGCAUUGCAGAUGGUAGAGGGUCUGUAGAAAUUGUCUAGUUUUUCUUGUAGGAGAAGCAAGACAUCUUUUUAGUUUUCUUCCUAUCAUUUACAUCACUCAGUUAGAGACAGAAGGUGACAGUGCACAACUUGGCACCGCCCAAUAAUUGUUAUGUGUAAUUUAGCACAUCAUACAGGGAUGCCACCAAGGACACAGGCUGCUUUAUUUAUGUGCCGGGCAUCAAGAUAGCUACACCAGUUGUUUCAGUAAUUACUAGUGGAGUUAUUACAAAAAUUAACUAUUCGUCUGCAUUUUGCAACCCUAGCUGCAAAUUAUUCUAAGUAAGCUCCAGUAGUGAUCUGAUUCAAAUUAUUUUGUGAAUUAGGAUUUUCCAAGAAUUGCUUUGUUAAAGGACCACUAUAGUGCCAGGAAAACAAACUCAUUUUCCUGGCACUAUAGUGCCCUGAGGGUGCCCCCACCCUCAGGUUCCCACUCCCGCCCGGCUGAAGGGAGAGGAAGGAGGUUAAAAACUCACCUUUCUCCAGUGCCGGGCUCCCUCGGCACUGGGGACUUUCCUCCUCCUUCCGACGUCAUCGGCUGAAUGUGCAUGCGCGGCAAGAGCCAGCACGCAUUCAGCCAGUCCAUAGGAAAUCAUUCUCAAUGCUUUCCUAUGGACGCUGGCGUCUUCUCACUGUGAAAAUCAAUGAGACAGCCACUAGAGGCUGGAUUAACCCAUAUGUAAACAUAGCAGUUUCUCUGAAACUGCUAUGUUUACAGCAGGCAGGGUUAACCCUAGAUGGACCUGGCACCCAGACCACUUCAGCUUAAUGAAGUGAUCUGGGUGCCAGGUCCAUCUAGGGUUAACCCUGCCUGCUGUAAACAUAGCAGUUUCAGAGAAACUGCUAUGUUUACAUAUGGGUUAAUCCAGACUCUAGUGGCUUGUCUCAUUGCCUAUAGUGGUCCUUUAACCCUGAAAUUAAGUCCUGAUAAAUUUUCAGAUUAUAUACUCUUGAAUUAAAGAGGAAGUUGGCCUGCUGAAGUGGGCAAUUGGUUAAAAAUAGAUGAAAUUAGAGUUUUGUUUGCACUACACAAUAACUGGCAGAAUUGGUCAGAAAGCCCUGGCCAUUCCCUCACAGCAUAGACAACAGUGUAAGGGUUAAUAGGUGUCCAGCACACCCGCUAAUCUGCUAAAUAAUUUUUACAUUGAUGCUCUUUGUGUGAGGGAAGGUGACAGUCCAUCCACCCCUCGUUUAAUCCCAGCCCUCUCCAUUUACCAUGUCACCAUGUCAUCUUAGGGACUCUGUUUCUUUUUACAUUACAUUUAUGUGUUUUUAACCCUUGAAUGCUGGAUAGUUACCCACCCACCAGGUAUAUUUGGUAUUUUUCUAUCUUUUUUCCUGCAAAAAGCAUAAAAGUAAAACGCAAUGUGCCUAUGAAUAUCCAAAAUAUGAAAAAUAAAGAACGGUUCAGUUACUAUACGGAUAACAAAAAAUAGUAGCUUUAUUGUUGCAAAAACAGCAAUGUUUCGACCCUACAGGGUCUUUAUCAAGUAGGGUUGAAACGUUGCUGUUUUUGCACCAAUAAAUCUACUCUUUUUUUGUUAUUCCUAUAGUGACUGAACCGUUCUUUAUUCUUCAUAUUUUGGAAGGGAGGCCUGGCCAGCCUUGGUUUCAGAGUACCUGGGUUACCUGGUGAGUGCGGUAUCCAGUACGUCUCUACCAUGAAUAUCCAAAAUCUGGCAGGGCCAACUCUCUGAACUCUGUCUGAACACCUAUACUCUGCAUUGAAUUUGUAUAUGUUUAAAGUAAUUUAUAGCAGGUUCUGAGUUGCUCUGAAUUGAUGUCUCUAAAUGUGCCCCCAAAUUAACUUUAAAGUGUAAUUGUCAUGAUUGCAUCUAUCUAUUAUUAGCAGAAAUGGUAGCAAAUGUACAGGGGAGAUUUAUCAAGGAACAACAGCUGCUAUUCUUGGUGCAAAGUGAUAAAUGUUGAUACAUUAUAUUGGUUUCCAUGGUGAUUGCUUCUUAGGUAGCCCUUUGCCCAAGCAUAACACCAGUGAAGCCAUCAUGUAGCAUCAUUAGGGAGGAAUGGCCUUCAUGGAGAAAAGUCCCCAAGCAGAGUCAAUCCCGCAGAGACUAGAUGGCAACAAUGCAGGACUACAGGGUGAUGAGUGUUUUGCAACCAUGUAAAAGCCACCUGGAUGAAUUUCUUCAUCUCCAAUGUGUACUAUCAUAACAUUAUAGUCAGCUACUUCAAACUAGCCACAACAGAUCUCCGCUUCCAAGGCUUCGAUCAAGAUAUUAUCUCAGCUUUCAAAGAUCAUCAUUUAAGUUGAAAGGCCUAGAGACACGGAGAAUGACAUUCAUCUUUAUUUCAUUACUCUUCCAGCCAAUCUUUGUGAAAUAUGGUUAAUCUGGAUGAUGGUCCAGUCUGAAUGUUUACUUUAUAGCCAAAUUGUGUCCAUUGAAUUCAAAAUGUAAAGAAGUAAAUAGAGAGGCGAAUAAAACAAUGCAUUCAGCAUUUUACUUUUGGUUGCAGAUUACUUUGUUUGUAAAGUUAGUUGUGUCUGCAUAAGUGCAACCAAAUAUCUCAUUAAGUCCAUUUGUCAAUGAUCAGGGGUUGUAUACAAAGACUAUCCGUCAACAGAUACUAUAAGAAAAGCCGUUCCCUUCAUUGUAUUGCCUAAAGAAGAAGAAAUUUGUUCUACUAAAGCGGUAAGUUAUACAACAUGGCAAAUAUAUAGAGAAAGCAUACUGUAUAUGGCACAAACAUAUGUCUUCUCUUGUGCCCGCCUUACAUAGCAAUAACAUUACUAUAAAAUUGGAGAAAGCUAAAACAGACAUUAUUAUGACUAACAAUCACACAGAUAUUGCCUCUUUAUGAAUAACAUAAUAUCAAAAUAAAUCUAGCAUUCACAUGUUUGCAUAUUAUAGUUUAGACCAGGACCUCUCAACUUCUGGCAUUCCAGAUUUUGUAGACUACAUCUACCAUAAUGCUCUUACAGCCAUAAUACUGGCAAAGCAUCAGAGGAGUUGUAGUCCUCAACAUCUGAAGUGCCGAAUGUUGCCCCUGAUUUAGACUAAUGUAUAUUACACAAACACUAUUAGCGUUAUAAAUAGAAACGUGUAUUGCUAAUACUAUAGUUUCCUACUAACUAAUUAGAAUAUUGGCCCCUCUAUAUCAACAAAAUAAAAUGCAGAUUUGCUUACAUUUUCUCCCACAGCGGACCUCCCUGGUUGAGAUCAUCGCUUUUGAUGAUCUCAGUCAAUCCAAUUCUUCCCUAUAGGGAAACAUUGGGAGCAUAGUGCUCAUGCAUAGAUGCUGGUCGUCAGAUUGCAGGACCUCAUCCAGGAAGUCCCUCUCAUGGCUGCUCGAGUGACAGCCACUAAAGGGGUCUUAGGCAGCAAUGUAAAUGAAUAUACAAUUCAUUACUAAAUGGUAAGAAUAUAUCAAUAGUAAGAAAAGUGUGUAGCGCUAAAAUUAGUGUUACACUUACCCCUAGGGGUUUAAAAAUGACAACACUGUAAAGAUAAAUAAAAAACACAUGUAGGGUAACACCAUAAACAAUAUAUGUUUUGUUUUUUUAUUUUUUUUUAUUUAUCUUUACAGUGUUGUCAUUUUUCAACUCCUAGGGGUAAGUGUAACACUAAUUUUAGCGUUACGACUUUUCUUACUAUUGGUAUAUUCUUACCAUUUACUAAUAAAUUGUAUAUUCUGUUACAGUAGGGUGGGGAGUCCCUAUGUUUGUGUGGAAGCUGCUUUCACUUUGUACUUUUCUAUUUGUCUAAGCGCCUUUUAGCAUAGAGCAAUUUGUUGUUUUCUUUGGUGUAAAUGCUCCUUUUUCUUAAGAAAUGUAAAUAUGGCAAAAACUGUUACAUUUUAGAUGACUUUUAGACCACUUUAAGAAAUAUGAUGAAAAACAUACUGUCACUUUAUGAUAGGUACACAGACAGUAUGCUUAUGUGUGGUGUAGCAUAUAAAUCAGAAGAAUAGAGCAGUGGGAGCAGAUUUUAUUAAAUUAAUAUUUAUUUAAAUUUUUUUGCUAUAUAUGUUAAUAUUUUCUUUUUUUUGUUAAUAUUUUAUUACCUAGGUCUCUUGUUUUUGAUAAAUAGUAGAAUAUGCUAUCACUAUGGCUAGGCUCCUGAAUCAGAUGCAGCACCAUUAAACAAAAUUGGAUAACCCUAUAUAUGUACAAUCAAACGCAUAUUUGUAAUGUUUCAUUUUUAAAGACUAGAUAUACGUAUUCAUUAUUAUUCUCUGUAAAGUGUAGAAUAAAUUAGGUGCGGCAAAGAAUUGCAGAUGUACACUUCCAUAGUGUGAACAAUUGGUAAUCAAACUAACAGCCGCAGGGCGUAGGUUCUUAUUUGCAAAGUUAGAAUGCCUGGGUGUAAUUUGAAAGAUUUAAAUGAAAUGAUGGGUGUAGAAUAAAUACAAAUAAAAUGCUUAUGACUUUGCUACCACUUGAAAUAAAGCCAAAUAGAAGCAGUUUUCAUAUAAUAGUUAAUAAAAGUGCUCCAAAUUAAAACCGUAAUUAAAAUUAGUUUGCUUUCCAUCCUAUUUAAAAUGUCUGUUUAUUCAAUAAAAAAGCCAUUGUGGAAAAUUAAAAAUGGGAUUUACUUACUUAGGCCCUUAAUUGCUAAAUUUAGAAAACAAAAUCUUCAACUAUAUCAUUUUUUUUUUACUGAUCUAUAUUAAUUGUUGAUUUAAUUUGCUGAAAAGUGGUUAAAGAAGUACAGUCUGAAGAAACUGAGACUGGAGUUGCCCAAACUGAUAUUCGGCCCUGACUGCACUCAUCAGAAACGAAUGGUGCCUACGUUACACAAAAAAGUUUCUGCAAAAUACUGUACUAUCUUCCCAAGCGUAGAAGUCAAUGUGAGUCAAUUUUUGCUUUAUACUAGAGCAGUGGUAGGCAACCUGCAGCACUCCAGAUUUUGUGGACUAUAUCCCCCAUAAUGCUCUUACACCCAUAAUGCUGGCAAAGCAUCAUGGGAGGUGUAGUCCAAAACAUCUGGAGUGCCGAAGGUUGCCGCCUACACCUGUACUAGAGCAUCCACUGCAAUGUUAAUAUGAAUGUGUGCCAUUUUAUGUGUAUGAUGUGUAAUUGUCUUUAACCUCUCCCACCCAACACUUUGUAUUCAUUUUGCGACUUUUUACUCUGCAUAAAAGUAGAUCUCUUUCCUAUGACUUUAUUCUAACCCUUUGCAUGUCUGCACUUUAGAUGGUGGCUCUCCUAAGCACACUACAGGACUUCUUUACAGGAAUCAGAAACAAACUACAACACCCUAAAAACAUAGAAGCUCUGUGUAAAUGCACUACUACUGUUGUUUGGCAAUGUGCCCAUGUACAGGCCUUUUUUUAACAUUCUGGUUUGGUUUUUAGUAAGGUGCAUCCCCAAAAAUGCCACCAAGGUCCUUUGCAUAUACUGGUUAGCAGGGCAUUUGACCAUUCUUAAAUACCUGUUGUUUUUUUCACACAUAACAUAGGUGCCCUACAAAUUGGAUUGGUGAUUUUAACUGCUAUUUCAGUAUGCACUGCAUUCACAUACUGUUCCUUGAUCUCCUCCUUUGGCUUAUUUUGGACCCAUUUUUCUCCUACACACGUAAUGGCACCUUUGAUCUCAUCCUGACUUGCCAUGCCCCCCUAAAUCACUAUAUCCCUCCUGCCAUCCACCCCUCAUUCUCCUCUAAACUUUCACCUCGACUCCCUUAUACUAUUUCUUCACUCUCUCAGUCUACCCAUUUUAUGAGCAGAAAUGGAUCAUCCAUUGAUUUGUCUGUCUUUUAAGAUUUCCUUAGUUUUUCCAUCAAUCGUCCUUCUAUUCUCUCACUCUCUUCCCUCUCUUUUCCCUUUCUCUAUGCUCUUGAUCUCUUCCCACUCUCUUCUCUGUCCACACUCUUCACACUGUCCCCUUCUCCACUGAUGUAUGUGCUAUAUACAACCAAAACACAUUGUCCAUGAUUCAGCAACGAUUCUUCCCACUCUCCAUUUACGCACAAUACAUGCCAUGUCUUAUUUUAAUAGUGGAAAAUUGUUUUUAUUUAUUUAUUCUAAUGAACAGAUUUUUUUAUUCUUCACCACCUUCUAAAUACUGUUUAUGUGCACAUUUACCAAGUAUGAAAACAACAUCUUUCUUAUACUGUAGGGAGUGGUGAAACAUCUGCAAUUUCAGCCCAAGGAGCUGGAGGAAUACAUCGAGCAACUAGAGAAAGUACUCAGACGUUACAUUGAGAGAAUGCAAUGGCUUUUGUCAGGUAAACCCUGUCUUCAUUCUGUAGAACAGGUUGGUCAUGGAUGGUGAAACAAAACAAUUGCUGCUUUGCUUUGAUUUAGAAGAAUGAUUUUCAAACUCACUGUGUUUUUCAAAGGUCUUCCAAAAUAUAUUGCAAUAGAAAGUAAUACCCGUUUCAACAUUUUCGUGUUAGUGUGCCAAAUGUCUCGGCAGCUCUGUCAACCUGACCCCUUCUGUAAUGUCAAACACAUCAGUAGGAAGACUGGACAUCAUUGAGGAUCCAAGGGUGAUCUGCGGAUAAAUAUAUAUUUUAAUAUACAAUUUCGGGGGAUUUCACAAGCACAAUCUAUACAUUCACUUUCUUUCCAUUUCAUUAUUUGUUAUAAUUUUUCGAAAAAUUUAUCACAAUAGACAAUAAAAGACUUACAUUUAAAAAUAUAAACAAAAAACAAUACAACAAUAAAUACAUUCCGACAGUUCUAGCACUCUAAGAUACCAAAUUUUUAAUUUAUUACCCUUAAUUAUCACCUUAUUUAUAGAUUAGACAGCAUACCAAAUUUAGUAUCUUCCCUUCGACUUGAGAGGACCUUAAAUAGUUAUUCACUGUCUAUGACAAACCAAGUAAACAUAAAAACAUACAAACAUAAAGUCAUACUGGGCCGAGAUCUAUAAAUCCUGACAGAUAGUGCCUUACUAUAGGACUUGAUAUUUUGCCCUUUUCUUUUCCCUUUUCUCUUACUUUCUCUCUCUUCUUCUCUCUUUUUUUUUUUUUAUAAAAUAUAAAUAGCCAAAAGACAGCUUUAUAUAGAGAAGCAAAAUAUAGAAACAACCUUAUGAAAAUAUAGAAACAACCCUAUGAACAUAUCAACAGUGUUAGUUCUCUGAGAUAUAGAGUUAUUAAAACAUUUUUCUAAUCUGUCUCUAUAUUCAUUAGUUAUUUGUCAUACUAAGUUUAUCAUCUUUGAUUCUUCUCAAAAAAAUAUUGUAUUUAACAGUAAUGUCCAAUAUACAUAAUGUGCCAAGAUCAAAUAAUAGAUACAAUUGUUUUUCUUAUGUAGGGCUUAAUUUUUUUACCCAUUCCUCCCAUUGUUCUAUUCUAGAAUUGGUAUAAUUAUCUUGUCUCAGGAUUCCAAUCUCCAUUUUGCAAUGGUUCAGGACCUGAUAUUUUAUCAUAUCCCAAGAGGGGGAAUCAGAUCAUUUCCAGUAUCUCGCUAAUGUUGCUUUAGUCUCCGUUAAGAUGUGAAUAACUAUAUCUUUUUUGCUUCUUGAAAUUCUAGGCCAGGCAUAGGCAACCUUCGGCACUCCAGAUGUUUUGGACUACACCUCCCAUGAUGCUUUGCCAGCAUUAUGGGUGUAAGAGCAUUAUAGGGAAUGUAGUCCACAACAUCUGGAGUGCCGAAGGUUGCCUAUCCCUGUUCUAGGCCAACCCAGAUGUAGUACAAAAGACCUACAAGUAAAAUCUAGAUCUACUCUUAUCACCUCUUGACAAAAUUUUGCUACUUUAUUCCAUAGUUGACUUAGGUUUGGGCAAGACCACCAGAUAUGGACAUAGUCUGCUCUAGAUGAGCCACAUCUCCAACACUUAUAUUGAGAGGAUGGGUACAUUUUUGCCAAUUUAGUGGGGACAUAGAGCCAUCUAUUAAUGAUCUUAUAAUGACUUUCAGUUGAAUUUAAAAAAUGAAUAGACUUAGUUACGGCAUUAUUUGCAUUUAUCCACUCAUUUCUUGUGAUAGUAAUCUGUAGGUCUUUUUCCCAUGAAACAAGGGCUGUGAAUAUUUGGCUUGAUUUAUAUAAUUUAGCACAAUGUGAUACUAAAUUUCUAUUACUUUUAGAAUUAAUUAGAUUCAUGAAUAGAUGUAAUCCUUCAGAUGAUUCUAUGACCCUAUGUUUGUGUAAAAAGUGCUUUAUCCUUAAAUAUGUAAAAUUCUCUCUAUAGGGAAGAGAAAAUAGUUGCCUAAUGUCCUCAAAAGACAUAAUUUGAUUCUGUUGCAUUAUCUGAUCUAUAUUAUUACCAUUAGACGUCCAGGUUUUUAUAUUUAAAUCUUCUAUAUUGGCUGUCAAAAUGUUGAAAGGUAUAUCCGUAAUAAUUUUAUCCAGUAUCUUAAGUCUCUUUUUCCAAUUUUUCCACUGCAAUAAUAAAUUAUCCAUAAUUAGGCCUAUGUUUAUGUUAUUUCUCUUUUGUGGGCUCCAAAAUAUAGCUAAUAAGUCUGGAGAUCCCAGUCUUUUAGCUUCUAUUUUUGCCCAGGCUUCCUCUGCAGAGCUCUCCUUUAACAAUAUAAUUAAAUGAGCCAAUGCGCAUGUCUCAUAUGUCUCUAGAAUAUCUGGGACACCCAACCCACCCUUUUUUGAAUUCAUAUUUAAUAUUUUUUUAUUCACCCUCGUUUUUUUUUUUUUCAGCCAUAUAAACUUCUCAAAAGCUGCCUGUAUCAUUAUAAGCUAUGGUUUUGAAAUUUUAAGAGGUAUCAUGCGGAAUAUGUAGCUCCAUUUGGGUAUUAAGUAUGAUUUUACAACAUUUAUUCUCCCAAUCCAUGAUAUCUCUGCAGUUUUUAAGUCUUUAAGUUGUUUAUUUAUUUGUUUCAUCAUAGGGAGAAUACUGUUCUCUAUGAUUUUAUUUGGGUUACUUGUUAUUUUAAUACCUAGAUAUUGCAAAUAUUUCUUAGCCCAAGCGAAGUCAUAUUUAUUCACAAUCUUCCCUCUAUCUUCUUUACUUAGUUUUUUUGCUAAUAUAGUUGUUUUAUCUACAUUCAACUUGAGAUUGGAGUAAUUUCCAAAUUCGGUUAUAACUUUCAGCAAUUCAUCCAAUGAUUGUACAGGAUCUGUAAUGGAGAUUAGGACAUCGUCCGUAUAUAAUGAUAAUUUGUAGUCUUCUUGACCUAUUCUGACUCCUUUAAUCUUUAGGUUUUCCCUAAUUUCACAGGUUAGAGGUUUGAUAUAUAACAAAUAAAGCAGCGGCGAGAGAGGGCAUCCCUGUCUCGUCCGUUGCUUAUUUUAAACCAGUCAGAUAUUAUACCUCUCCCUAUAGUUCUAGCGCUUGGGUAGGAAUAUAAGGCCAUUACGGCAUCCAUUAGCCAUCCACCAAAAGCCUUCAUAGAUGCUAUCAGGAAGUCCCACCUGACCCUAUCAAAGGCCUUCUCUGCGUCCAAUGACAGGGCCAGAAAUGGGACUCCUGAGUCGUUAGUGCUGUCUAGAAUAUCAAUUAUUUUUCUCACACUGUUGCUGGAGAGUCUACCAUUUAUGAAACCGACCUGAUCUUUAUGAAUUAAGUAAGGUAAGAUGGUUUGCAUCCUGUUAGCUAGGAUGCUAGCAUAUAUCUUUAUAUCCGAAUUUAGCAGAGAAAUAUGUCUAUAACUUCUUACUUGAUCUGGUGGUUUAUCUCGCUUAUGUAUAGGGAUAAUAUUUGCAUAUAGCAUUUCUUCCGGGAUGACUUUUUCCUCCACAAUUUUGUUAAAUAAAUUUUUCAAAUGGACCACCAAUUCUUCCUUAAAUUGCUUAUAGAAUAUAUUAGGAUAGCCAUCUGGGCCUGGGGUUUUAUUCUUUCUUAACUUAUCUAUUGCCUCCUUAAUCUCUAAUUCAGUGAAAGGUUUGUUGAUACUAUUAACCUGUUCUGCAGAUAGCGGUUUCAUCUUUUUAUUUUUAAAAUAUGUUUCUGGAUUGUCAAGACGGUUAGGCAAGUUAUAUAGCUCUUGAUAGAAAGAGUUAAAUGCUAUACCAAUUUUUUCUGGGGUUAAUUGUGGCCCUUCCUCAGUUAUAAUUUUCUGAAUCAUCGUGGCCAUUCUAUAGCCUUUAACUUUAUUUGUAAGCAUUUUAUUUGCCCGGUUACCUCUGUAAUACCAUUUUAUUCUUAAGCGUUCUAAUUUUUUGGAGGUUUGCUGCCAUAGAAUUUCAUUAAUAUUAUCUUUAAUUUUAUCUAUUUUCUCACUCAUUUGUUUGGAGGGAUUAUCUUUAUUAAGCCUUGUUAAAGCAUUUAAAAAAAUAUAUAGGUCUGUCAAGGAGGAACUUCUACUCUUAUUUCUCAUUGAACCCAUUUUGAUAAAGUGCCCUCUCAGAACUGCCUUAUAGGUACACCAUACUUAUUACAUCUGAUGUACCUUUAUUUUGGUUAUCUUCAAAGAAACAUUUUGUUAAUUCUUUUACUGUCUCUAUUUCUUGAGGAUUUUUUAAUAAGAGAUCAUUUGGCCUCCAACUGUUCCUUAUUUUAUUAUCUGGGCUUAUAUUAAGGUCUAAUAUGACCGGGUUAUGGUCUGACCAAGUGACUUCCUGAAUUAGAACCUUCUUUAUCUUAAGUGAUAUCUCUACUGUACCCAAGUAUAGAUCUAACCUUGAAUAUGUAUAAUGAACUUUUGAAAAGCAAGUAAAGUCCCUUUCUUGGGGGUGGUAAAUUCUCCAUAUGUCUAACAAACCAUAUUUACAUACUAAAAGUUUAAGCUGGUUUGAUGUUUUUUAAUUUUUUUAUUUUGGAUAACCCCUCCAAGUGAAUUUCUAUCUAGCAUUGUAUCCAUAAUGCAAUUAAAGUCUCCCCCUAUAAGGACCUUUCCCUUUUUAAUAUUAUCUAUUUUGUUUAAUACCAUUUGUAUAAAACCAAUAGGUUUAACAUUAGGUGCAUAUAAAUUCGCUAUUGUAUAUACUUCAUUUUGUAUUUUACAUAUUACUAUAGUAUAUCUUCAGUUUUUAUUUAUGUCCUGAUACAUAAUCUGUGUGUCUAUAUCACUGGUUACAAGAAAGGCAACCCCACAUUUUCUUUUAUCCUCUAAUGAAGAACAUAUUUUGAUAUUGAAAGUAUUAGGAAUAAAUCUUUUUGUAUCUUUCCUUAACCAAUGAGUUUCUUGCAACAAUACUAUUUUUGCUCCCUCUUUUUUAAUAUAUUCAAAUACCAUGGAUCUUUUAUAUGGAUUAUUUAAACCCUGUACUUUAAGUGUCAGAAUUUUAACCAUUGGGAGAGAGUAGGAGAAUAGGACAAAGUCUCGGCACAGUCAACACAACGAAAAAAAAAAGAACAACCUACAAAACAUGAUAAAAACCAUAAUCCCUCAUGUACGAAAUACAUGAGACAUUCCGUCUCCAACCCCCUUUGUUGGGGACAGGAAUCCACAACCUAUUCCUUUUGGUGUGGCAUCCAAACUCCAUCUAUUGUUGGAGUAAUAUGGGGAUUAAGCCUCACCUCAGACUAGCGAGAUACAGUGUAACAGAGUUCAGAAGAGGAUAUCACAAUGUAACGAGUAGGCAUAUGAAAGGGGAUAGAGAGAGGGUAUGGGAGAAAAAUAAGUUCUUUCUACGUUAUAUAUUGUGCAGCUUUAUUAACUUAUCUAUUUAUAUGCUAGGAUUCUUUUCUUAACUUCAGAAUGAACUAUUUUAUGAUACUUGCUGUGUAUUAUCUUUAUUUUAUUGUGACUAUUUUCUUCUCCCUUUACACCAACUCUGAAUAUCUUUUAUGUAUAAUUCCUUAAUUUAGUGUCAAACAAUGUAUUAUUUCGCAAGUUGAUCACACUUAUUGUGAAGGGAGAAAAAAAAAUAAAAAUAAAAAUCACCCCUUUCUCGUCUUUCUUUAAUAGUUAAAUAUAAUAUAAAUGUGCAGAUUUAUUAAACUUAUUAUAUUAUCUGUGUUAACUAUUGUUUCCUUUACUUCAAGGGAUAUUAUUUUAUAAAAAGUGCUAUAUAUUAUCUUUCCUUUGUAUAUAUUUAUAUAGUGUUAGAUUUCCUCCCCUUUCUUCCCCCAUUUCUCAAAUAUUUAUAAGUGUUUUCUUAUGAUAUUUUCUUAUUCUACUAAAGUAGUUAAACUAACAAACUGUGAAAAAAAAAUAAAAUACAUUUAAAAAAAGCAACGGCAAUAUCACCAAAAAACAUUGUAAGUGAGUCUAUAAAAAUCAAACAAUUUCUAAAAAAAUUCCUCAUAUUUCCAAAAACCUUAGGUCAUCUAAGUGCAUUUGAUCUUUUUAUUCCUUCUAUAUCUCUUUUUAUAUCUAUUAUCUAUUCCAUUCUCUAUUUAUUAUCAAAACCAAGCAUCUAGUGUUCUCAUCAAUUUCCCUCCCAUUCUCUCUACUUUCCCCCCUUUAAAAAUUAGACGUUUCCAAUUAGUCGAUUAAUCAAUCAUCUACCAUCAAUUAUCCAUUUAACCUCUCUCUCUCUCUCCCUUUACCUUAACUUUUUCCCACUAUAUCAACAUAUUCAAUAUUAUAUUCGAGUAAUUCGUCUGCACACGUACUUCUUUGUUUGUUUCUUAUAAAAUUUUUGUCCGUAUUUAUUCCCUCACUCUCUUAAUUGAUAUAUAUUACAUUUUUCUCUCGUCUCAUUUCAAAGCCCUCUCUUGAAGCCAGAUAUUAGUGGAGGUUACAUUAUCGAAAAAUCCAGCUUUUGCUUCAUGAACCACUAUAAGUAAGGGAAACCCCAGUAGUAUUUGACAUUCUUUUUCCUUAAAGUCUCAGUCACUGGAACAUAGGAACGUCUUUUUUUUCCUUGUUUCAUAUGAUAGGUCUGGGAACACCUUGAAAUCUUUAAAUUCUUCUUUCUUACUGUUUUGCCUUGAUAUAGGAGUUACAACACACAGUUACAUCUCUUGGGAUUUCCUUUGACAAAUUGCUUGGUUUCUGGAUUCUAUGAUGUCUUUCCAGGAAUUUAUAUUUCUCAUCCAUCUGGAUUCCUAAUUCCACAAAAUACGAUUUUAGGAAAUCUUCCAAUUUUUCUUGACUUAUGUCUUCUGAUAUGUUUCUUAUACUCACGUUCUUUCGUCUGGAGCGAUCUUCCAUAUUUAUGAUCUUUGACUCUAAUUCUUGAAUUUUCUGUUGAAGUUUCCCCUGUUUUUCUUGCUGUUCUAUGAUCAAACAUUCUGUAUGUUCCAAUUUAUCUUCAACCAGUCUGAUCUUUUGUCCAAUUUCUUUUAUCUCCUUUUUUAAUUCAGAAUUAUUAUUCAUAAUCUCUUGUUUUGUAGCAAAUGAUUGUUGCUCAAAACAGCUUUUGAGGAAGUCUGGGGUUAUCUGAGAGGGGUCCAUCACUUUUACAGUCUCCAUCUGAGUUAAACCUCUCUCCUUGCUGUUAGGACUAACUUCUUUUGAGGAUAUUUCUGAUAUUGAUUUUUCAGUUUCUAUAUGUAACUUAUAGGAAUGCCAGUGGCUAAAAAUUGUUUAUAUUAUAUUAAUAGUUUAUAUAUAUAUAUAUAUAUAUAUAUAUAUAUAUAUAUAUUAUAUUUUAUAAAUAGCUUUAUAUUUUCAUUCUUUUUAAAUAUACUGUAACCUGUUACACUACGUUAUGAAGCUACCAAACUAACUUGGAUUUCUCAAUCCCCUAGAUUCUUCGUAUAUUAGCUUCCGUUUUAGGAAUACACUAAUUCUAUCUGUUUUCUUUGUUAAUUUAAACGAGAAAACAGCACGUUACCCAUGUUUCCUUCAAAACCAUUUAUUAUGUUUCAACGUAAUAUCCCUAAACAACGGAGAACAAAUGCAUAUUGAAAGCUCAGAAUUUCCACUAAUUAUUGGCUACUGAAAAUUCAGCCCUGACGAGUCAAAAUUAAGAUCUGAGCAGUGUGCAAUGGUGUAACCGCGGCUGGUUCCCUUAUUUACCACUAUAACGUCUUAAAGCAUAGAACUUAGAAGGGCUAACCAUACAGAUAUCUUAGCCAUAAUGUUAUAUAGUUAGUAAGAGAUCCUCUAUUUAACAUAUAUAAAGAAUUGAGAAUACAAUAUAAAAUAAGGAUUGUCUUGGAAGCAAUAAAAUUUUGUCUUUUUAGAUAUUUAUUAUUUAAAAAUAUAAAUAUAGACAUAUACAAUCCAUUACAAUAUUUUAUAGCAGAGUUUAUAAAAUUAAACUAGAUGCUUGCAAUAUCUUAAUAGAUAAGCAUACCCUCCUGAACAUGUCAUUGUGUCAGCCUCUCUGUCAUUAUAAGGUGGAGCGUCUGUCUCCAAAUCUCCUCUCUGUGUCUUAACAUUGAAAAGGUACACAUAUUUAUACCUUAGAUGUUCAUUUUAGGACCUCCCUUAACUUGGCAAAGAUACAAGGCCAUAACUAAAACGUAAGUGCACACGUCAUUCUAAAACUUGUAAUAUUUGCAUUUGCCCAUAAUAAUGGGUCCCCACUGCUCUCAAUUUUCUUGAAGCCAACAACUGGUUGUAACAAUGGUUGUUCAGCUAAUAUAUGUGAUCAUCAGCAGUGGGAUUAAUCCAGGGAGUGUUCCAAGUAAUUGGCUGUUUAGAGCUAUGCAAAUAUGAAGACAUAUGUUGUGUAACCACCAGACCUCACUCGACAACCAUCAGGCAUCAUUAUGGGACAUCUUCAAAGUCUGCAUGCAUUCUAGACAGGUUUACAUAGUUAUAAUGAAGAGAGAUCACAAGUAAGUUCUUCUCUUCUCUCAUACUUGUAGACAUGCAGGAUCACUUUAAACAAAAAGUCACUUAGUCACAGCGAACUUAUAAUAUAUGUGUUCUCUAACUUCUCUGCGAUUAUCUUUCAAAUCCUGUACUAUCAUGCAAAAUUCCCUGUAUAGCUAAGAAGUUAUUACAUUUGUAUUUUUCUUCUCCUCUCCUGUUCUAUUCCGGUGGUCCCACCACAAGAGUAGGUUUGCAUUUGCAAUUAAAACUUAGGCCUGACAGGUAGCAUUGAACUUGAAAGGUUAAGCCUAGUUUACACAUAGUGAAACAGCAAUACCAACGUUUACAUUUAGGAAAGAUAUGCCCCUUUUAGAAAUACAGGUCUUCCUGUUCUCUCAUUGUCUGUAAUAGUAGCACUGACUACUGUAUUAUAUUAAGUCAUUGAUAUCGAAAUGAUGGAAGAAAGUUGCUCUAGUAGGUAGAGUAAAAUUAAUCAAAUAUGCAAUACCUAAAAAGAUUUAUACUUGUUGAUUUAAUUUUGCCACCCUCUGGAAUCAAGUACAAUAAGCAUUUUGGUUUCAUAAUGAUUACUAUAUUGCUAGAAUUUUGUCCCAAGUUUCCAGCACAUUUAUGUCUUAAUAAAUAGAAUAUAUAUGAAAAAGUCAUAUUAACUUUAAAGGGACACUGUAGGUUACAGUGCCUGGAGUACCCUGGCACUGUCACUCCAUUCAGUGUUGCACCAUGUUUGUGCAGUAUGCCACAAAAUAAGAGUCCCUGGCCACCCACAAUCUGGCCCCUUCUGUACGUGUAGCUAAGGCAGAGAUUACACACUUCCUUGUUGUCAUACCCAUUCAUACCGUCAGUUGGAGCUCUGACAGGCUAAAAGUAGUCAGCUGACACUCUCAGCCAAUCACAGCUGCCCAUUGCUGCUCAGGGUAAUACUUCCUUAUUAGCCAAAGCAGCACAGAGGGGAUGGACUGCCGAGGACUCUAGUUUAGCAUUAAAACCUUAGAACUUUAAAAACUGUUUAAUGAUAAAAGAAAUGGUAGUACCAGGGGACUCCAGACACUAUAACCAGUUUAAUGAGAUGAAGCAGAUACAGUGCUUACGGUGUCCCUUUAAUGGCGUUUUAUUAAAAUUCCAACGCAAUCAGAAGCUAAACAUGAGACUUUGGUCUUAUAUAGAAUCAGAUUUUAUGGCAAAAUAUAGCAAUUCUACUUCCACAUCCUGCUAUUCCCCUCCACCUUCCUUUGUGAUGGUUGAUGGGAAUAUGUGUCUUCUUGCUACACAGUAGAUGCCUAUGACAUUAUCUUUUCUCAAAAUAUCCACUAGCCAUUGGAGAGUAAAAAUGUAUCUUUGGUGUGUAUGUCAUGGACUCCAAGCUUGCAGUUGGGAAUACAUUUUAAUGCCUGUCUAGUAGGGUAGGACUUUUACUCCUCAUCUUAUUACAUAUGGGAGAAGAGCCAUGGGAUCUUUUAUACACCCCUGUUUUGUACUCCCCAUAUGUGAGAGCACAUAAGUAAUCUAACUAUUGGCAUAUGACAUCACGAGCAGCUCCUUUUGAAGGUACUAUACCUCAUGCAGACACUCCCCAUCCAAUUACCCCACACAUUCUUUGCCACACUUAAAAUACUGUUUACAUCCUUCAUAUGAAAAUACCAACACCCUUGGAUCUCCUACCAGGUGUUGACUGAAACACGAGAGAGGGAGGGACUAGGUCUUCCACUACUAUCUCGCUGCACUUUUUACUAGGAUACAGGAGUGGAACGCAUGGCAUACAAUAGAACAAUAAUUUGCUAAAGUUCACCUCUACACCCUCCCGUGGCAGAUCUGCUAAUUGUUCCUUCCCACCCUCUCCUAGGACAUAUCCUCCACACAUGGAGACGCCUCAGAAACCCCCUCAAACUAGCUUCAGGGGUUUCCCCACUCCUCCCAUUAACUGACAACUGGCGGCCCCAAAGGGGCUUUGGAGCCUCCACUCUCCAUUGACUGACAGGAUCUCACCAGGAGUCACCUUUCCCACGAUAACUGACCUAUCCUGCCGACCCUCCCACAUCUCGCUACUGGUAACCUUGAGUUACCACCAACUAGUACACUACCUUACAACACUGGGGGCAAUCCAGACCAGAUCAAGAGACCUGACUCCCUUAGAGACCGAUUCCACGCUCCAGACCCUUCUCACAGAUCUAUUGGUUGAUACAACAAAACACCUCAGAACCUGAACCCAGACAAUUCCAACGACAAUGGGCAGCUGGGCUUGGAGUCCAGCUUUAGAGAAAGACUGGGCCUUUAUUUUUGGGAAAGUCAUGAUGGCUUUGGUUAGCCCAUCUAGGAGAGAAGCCUUUUACAAACGUACCACUAGAUAGUAUAGAACCCAAUCCCACCUACACUCCUUCAUACCUACUAUUAAUAAGGAAUGCUGGAGAUGUCAGGUUGACAAAGGGACAAUAGAAUACACUUGGUGGUAAUGCCCAAAUAUGCGGCCCUUUUGGAGCCAGGUUCUCUCACUUAUUUAAACUGAUUUUACCAGAGAUCCACUCACUCACAACCUACCAAGUUUUGUUGGGGUGGCCGAACUACCUUCCAUUCCUACACCAUCAGAAAUUAUUGUGGCUGUUACUUGGAGAGGCAAAUGCAUUAAUCCCUGUCCACUGGAAACAGACUGCAGUAUCUUCCCUGACCCAGUGGGUACAUAGAGUGGAAGACACUGAACCAUGGAGGAGUUGCACUGGUCAGCAAGGGGUCUCCAGCCAAAGUAUCUAAAAGUCUGGACCCCCUGGUUGACUACUGGUCCUGCUUCAUCAAUGGCCCACACUCCCAAUUCCAACUUGUUGAGUAAGCCAGAUGUUGGGAUGCACCAACAAAAUCUCUACUAUAUGAGACCACUAAGACCACCCUGCCACUUGCUCUUUCCCAAUGCUUACUAUUUGCACUACAUUAGGUGUUCCGCAUCCUCCUCUUUUUUUCUUUCCUUAAUCCAAGUUAUUUUUUAUUGUGUCUCUAUAUCUAUAUAUGUAUAUUGUACCACACACAUGUAUGUAAUGUGACCGAUGUCGACUCAGCACAUGAUACGAUACCAAUGUAGAUUACCCACUUGUUGGGUAAACAUUGAUAUGCCCUUUUCUAUAUAUCACCAGAUGUUAACAUUCCGAUAUCACGAUGUCAAUCACUAAUGAUGCAUUGUAUUGCUGGCACAGAUGUGUGUGUGUGUUUUCUUAUAUAAAACCAUAAAUAAAGAGAGAAAAAAAGAAAUCCACCAGGAGCUGAAAAAACAUGGAGGCAGUUAACAAAGACCCCCAAGUGACAGUGUUAUUUAGCUAGUCUUGUACCUAUCUCGCUACUAUACAUAUUUGCUGUUUACGUUAACGUGGUCCUCCAGCUGCCUAAGUACACCCUUCCUAAACCUUACAUUUUUUAUUCUUUUGCUCUCUUUUCUUGGCUAAUACCACUGAGCACUUACAUAUAAUUUUGUAGGUCCAUGGCAACAUUUUAAAAAUUAGGGAACCAGUUUCUGGUCUUAACCCAAAGCGGUAUCUUGUUGCCUUCUUUUAUUUAUUUUUUUAUUAUAAAUUCUUUUAUUCAGUUUCUUACAUAAAUAUAAAUAUCAACACAACACCACAAGUCACGUGACAUCUUUACACAAUCAAAACAUUCACAAUAGACAGACAAGUUACACUAUUAUCUGCGGGAUCGGGCUAGUAAAGGAAUAUGUCUUAGCUCAGGACUCUUACUAUUCAGAUAUUACCAGAUCUAAUAGACAUCUGUCUAAUUUAUAGACUAGCUUCUAUUUUAUUAACCCAUCUUUGCCAUAGGUCCCUUCUUUUUGGGGAAUUCAAAUAUGGUAUACUUAGGUCUCUUUCCAUCCUCAUCUGAAGGAUGAUUUGAUCUUUAAUGGCCUCCCAAUGGACUACUUGAUUAGAUUUCCAGUUCCGUGCAAGAACAAUUUUAAAUGCAAUAAAACAAUGGAUUAUAAAACAACUAUUUAUGUAUAACAUAUUCGGCCAAUGCAUAUGUAACAAGACUACCUCUGGUUUCUUUUCUAAUUCUAUUCCAGUAAUAUCUUUAAUAAAUCUUAACAUUCUCUUAAUAGAGGUCUGAAUGUUUGAACAACUCCACCAAAUGUGGAGGAAUGAUCCCUCCUCUUUAUCACACCUCCAGCAUCUAGAGGUAACUCCAGGAUACAUCUGAGAUAGCUUGCUAGGAACUAAAUACCAUCUAUACAUAACCUUAUAAUAGGUUUCUGAUAAGUUUAAACAUUGGACCUGUCGACGAGUAUUAUUUAUAGCUUUACACCAGUCUACUUGUUCUAAAGAACACUUCAAAUCUUUUUCCCAUUUAAUCUUCUGGGGAAAACUAGCUAACUCGUUAAUAUUUCUAAUUAUCUCUAUUGCUUUAGCUAAAACUUUCGGUGUAUUCUGAUUUGAAAAUAUGUGUUUUAUCAUUAUAUACGAUUUUCCAGAAUCUUUAAUAAGAUAUUUCUGCAGAAAAUAUUUAAGCCUCAAAUAUGUAAAUAGCUCUUGUUGAGGAAGAUGAUAUUUUUCUAUUAUAGUAUCAAAAGGCAUUAUUUCCUCUGAGUUUAAUAUCUGUGAAACUUUAAUUAUUCCUUGAGAUCUCCAUAUUUCUAAAGAUAGAUCUUUCAUAUUAGCUUCUAUUACCCUUAGAUUUGCCGUGUCCAUAAUUGCAUAUUUGAGGCCUAUUUUCUUUUUAAUUUCCUCCCAAACAGGCAACAAUUGGGCCCAUAUAACAUUAUUUUUAAUAUCAGUCCCCAUUUUAUCUAAAGUUUUCGUAUUCCAUAACAAGCCCUCUGGAUUUUUUAGUCUCAGAUCUUCCAUUUUAAUACUAAACCAGCUUUCUUCUUUAGCUGUCUCCGUCUGGGACCUAUACAUAUGAUUAAUCACAUUUGCCCAGUAUAUAACUCUUAUAUUGGGAAAGUUUAAUCCGCCUUCCUUAGUUUUUAAUGAUAGAAUAUUUCUAUUUAUUCUGUUUUUCUUACCCUUAUUAAUGAAAUUUUCUAGAUUAUUUUGUAAUAACGUCAACCAUAUAUCUGGAAUCCUAAGUGGAAUCAUUUGGAAUAAAUAACUCCAUUUAGGAAUGACAUAAGAAUUAAUAACGUUAAUACGGCCCCACCAGGUAAUCUGCAUAUUUCUCCACUCUUUAAGUAAUAAGUUUGUGCUUUUUAAGAAACUUAGGAAAUUUACUUCCAUCAUCCUCUCUAUAUUUUUAGUAACCAAUAUUCCUAAGCAAUUACAUUUCUGAGAUGCCCAUAUAAAUCUUGUUGCCUUCUUAAUCCAUUGCUGUCUCAUUUUGUACAAUUAGCCUUGGUCAUGAAUCUUUUAAUGUGAUGUAAAAAAAAUGGACAUGUUCAUUCAUGCCAUCCUUAUUGUUGUAAUAAAUAACCUAUUGUAUUUAUGGACACAGAUUUAUAAGUAAACUCAACCCAUAAGCUCCCAGAGCACACUUCCUUGGCAAGUACCUAUUAUAUCCACAGUGCAAUUCACAUAGCGUGAUAUAUUGUGUUUCUAAGACGGAUGCCAUCUUGUCUAUGAUAAAACACUGAAAUAUAUAUCAGGCCUCUGUUAUAUGUGAUACAGAACAAUCCCCAGAGUGCCACAAUGCUGCUCAAAUGAGGUCAUCAGUAAAUUCUGAAACUUUGGAGAUACCAAAGUACUGAGUGGGGAAACAAUGAAUUAGACCUACAAGAUUUAGAGAAAAGAAACAUGAUAUUUAGCAGUUAUUUAAGCCCAUUGUUCUGCUUCUUUUUUAUACACUGCACAUGCCCCUUAAUAAUCAAUUGUUAAAUAAUAUUAAUUUGAUCUACAGGAAGCCGUCGACAAUUUGGGACCAUACUGGAAGCUAAAGUAUGCCUGUUAAUAGAUGCAUCUUCAUCCAUGGCUCCUUUUUUCGUGGAAUUGCAGAAAGGACUAACGUCCCUUUUAUGGGAGCAGCUGAGAGCGAGAAAUGUCUGGUAAGGUGACACAUUUAAAGACACAAUAAAUGCAUGCAAUGUAACCUAACUAAAUUCAAAAAACAGAGUUGUGCUCUAGCAAAAUGUUAUUUUCUGAAUUAUUUGUGAUGCAGGUUUAAUAUGAUAAGCGUUUCGGAAAGCAUGGAUUCUUGGCAGGAGUGUUUGGUGGAGGCAACAGAUGAAGCGUGCCAUGAUGCUUCACAGUGGAUUUCCCGGCUAAGGCCGCAAGGAAACACCUGUAUUCUUCACGCUUUAGAGGUUUGUACGCUGUGAACUAAGUCAUGAAAUAUUAAUUCUAUGCCAUACACUAUAUUCAACACACACUACAUUACACAUGUUGACUACAGAGAACAGACGGUCACUAGGGAUUGAUCAGAGAAAGUCACUCAACCGCCUUGUAGUUCUGUUCCUACAAAUAUAUCUGUUAUUACAGUAACAGCUAUGUUCAAAAGAAUACAAAAAAAAUACAGAGUUAUUUACUAAAGUGCGAAUUGUUGGAAAUUCUAAGUGAAUCUUCACUGUUGAGCCAAAAUGAAUACAUCGCUGACUUAUAGGAAUGAAAUACAUAAAUAGCUGAAUUUUUCUGUUUAGUUAUAUUGUGCUUGGCCUUCAAUAUUCAAUCCACUUAGAAUUCCCAACAGAUAACACUUUAGUAAUGAAUAACACCCAUUGAAAUCAGGAAGCAGCUUAAACAUUGAUUGUUCUGUUUGAUGGUAAGGAGCAAGUAAAUUAAUGGGAAAAUGACAGUACGUACCAACUGUGUUUGGUACUUGACAAGUUGCUAGUGAGUGUAGCUUGCUAUGCUUUGUUUGUUAUUGUUUGUAUCCUUAUUUUGUCAGCAUGUGCCUGCUAAAGGCAAAGUUUAAAAUUUCACAAGGCAGAGUAGGUAGGUAAAUACAUAAGUCAAGAUUUAAUUUCUGUUGUAAGCUAUUUGGAGCUUAUAAAUUAUAUGACACUUAGAACACACAGGAAAGGUCAGUGCUUAGUGGAUAAGCCCUUAGUGUAAAUUAAUACACCAAUACCACAUCUACCAAACUGUCACAACAUAAGGGUUAAAUAAAUACCCAUAUUGAAAAAAAACAUUAAAUGGACACUCCAGGCACCAAAACAACUUCAUUUAAAUGAAGUUGUUAUGGUGCCAGGAGGACCCUGGAGACAUUCUUACCUCAUGGUUUUGACCCAUUCUCAAGUGGUUUUACCCCAAAGUUGCCUCUAGCGGCAAUGUCCACUCCCUCACAGACGGCAUUUGGCUUCUGAAUUUUCUGAUUCAGGAAACGCAGAGUGCCACUGGGCAGGGGCGCCUCUGUUUGGAUGAGUGCAGUCAGCUGACCAAUUAGUUUAGUGAAUGGGGAGUCACUGGUUAGCUUCAACUGACCACUAUCAGCCAAUCAACCGCGCUUCUGCCCGGCAGCACUCUGCACUUACUGAUUCUGAAAAUUCAGAAGCCAAAUGCCAUCUGGGGGGAGUUGAGACCAUCACUAGAGGCAACUUUAGGGUUAAACCAUCUGAGAAUGGUUUAACUCCUUGAGAAAGGAGUGCCUCCAGGGGCUUCCUGGCACCAUAACAACUGAAUUUAGAUCAAGUUUUUUGGUACCUGGAGUCAGGGCCGGACUGGCCCACCAGGAUACUGGGAAAUUUCUUGUUCUUGCGGCCGCAGGGGGAGCUGGCUGUUCUGUCUCCGCUCCCCCUCCCCUGCGCGCCGCUUAAUGAGACCGGGGCCGGAAUAUGACCAUAUUGACCAAAUUGUGUGUGUGUGUGACUGUGUCAUUUGUGUGUGUGUCUGUCUGUCAUGGUGUGUGUGAGUGUCUGUCUGUGUCAUGGUGUGUGUCUGUGUCAGCAAUGUGUGUCUGUGUCAUUGUUUGUGUCUCUGUGUCAUGGUGUGUGUGUCACUGUCUGUCAUGGUGUGUGUGUGUGUCUGUCUGUGUCAUGGUGUGUGUGUCACUGUCUGUCAUGGUGUGUGCGUCUGUCUGUGUCAUGCAAUGUGUGUCUAUGUCAUGGUGUGUGUGUCUGUCUGUGUCAUGGUGUGUGUGUGUGUUUGUCUGUGUCAUGUAAUGUGUGUCUGUCUGUCACGGUGUGUGUGUGUCUGUGUCACGGUCUCUCUGUGUCGUGGUGUGUGUGUCACAGUCUGUCUGUGUCAUGGUGUGUGUGUGUGUGUGUCUGUCAUGUAAUGUGUGUCUGUGUCACGGUUUGUGUGUGUCAUGGUGUUUGUGUGUGUUUGUGUCAUGUAAUGUGUGUCUGUGUCACGGUGUGUGUGUGUCUGUGUGUCACGGUCUGUCUGUGUUAUGGUGUGUGUGUGUGUCUUUUUUAAGGUGUGUGUCUGUUUCUGUCUGUGUCACGGUCUGUGUCUGUCAUGGUAUGUUUGUGUGUAUGUGUGUUUUUACUCACUUUUUUUUUAUUUUUCCCCACGUCAUGCUGGUCUCCCCUCGCCUGGCCCUGCCUCUACGGCUGAGAUCAUCAAGCUUGAUGAUCUCAGCCAAUCUGCACUGACACAGGAAGCACCUCUAGUGACCGUCUGAGUGUCUGUCACUAGGAAGCAAUGUAAACACUGCCUUUUCUCUUAAAAGUCAGUGUUUACAUUGAAAAGCCUGCAGGGACAGGCUAUAGACACCAGUACCACUACAUUAAGCUGUGUGUGCGUGCGCUUGCUUGUGUGUGUGUGUGUGCCUGCUACUGAGUGAGCUUGUGUUUUUAUGUCAAUAACCUUAUGUAUGAGGCUGUGUGUCAAUCAGCGUGUCAGUGAGAUUGUCUGUGUAUGCAUGUGAGUAUGCUGUAUAAUUAAAAAUUUUACUCUGAAAGGACCAAUAUUUUAUAUUGGAAAAAGAUAUAUAUAUAUAUAUAUAUAUAUAUAUAUAUAUAUAAUAUUGCCAGAGAUAGCACUCCAAGGACUAAUAUAAAAUAUAACUUUUAUUACCUCCACUAAAACAACACAAGGUCAACGUUUCAGCUUGAUCCCCUCAAGCUUUCGUCAGGAGAUGUCCUUUUUUCCCCUUUUUCAGCUGCACAGACAGCUACUGCAAGCACCAAUCUCCCGAACUGGAGACACACGAAUAGCUGCUAGCAGACAAACAGGAAAAGCCCCCAAGCGGCUUACACUCCUGGCAAUCAGUCUCUAACAGCAUACAGCAAAUCCUCCCCCCAUUAAUGAGACGACACUUCACUUUGAGGGUUAAGCAGGAACUCUCUGUAAUGGCCACACACUGGCUUUUAUGCAAGUCCCCAUGCAAAGGGACAUCCCACAGGGUGGGACACAGUACAACCAAUCGUUACAGGGGAACCGUAAAACACACCCACAAUUACAUUACAAUCCCUCCUCUCUGUCCUGGAGAUAAUUGUGAAGUAAUCAAAUUAUCUCCAAGGACAGAGGCAAAACUCCAUUAACCACAUGGCAGACAAAGGACAAUAAAAGACAUAAAAUUACAUAGCUACAUUUAUUCCAUAAAACAUAGACAUUCUACAUAUCCCCAGAUAGCUUAGAGCUGAGUGCACAUUACUACCGAAUGGCUACCCAGAUCAGCUACAUACAGUUCAAUCGCCAUGGAGCCAAAGUCUUUCAUACAGUCUUUCAGUAUACGGCUGGGCUCCAUGGCAUAGCUAUCUGGGGUAGCAUGGCUUUAACAGUCCGCAGAAAGGCACGAAUAAACCUUUCUGCCGGUAAAAUAAAAGUUUAAAAUGCAGGACCAUAGUCUAAAGGGAGCAGGCGAGCAACCAGGCUUCUCCAGUGUACAGUGGCGAGGUUGGAUUUGCCACAGGCGCCCACACGGGAAGAUAUGGACCUCACCUCAGAGGACAGCGAGCAUGAUGACUCCAGAUAUUACGCUAACAGAGUGGAGCCCAGUAAAAGCUCAUCUCUCCCUGACGGCGAUCUACAGUCCCCGAGGGCGAGUGCUGUGACCCGUCCAGACCACACUCCCGCCAGCAAAGCGGAUUUUCAAAACAUGUUGACAGAGAUGAAGGCCUAUUUCUCGGGAAGAUAUGGGAGUUAUGACAACUCGACUGCAGGCACUGGAGGACGAUAUUGUUACAACGAAGAACACACAGGAGGUUCUGAAAGCUGAGGUGGAAAUGCUGAAGCAGGCCAACCACACCGUGGAAGGAAGGCUUGCUGUGCUGGAAGACGCUAUUCGGCAACGCAAUCUGCUGGUCCGUGGCAUCCCCGAGGGCAUAGGGGAGGACGAAGUACUUCACUACCUCUGCAGACUGUGGAGCUCUAUGCUACCUACAGCUAAAGCCAAGACCAUACAUCUGGACUCCAGUACCGGGUCCCAAAAUCAACUAAAGCCCCGGCUGGAGUUCCAAGUGACUUCCUGCUGUGCUUUCAAUCACUCCAGAGCAAACAGCUCAUGUCAGCCUUGACAAGAAAUGCACCCACUUACCGUUUUGAAGGCUCAGAUCUGGCCUCCACAAUGAUCCGGAGGCACUCCCUGCAACCAGUGACUAAGCUGUUAAGAGAGAAGGAGAUCAAGUACCGCUGGCCACCAGGCCAAAGAUUGACCAUAAUACACGCGGAGAAGAGAUUACAGCUAACACACCCCUCAGAAGCAGAACACCUCCUCAGGGAACCUGCACCAGACACCACCCAGAGGUCAGUGGCAAACACCUCAUGGGCAUCACCUCCUCCAUCAUGGGACGUUAAUACCAUCCAGCCCUUUUACCCCAAGUCGAAACGGGCGGCGGAGACGCAGAGGUUUUCAGGGCACUUGCAUACUGCAAUUGUGUUUGUUUUAGACUCUAACGGCCAUUUUGGGCAUGGUUCCUACUUUUUGGGUAAUAUAUAUUAUGUGUUGUUUUAGAUUUUUUUCUGCUCUUUUUGCUGACUUAAAGGUACACUAGAGUCACCAGAACAUCUACAGCUUAAUGUAGUUGUUCUGGUGAGUAUAAUCAUUGCCUAUUUUAAUGCAAACACUGCCUUUUCAGAGAAAAGGCAGUGUUUACAUUGCCCUUAGGGACACCUCCAAGUGGCUAGUCCUCAGAUGGCCACUGGAGGUGCUUCCUAGCUCAGUGCUGCACAGUAGGCAGCCCUGCCGUUCAGCGUCCCCACGCUCUGCAUGUGGAUGCUGCAUUUUCCUCAGAGAUGCAUUGAUUCAAUGCAUCUCUAUGAGGAGGUGCUGGUUGGCCAAAAUGGCGUUUGGCCCUGCCCCCUUGCCGAGUUUAGCCAAUCCAAUGCUUUCCCCAUUCCCACAUUCUGAUGAUGUCAUCAAGGACGCGGGGCCAGCGCCGGCAGACCCGUGGAGAGCUGAAAAUAAGUUUUAACCCACUGUGAGAGGGCUAAGGGGGGGGGGGGGUUCAAGCCACCAAAUGGUGGAUUUUCACUAUACGGUCAGGAAUACGUUUGCUCCUGACCCUUUAGUGUUCCUUUAAGUCCGAUGAUAUGACCCAAUCCCCAUUGGAAGCGGAAGCAUACAUCCGCCCAGUGAUCUAUUUUGCCAUAGCAUUGUCGUUUAAGGAAAAUUUCCCUUUUUAUAUGCAUAUGCCUAUUAUUUUAAUAUAUUUCUCGUUUUUCGCCUUGAAGUUAGAAUGCACUUAUGAUCUUCACCUGGUUUUAGUAUCAGGCUGUUUUUUACUGUACCUGUGAGCGAUCUCUCGAGCAUCCAAUACCGCCCGAAGGAAGCGAUUAUAGUUGAGCAGCUAUAGCUAGUGUAUAUUAAUUAGUGCAAGUAGAUUUUCGUGUAGGCCAGCCAGACAGUAAACCUGAUAAUAAUGUUCUAGUUACACAUUUUCUGAAUGAGUCUGUCAAUAUUUAUGCAUGCACUUUAAAAUGUAGCUCACUGUUCUUUUAUUUUUCUGUGAAAUUCUAUGUAUGCUACAAUAAAAAAUACAAAUUAAAAAAAAGAAACAAACUGAAAAUAAGGGUUAAAUAAAUAUCCACUGAGAUAAGAACUUAAAUUAGUUCAUCAACAUUACCAAGUGCCUUUAUAUCUUCAGACACAGAUUAGAAAAGGUGUAUAGCAUGAUACUGCCAAUUUAUAUUGCGAAAGUAAUUUAGCAGUACCACCAUUUUAUGUUUCUUUUAUGGAAAGUUACUUUUUAUCAAUGUGGAUAUUUACUUAACCCUUAUUUUUAGUUGUGUAGACUAUGUGAUACUGGUGCCUUUCCAUUAAGCUCUGAAAUUUUCUGUGUGUCAUUUUUAGAUAUUAAAGGGACACUGUAGUCACCAAAACAACUUUAGCUUAAUAAAACAGUUUGGUGUACAGAUCAUGCCUCUGUUCUCUUACUGCUCAAUUCUCUGCCAUACAGGAGUUAAAGCACCGUGUUUAUGUAGCCCUAGGCACACCUCCCUGCAUGUGACUUGCAAAGCCUUCCUAACCACUUCCUGUAAAGAGUCUUCUAAUGUUUACACUUCCUUUAAAGCAAUUUCUUAUCUCCUGCUCUGUUAAUAGCUUGCUAGACUCUGCAAAAGCCUCCUGUAUGUAAUUAAAGUUCAAUUUACAGAGCAGGAGAUAAAAACAUUUAACGUAAGUUACAUCUCAUUGAAAAUGAAACCAUUUUGUUUUCAUGCAGGCUAUGUCAGUCACAGCCAGGGGAGAUGUGAACAUGGCUGCACAAACAGAACAAAAGUGAUUUAAAGGGACAUUAUAGUCAAUGAACUCAAUGAAGUGGUCUGGGUGCAAUGUCCCUCAGGUUUUAAUCCUUCAGAUGCAAACAUAGCAGUUUCAGAGAAACUGCUAUGUUUACAUUUGGCGUUAAGCCAGCCUCAAGUGGCUGUCUUCCGGACAGCCACUAGAGGCGCAUCUGCGACGCCGGAGGCAUAUUAUGCCUCCAUCACGCAAUAGGAAAAUGCUUUCCUAUUGACAGCUUGAAUGCGCGCGCGUCACUUGAAUCCGCUGACAUUGGCAGACGGAGCUGACAUCGGCGGGGGAGGAGAGGUCACCAGCGCCAAGGGAGCCUGGCGCUGGAAUAUGGUAAGCUGCUGGAGGGGUUUUAACCGCUCCACUAGAGGGGGACCCUGAGGGUGGGGGCACCCUCAGGGCACUAUAGUGUCAGGAAAACCGCUAUGUUUUCCUGACACUAUAGUGAUCCUUUAACUCAUAAAGGGUAGAGAAUUAAACAGUGAAACUUCAGAGGCAUGAUCAAUACUCCACAACUGCUUCAUUAAGCUAAAGUUGUUUUGGUGACUAUAGUGUCCCUUUAAAACCUGAUGGGGUGUGUUGUAAGUGUCAUAGCUGCUGUAUUUUAGAUUUUUAUAUGAUUUAUUCGUGUAAAAUGUUCUAUUUCUUUGUACUUUCUUCAUUUUUAUUGUAUUCUUUACAGAAAUGUUUACAGUUUCCAGACGUGCAAGGUCUUUAUGUAGUGACUGACGGAAAGCCUGACGCAAGCUACAAUAUUUUACUAGCAGAAAACAUCCUUAAAUCACACUGUAUUAAAGUUCAUACUGUGUCACUGAACAACUCUGAAAAGUAUGUGCAUAAAAUGAUUCCAUAGCUCAGUAAAAGGUUUCCAGUGUGUUACAUAAUUAAUCACACCCAGUCUUCGUGUGUUGUUUUUGCCAUUAGUAUUGCUAUUAUUGGUGCAUUAGCUGAACAAUUUGUAAGCAGCAGUAUUGUGGUGCCAAGAGAACCCUGUUUAUUUGCACCAUAACCACUACAAUUAGCUGAAGCUGUUAUGGUUAUUUGGGAGUCCAUUCUAACCUGUUAUAAUAUUUACUGCCGUAAUUACAGUCUGGUUCCUAAAUACAGUAUGUCAGAAUGGAAUAUUCUCCUUGUUUAGUAUUUUCACCUGUAUGCAGACCUAUUGCUGUUAAAUAUAAGAAACCUUACAAUUUGAAAAUAGUUUUUGACGUUUUGUUUGUUUCUUUGUCAUAAUUAUAUCAUUGGUCCUUCAGGGCUUAAAAUAAAGCUGUUGUGUGUUUUUAAACUCCGGAAGUGACAGAAUAGAAUAAAUAUAAGCAUCCUUAUAUGGCAACUGUAAGCAAGUUUUGCCAUGAAUAAUGCAAUUUUCUGACUGUGAUUGGUCUAAAUCAGGGUUCUGGCAACUUAUUAAAGGCAACUUAUUAAAGUGCACAAUUUAGUCAUGAACCUAUGCCCUGUCCAACAUGAGGUUAGUGAAGGGCAAAUAAUAAAUAAUAGGCCGCGUCAUGCAGACACUCGGAUGUUACUGCUGGUGAGGUGACUGCUGCUCUGCUUCAGUUAUCUCAUAAAAUCUGAAACUGUAAGAUUGAAAACUGCAAGGUGUGUUUUUUAUUAUGUUUUUUUAUCACGUUAAUUUUGAAGUUGCUACUAUUUUGUCAUGUAAAUGAUUUAAGAUGAAAAUUACCACAAUUUUAAAGCGGCACUUUCACACACUGAGCUUACCUUUUCCCAGUCUCUUCCUCUUCUCUUUCCUACUCUGUGUUUCUUUAAAAAAAAAUAAAAAAAUUUAAAUCUAUUUCGAACUAAAAAUAGACGACAAAGAAGAGACUACUUUGUCUUGUUUUUCCUAUGCUUGACUUUCUUUGACACAAGGAGGAACUUUAGUAAGCCGAACUUCCUGUGUCAAAGAAAACUUAUACUAGCCUUUCCUCCGUAUUCUCGGGUUGCCUCAUUUUGCCCUUUCUGAACCUCCUGUCAUAUAGACUAGGGCGUGUGCAAAAUGAAUGUCAACAGUUUGUCAAUUUUUGGUCAUUUUUACCAAUUCAGAAUUAAAAUUCCGAUCUAGGCCACCACUGCAUCUUGAAGCCAUUUAGCAGAUAACCCCCUAGAUUGGUACCUUGUGGGAUUCCCAUAUAAGGGCAAUCCCACAAGUAUUGGGUAGCUAACUACUAAAAACUUAAAAGACCAAAGUUGGUCUUUCAGCCAUCAGCACACUUUAUUAAUAAUAAGUAAAAAAUACUUAGUAUUAGUAAAUAAGGAAGGUUAGAUUCUCCAUUUUGCACCUAUUCGCGGUGCCGCGAGUAAGCGCAUGUAUACUAAACAGUGAGCAGCCAGUGGAAGCCUCAAUGAUGGGACACCUAUUAAAAUAAUUAACAGGGGGGGGAGGGCAUAGUGCCCCCCUUCAGCCCCCACCCAGGGACCUCAUGUGGGGGCAAUUAAACUAAGCAGAGGACCUAGUAUCCCCCCAGCUUAUUGGGUGGGUGGGGGCCCUAAAUAAUAAUGGGGGACCCCCCUCUUUUUUUGCUUGCGAUCAGGUCUUUUUUUAAUUUUAAUAGUUCAUGGAUUAUUUGGCCUUUUUUGGGGCUAAAAAAAAGUAAGAAAAAAGAAGACAUCUAGUUUAUGAGUGAGGGGGAUAGGAUGGGUAUUUGUUUAGUGGGACUAGGAGGACAAUCAAAUAUAGAACAGUCAGGAGGGGUGUGGGUUAAAAAGAACUCCAAAAAAACGGAUGCAGCCGUGACAGGGCCUAAAACGUUUUAAUUUUUCGUUUGUUUAAUGAAAAUAGUUACUUUUUGCUCCUUGGUAAAUAGGCAGCUAUACAAGGUAAAUACAUUCAUAGCCAUCUCCUUUCUUGUUGCAACAGUUGCCAAUCUUUCCAGAUGUUUACCUUUUUGUUUAAUCUAGAGGUCUCUUUGUAAUUUCUUUCCUUCUCACAUUAUUUAUUUUUCUUUUUUUUUAUCCAUUCUUUCUCAUUGUCAUGUUUCCAUAUUUUAUUUUUAUUUUUCCCAUACCAAAUCACAGCUGUCCUGUUUCCCAUCUGUGAAAACUUUUCCUUUUUCAUUUACUUAAUUUAUUUUUAGAAAUGUUUUUAUCACAUUUAAACCCAAAAGGGCUGUGGCUAUAGUAACUAGCAUAACUCCCGCACAGUGCGUGAUCAGACUUGUGACAGAUGUGAGGUGUACACUAUUCAGGUGUAGUAUAUGAGUGUGCAAUAUAGAUAAGAUCACACAGAUGUGGUACAUUUUACCUAUACAUAAUGUAAAUCUUAUGGUUCACAGCAAUGAGCUCAUACUCCACUUUCGGUCCUUAUUUUAUACAGAUAUGGAAAUGAAUUUCUGAGGAAGAUUUCUGCUCUCUAUGGCGGUCGUUACCAUUGUUGCCAUGGAGAUAUGGAUGGCCACUUUGCUGCACAUCGUAUGUUAACUGAAGGUUUCUUCGAUGAAGACGUAUGUACAUUAAUUACUUAGUCAUAUCUGUAUACAUUUAAAAUAUUUCAGUAUUGUGUAUAUAGAUUGACAAUGUAAGAUUACUUAGUUACCAAUUAUAUUUCAAGCAUGGUUAUUAAAAUAUUUCAGUGCCAGGGUCAAUGAAACGUAGAGUCCUGCCAUUUUCAAGAUCACCGUACAAUUAUAUAAAUCAUUUUCACUGAUAAUUUUAGGAAAAGAUAAGAAUAUGUAAUAUUUUCUGUAUUCAUAUGUUGGAAAUUUUAACAGUGAUGAUUAGUAAGUGUGUGAAGUACAGGGAUCUGUUAAGAAAGAAUAUAUUUAUAGAUACAUUAUAUAGUCUUUCUCUUUUUUCCCAAUAUGUACAGCCUCAAAGAAUAAAUUUUACAAGAUUUCUAACAAAUUAGCAAAUUACAACUUGUUACUAUCUCUAUAAGAAUGCCAGGGACUUUCAAAUAACCCUUUACCAGACUUACUCCCAUGAAUGACUCUGUGUUGCUUUUACUUUUAACGUAAAAUUUAUAAGAUUACAUUGCAGACCAUGAGAGCGUCAUGGUGUACUGAUCCCAGCACCGCCUAACCUCUGUUCGUACUCCUAAUGCUCGCCUUAAAGACUUCUUUAGGGCUGCACCAUUCCAAUGGACCGCCCAUCCACUCUCUGUUAGACUUUCACCCAGUCUCCACUCCUUCAAAAAAAUCUUUGAAAACUCACUUCUUCAGGAAAGCAUAUCAAUUAAACUGUGAACAGUUUUCCCUCCUCGCACCCUGAUUCCUCUUCUGCAACUGUCAUGAAAACAAAACAAUAAGCCCUUAGUGAAUACUAUCCCAACAACCUAUUUUUCUACCCUACCCUUACCUUUUGUGUCCCUUUACCCCACUCCCUCUAGCUUGUAAGCUCAUUGAGCAGGGCCCUCAACCCCUCUGUUCCUGUGCGUCAAACUUGUCUGGUUACAAAUACGUGUCUGUUGGUCCACCCAUUGUACAGCACUGCAGAAUUUCUGGAUGUUUUAUAAAUAAUAAUAAUAAAUACGUUUGUACCAGCACAAAUCGUCAGCUUGGUGAAAGGCUGAAACAUCAUACUAUAUGAUCACCAGAUAAAAGGAUCACUGAUUUGAGAGGAUUGAUGCUGGAUUAAUGUAGCUAUGGAAUAUAUGUACAACCUUUUAACCUUUAAAGGAACACUUCAAUCACCAUACCCUAUGUAAGAAGUCAAACAACUCCUCAAUGGGAAAGCAACAUGGGUGGUGGUGUUCUGCACCAGCUUGGGUUCUACAUCUAGGCUUCCUGUGCUAUUGUCUAAAUCCAUAGAAUGUCCAAGUAUGCCUAUAAGUAAUGAGUCUUUUACUUUUAUAAAGGUAAAAGUUAAUGUGGCUACAGAGGCUGGCUGACCACCAUGAGGAAUAUAGUCUACCACAAAUGUAGUGCCAAAAGUUGAGUAAUUACUGGAAUAAGUUGUUUAUUGAAGUAAAAAUGUGUCAGCUCUUUAUUGAGGUAUAUGCAAAACUUACACAAGAAGUAAUGUUAAUAUAAAGCAUAUCACGUUCAGAGAUGCAAUAAAUCUCAUUACAUCGUAAUGCCUCAUUCUAAAACAGAAAGAAAAAUAUAUCAAACAUAUGUACUUUCAAAAUUAGUAAACAUUUCCACCGAUACUAACAGAAAAGAAAGGUAAGCAUGGGCAUGCAAUUGGGUGACUUUGGGCAUUAGAUAACAUAGAGCGAAAAGACAUUAAUACAAUUGCAAAUAAAGCAAUAGAGGCUGAUUUAGGUUAAGAUGUGGCAGAAUGAGUGAACACCGCUGGACCAAAGUCAACCAAUGCCCAGUCUAUCAAGGAGAGGACAAGCAUCAGAAAUUACUAGCAACAAUUUGCAUAUUUGUAGCCACGUAGCAACGUAUUGCUGUCUGAAGAUUAUUUUUUAAUUAAGGUGUUUUGAAGGGACAUUCUACGCCCCUGAUCAACUGCAGCUCAUUGUAGUGGUUCUGGGGAAAAGAAACUGUCCCUGCAGUGUAAACGCAGAAUUUUCUGUUUGUACGAAGUCUUAGCUUACAUGGCAGUAUCUUUUCCUAUACCUAACGGAGUUGGUGAUUAAUAGGCAACCCUCCUUAUUGGAGAGAUUCUGAUAUCACCAACUUUGACACAUUAAGCAGGCAGAGAAAUCAAUUACACAGGGCAUUGACAUUGUUUGAGGAAAUUUGCUUGCCUGCACAGCUUCUAGCUAGGGGCAUUUCAACAUUGUGACAAACUCCCCUCUCCAAGUGAGUUUGCCACGAGUUCCUGGAGGAGCCUGCUUGCCAGCCUCCUGUCCACAGACUAUGGGCCUUGCAGGGAAACCUGUAAAAGACUACCGAACUUGACCGACUGUUAGCACUGAUUUCACUGGAACUGUUUUGGUCAUGGGGCCAUGCUUGCGGUCGGUCAAAACUAUGACUUCCAGGAAAUCCCAGAACCCCUGAACCAAUCUGGGUGUUUUUUGGAUAUGUUGUUCACCCAGAUCGGGACUAUCAGAGGAUGUGACUUUUAUGGGGAGAUGUAUUUUUGGGGUACUUAUUGGACUUUGUAAAAAUGUAUGUUUUUUCUGCCUGUGGAUAAUUAUUUAAUUUAUGGGGUUUUGUGUGUCUUUAAGGUACUUUUUGGUGUUUCGCAAAAUUGUAUGUUUUUUCUGUGCUUGGAGAUAAUAAGGCUAGAUUAUACAGUUCCUGAUUCAAUUAUCUCCCAAGCACAUAGGAGGGAUUCUAUUGUUUGUGUAUGGGAGUGUCUCACUGUAUGACUCUGUUUAUAUUGGUUUGUUAGAUUUGUGUCCCUGUGCCCAACAAGGUCCACCUGGAUUUCGCCCUUGUUGGGAAACUUGCAUAAAAGUGUGCCUCCAUUAAAUGCUAUUCCAGCUUACACUCCAAAACUGUGUGUCGUCUUGUUAUUGGAGGUAAAGAAGAUUUAGUCCUGUGUCUGCUGUUCCAGCUUGCAGGUGAUUCGAGGGGGAAAGUCCUUGUAAGGACUAGAGCUAAUUCCCCAUUCGGCUCCAGGAAGAAGCGGUUCCAGGGCCCCAGUCAAGCCAUGGCGACUGUGGGCAGAAGUGCUGCAGUUUGUCCUCUGUUCCAGCUAGGAAGCGGUCCUUGGCGGAGGUACCCAGUCGGGGUACAGGGAGUUCCGUUACGAACAUUUUACCAGAUAUUCCCUACACAUGACAUUAACAGAACAAGAAUAGACAAACUCAUUGAACUGGCACACCAUGGCUCGACAUGCUCCAAAUACUAAGAAAACCGCUAUAAGAUUCUCACAACAUUGUAUAAUACACUCCAGAAAGUACAUAGACCCUUCACCUGUCUGCUGGAGGUACUGGGGGCGGUUAUAUCUAUGCUGCAUAUAUGAAUUGUUAACAAAACAAGGAGUAGAGUCAGCGCUAAUCAGGAAGGCAGCAGUCCCAAACAAGGACUCCCUCUAAUAUCCCUGGAAAUAAAUAGACAAAGCAAGAAAAUGGGGGAUGGGUCUGCGCCACUGUGGCGCAGACCCAUCCCCCAUUUUCUUCCUUUGUCUAUAUAUGAAUUGUUGUUGAGGAUGAAUGGGUUUAUUUUCACCCAGCCGAUAUAUAAAUGUUCCACUCCAAGCUUACAGUCUUUUGAUAUAAAAAAAACCCCGCUCUCCGAACACCUGCUGCCAGAUCACUGGUCCCUGCAUUUUUUAUGCAACCCUCGGCCCCUUCAUUCUGUAAUUGGCUUGACUGAAUGGAAGAAAUUAUAAUAUUUGAUGAACAACCUUCAUUUUUAUUAUGUAGGACAGAGAAAUACCUACAUUACUGUCCUACUUAUCUGAUAGGGUCGACUCAACCUCUUCCUUAGACCCUAAUUUUAUGACAAUGACUCAGGCAUGGCCUGGGAUGAAGUCUCUGCCUGUGGGGGUGCAGUUGGGAUUUCCCAUCAACCUUCCUUUCACAGUUUUCCCAUCUUUCUCUACCCCCACCCCCACCUUUAUUUCCUUUCCUUCCCCCAAAUCUGCCCCUGCUCACUUAACCCUUCCCACCCUUCAUUCUCUCCUCUUUCUUGCUGUUUUCUUGCUCCUAUUCUUUCAAUGAUGGGUACGGUACAGCCCAAGGUUAUCUAAAAUGCUCCCAACAUUGUGAUGGUUUUGUUUCUACCAAUGAGCUAUUGAUAGUUUGGUAUAAUAUGGCUGCAAACCAAUGAGUGUUUGGGGUUUCAAGCACAAUGUAACGCCACUAAUUUGUUCAUUCAAGAAUGAUUCACAGUGCUACUAUGUGUCUAUGUUGAUUAUUUAUUCUUAGCAUGUUUUUAUAAAAACAAAGAUUGUAAAAAAACGAAAUUACAAUUCAGCAUUAUUAAGUGCGCAUGCAUUCACUAUUGGAUGGCAAUGUGGGCAGGCUAGCCAAGUGCUCUUAGCCUGUCAUUGGAGUCCUGUAAGUGAAUGUGUUAAAGUGCAAUUUCCUUAUUAUCUGUGCUUAUGUUUUUUUUUUCCCAAAGCCUCAAAAUAAUUUGACAGAAGAAAACACCCAAAGUCCAAUAACACCAUAAGUACUAAACUGAUGUGUAGUGUGAUUGUGGAGUUUACACUCCCUCUCUAAUUGUUGAUACAAUGAAGCACAUAAGGCUGUUGAUCAGCAAUCAUGCACACAUUAAUUUGUUAAUAUACCAUGGUUAGUUUGCUAUGCUUUAAACAAUGGGGUAUUUGAUAUAGUUUGAUCGUAUGGAAAAUUCUUCACCGGUGCCACUAAAAUGUAAUUCUAACUCUCCCUUGCAGGUUAUAAAUUUUGUAAGAUGUGCGGAAGCCUACUUAAUUUUACUGAAUUAGAUCUACAUUGUCUUCACUAUCGAUUUUAUUUGUUUGUUUUUUUGUUUUUUUAGAUUGUUUUCUUACUGUAAACCAAAAAUAAGUAUAGAUCAAUUUGCAUUGAUUGCCUUGGCUCUGCAUACGUGUCAAAAUGCUGUGCUGCACCAAUCAAAUGCAGCAUUUCAUUUAUAACCAAUCAAAAGAAGCGCCCAAUUCACUUUGAGAGACACUGCAUCCAGAUCACUUCAUAGUGUCCCUUUAACUAAAAUAAAAAGGAGUAAUAGACACCUAUAUUUGUUAUAUUCUUAAAUACUCUUAUCGUAAUUGUAGUUGCCUUAUUUUAAAACACCCACAGUAUAUGCAGUGCAGAUAUUUAAGUAUUCUUUCAUCAGUGUUGUGAUACUUUUGUUUUCACAGGACCCUGUUCUCCCUGUAUUUGAAGGUGAUGAUUUGAAAAGACUUGCUAAAGAAAUAGACCAAGCUCGGAAAUUUGUAACGCAAGCAAGACACUUCCGGUAAGUGUUGUUUGUCCGUAUCAUUGGGUGAUCAAUGAAAGUUCAGACAGGUUGGUGUCUACUUGUUCCUUUCUCAGGACUACUCCCUAAUUAUAAUGAACCCUUCCACUUAAUACAUUAAUUUAAAACCUCAUAAACAUUGUAUGUAUGUGUUGUUUUUUUAUAGUUUUUCUUAAGGAAAUAAACUUAAAUGUAAAUGGGUGGACCCCUGUCUCUGAAAUGUGUAAAUGCUUUAAUGUAGAGAAGAGAAAGUGUAGUUUGUAUGUGGGGAGCAGAUUAUCCUUUGUCCUACCAGGAUUGUAUUUGCCACCUCGUGCAUGUGUAAAUCCAUGUUGGUUGGCUGCUGGGAGCAUGUCCUUCGCAACAAUGUAUGUAUCAUACAAUCUAUAACCAGAACCAUGAAUAGGGAACUGGCCCGAUCAGGAGCUCCAAGUGAAGUCCUGAAAAGCCUGGUGUCUUACUUAGGCACAGUUGAACUGUUAGGCCAGAGUCUGAGUUAAUAAAUAGAAGUUUAUAUAACAAUCUGUUUCAAGUUAUGAGAAUUAUUCUGACAAUUUUCAGAAUUCUGCACAAUUCCUGGUUUAGUGGAUAAUACUGUAUAUUUUGUAAAAAGUUUUCCUUUCUAGUUAAAAAGUAAAAUUUCAAUUUUAAACAUAAUUAUGGUUAUGGGUGAUGUAGCCUGAAAUGCACUAUUUCUUUCACUGUAAAUUUGACCAGUCCACUGCAUUAUUUUGUAAGGUAACAAUUAAAAAAAUAUUUUUUAAGAUUGCUUUUAUCCACUGUUUUAUUUAACAGGUUGCUUGUAUUGGAUAAACAGAAAUUGGACUCUAGAAACAUGUCUACAGAAGGAAGCGAGGUAUCAGGUAAGAAUGAGAGCAUCAUGCUGUAAAAUCUGGCCAGGCAGAGUUGUGAUUGUCGUGUUGUGUUUUUCAUUUCAGUAAAAACCUGGAUGUAUCAGAGUAGUCCAGAGAUAUUGCUAGGGGAGUACUGACCAGGGAUGGAGCCCCAUGUGUGCUCCUAUUUCCAAAUAUUGAGAAAUAAAUAAUGUAGAUUUCCAAGUUAACUGUUCUACUGAUCCUCUUAAUCAUUUAAAGGACCACUAUAGGCACCCAGACCACUUCAGCUUAAUGAAGUGGUCUGGGUGCCAGGUCCAGCUAGGUUUAACCCUUUUUGCAGUAAACAUAGCAGUUUCAGAGAAACUGCUCUGUUUACCUAUGGGUUAAUCCAGCCUCUAGUGAGAAGAUGCCAGCGUCCAUGGGAGUGGGACCCUGAGGGUGGGGGCACCCUCAGGGCACUAUAGUGCCAGGAAAACGAGUAUGUUUUCCUGGCACUAUAGUGGUCCUUUAAUUACAAAUUAUGUAAAUACAUAAUGAUUUAACAUUUAGCCUGAGAUUUCUCGUUAACGCACUGUUAGCACUUUUAGCCAAUCACAGCCAUUCACAUUUGGAAAGACUAACGUGGAAGUCCCCUUUUUUGUUACUAUAACUACAUAAGAGGAACAGGCCAUAGGACCCAGGAUAACCAGGUUUUUUUCAAACUACUCAGAAACUAUUUGACACAAAAUUGGGGCAAUAGUGCCUAAAACUCUUUGCCCCAUACCAACGUCAGUGAACUGCAGUGGUUAUAGUGCUAAGAGUGCCACUUUAUUUUUCUGUUUAUUUAUUUUGUACAUGUUAAUGCAUUGUCUAUUUAAAUCCUGAAAGCACGUAGACUUUGUAUAAAUGUAUUACAGCAAUGCAAACAAAUCAUUUUUAUCAAUAAAUAUUUAUUUAUCUUAACAGAUGAUUGAAAGAAGAUUAUUAAAGAAAAACUAUUUCUUUGAAGAAGUACCCGAAUCUAAUAAAUUGACUUGUGUGGCUAUAUAUACUUAUAUUGGUAUAGUAUUUUUUGAAAUGUACUACAGAAGAUCAUUUGGAAUCCUUUUAAAUGACCACUAGAAAUAACUGUAUAUAUCUAGUAGCAUCACACUUUCUGUAAUGAUCACACAUUAUUUAUAAUUUGGUUUUAUAAUUAUUUUAUACAAGUUCUUUGUAUAAUUCUUU